CUUGGUUGAUGAUAAUUCUAGCAUGACAGUGGACUUAUUAAUUGCCUAAGUAUCUGUAAGGCACAUCCUGCAAAACUCUGUUGUCAUCUGAUAUGUCCACCGUCAGCUGGCAAUAACUGGUGUUCUCCAGGUGCGUUCCGAGCUCUGCUUGCAACCCUUGCACAAGGAAUCCGGGUCUGUGGGUAAUCUCGGCCUCAUCAGGAAAAACAAAUGAUAAUGGCUUAUAAUUUGCACCCUCGGCGCGGAUAAAGUCAGCCUCUCCCUUCCUGCGCAAUAGAGCCCCGGCUAAUGCGCUUCUUCCUUUCCUUUGCGACGAAGGAAUGCGAGGAAACUCCUCCAUGAAGAGGAGGAGGAGGCGGCAGCAGUAGGAGCAGCAGCAGCACGGGGCAAAAUAAGUAAGUAGAGUGCAGCGCAGCGCAUGGAAUCUCCGGGGAGCCCGGCCGUUUUCGAACGCUCAGCCGCGCCGAGGAGGCGGGGCCGGGCGUGGGCGGGCGUGGGCGUGGCUUGUCUAGUCUUGGCUUGGCUGAGCUGCCGCUGCCAUGGCUGGUGCUGCCUUUAGGAGGCGCUUCGCCUUUCUCGCCAACCUCAACUGCAUGGCUCGGCGCUCCCAGGGCGCGCGCACAGGCGGAGCACCUUCUCAUUUACCUGGCCAGCCUCUGGAGCCAAAGGCGGUUGUUGCUGCUGCCGCCGCCGCCGCCGCCUCACAAGUGCCUCCGCCUGCCCGGGACCGGAUCCCGUCGAGGACGCGAGCGGCGCCCAGCAUGGAGAAAGGGGGCUUCAAGAAGCUCGGCAGGCUCUUCCACAAGAGCGAGUCCGAGGACUCGGAGCCGGACAGCGGCAGAGACGCGUCGUUCCCGUCGCCCUGCCCUUCCCCGUCCCUGAGUCAGGGGCGGCGGGAGCAUCUCCACAACCACGACGCCGCCGCCGCCGCCUCCGGAGAGCGCAAGAAGCGCUCGGCUUUCGGGAACUGGCGCCUCAAGAAGAAGCGCAAGGACCGCCCGGCGGCGCUGCCAGAGGAGGGGAGCCAAGGAGGGGCGAGCGAGCCCCCGUCUCCCUCGCUCUCCCACUUGUCCUACUUCACCACCUGGGAGCCCACGACCCCCACCAAAAGGUAACGCCGCCCCUCUCCCUGUCAGGGCGCGCCCACAGCCACCUGCCUCCCCCCAACGGUCACCUCGCGGCCGUUGGUUUCUCUCUCCCCGCCCCGCCCCUCCGGAACCUUCUGAGGGGACUCGGGGGAACGAGCUGCGCUAUAGGGGCAUCAGUGUUUAUCGGGUCCCGCGUGGCUCAGGGGCUCCUCUGACUGCGCCCCUCUUUAUGUUUGAGGGGGUUGCGUGUGUGUGUUUUGUGGAAGUCGUAUAGAGUGGCUGGGGCAACUCUAUACGGGGCGGAAUAACAACAACAAUAAUAGACGUCACGUAUAAUUGUAGAGUAGGAAGGGACCCCAAGGGUCGUCUAGUCCAACCCCAAAACCUCUCCCCUCCGCCAGGCAGGUGCCCUCAGAGUGGCAGAGCGCUCCCAUUGGACAGGUGUGUGGUAAGGGCUAUAUGCCCCGUCUCCCCCUGUCGCCGCCCCCCCCCCCGGCCAAAGAGAAGCGAAACCGACGAGCAGCGUGAGGGCCGCCCCCCCCCCCGCCAAUCGCCUUAAAGGCACAGCGCUCUUUUCUGGGGUUGUUGAUAAUGCGGACCCAGCUGUCGUUGCCUCUGGGGUUCGCAACAGUUGGGAGUUGGAACCUUGGCUUCGCCUUGAUUCGCCCUGCACAACGUCUCCCUUCCUCCUGCAGCCCUUUCUUCGCGCGCUGUCUCCUCCACUCCGCCCUGGCUUUUAACCCAGGCUGCCAUGGUCUCUGCUUUAAAGAUUGUUAUCUCUCAGUGCUUUUGAUGAAAAGGAAGCUGUUUUGUAGGCUGCCAAACUUUAUCUCUCCCGCGCGCUCCACCCCACCCCACCCCCAUUUUUCAGUAUUAGAAAUAUAGUAAUUAUAAUAAUAAUUUAUUAUUUAUACCCCGCCCAUCCGGCUGGGCUUCCCCAGCCACUCUGGGCGGCUUCCAAAAAAAAUAUUAAAAUACUGUAAUACAUAUAGUAAAAUCUGUUCGGAUGCUUAAAUGUAAAGCUGCUGCAGCGGGCACUAAAACAGACCUGGACAGUUCGUAUUAGUCACCUGGAGAAAGGUGUUUUUGGUUUUUUAAGAUCAAACCUGUUCGCAUUUAUGGAGGUUUCCCCUUGAUUUCCUUUCCACUUCUUCAUUGUAGGAAUGCUACAUUACUUGAAUUUUAGCUGGUUAUUAGUGGGAAGGGAAAGUGUGACAUCUGAAUUUGCUUUUACUAGUUGCAAGGGUUUGUAUUUUUAUCUUGGUGCCUUUAACCUAAGAUGGAAUGAGCUUAAAACCAUUUAAACGUAUCUAUUUCUUGGUUGUCCUUUGCUUGUUCAAUGUAAGAAAUUGCAUUGGUGGAUUAGAACUGGAGGGGGGAACUUCUGACCCCCAGAUAUUGAUGGACUUCAAUUCUCUACAGCCCCAGCCAGCAUUGCCAAUGGUUGGAGAUUAUAGGAAUUCAGCAGCAUCUGGAAAGCCACAGGUUCUCCACCCUUAUGUUAGACAAAGUUCUACCUAGCCUCGCAUUGUGUUUCCAACAGGGUCAUCCAGAUGUCCCUGAGAAUCUUAAAAGCAUGGCAUGGUGGAGGUGGCUCCCUCUUGCUGAUCGUAUCCAGAAUCUGGCACUUAGGGAUAUAUUCCUUCUAAAUAGGAAUAUGAAUAUGAAGUUUUUGUUUAGCAGCAAUGGCAAAUAGAAAAUAAUUUACUGUCCUCCCAUGACUUUUUUGGAGCUGUGUAAAACCGUGGCCAACUCUGCAGUUUGCAGAGAUUAACCCAAAUAGGUUAAUUAUGCAUUGCAUGAAGUACUUCUUUAUUGUUGGUACUGAACAAUAGUGCCAUUGCUUGCCAGCUGAGAUUGUAGCAUCCUUGUUACUUUUUAAUUUAUACAGUAACAGGUACAUACAUGAUCUCAUGUGCUAUGCUAGCAUCCUGGCUGAAUAGAACUUUUGUUUAUGAUUAAUGUUUAUCACUUUUUCAAUGUGACAAAGAAAAUAAAUUUUAAAACAAGUAAACAUUUUAAAUGUUCAGGAAACACUGAAUAAAAAAGAUAUUGGUAGCUAAGGCUGCAGUCCCCUAUGUACAUUUGGUUAUUAAGGCUGCAAUCCAGUUCACAGGGGGGUUGGUUGCAGCCUAAGUAUCUGUGAACUCAGGAAAACUUAACAUUGAGUUCAGAUUUGACUACAUUGUUAUUUUAGUUUAUUUAUAUAGUUCCAUUGGUUUUACCAGCAAGAUGAAAAUUGAAUAUCUGUGUGUGGAAGAUUUUCUCUGAGGGCGUUCAAUGCAUGACCCUUUAUAACAAAUAAUCUGGUGAUACAGACAACACUCUCAUAAAAAAGCAAUCCUUAUUGUCUACCCUGCUUUAUUUUGGGUGUGUGUUUUUUUGACAUAGUAAAGCUCCUUUUGUGUGUCAUCUUAUCUUGUGUUAAGCAUGUACUAAAUGUAAAGAAUUUAGAUAAAUUGUGCAAACAAGCAUGAAGAGCUAAGAAUCAAGGAAUUUCACACACAAAACAAAGUUUCAGUCUGAAAGGGUUAUAUUUGUCUGUGAAAAAGAACUGAAGGAUAAUAGUCCAUUACAACUGUGUUCCUUAUACCUGACCUAUUAUCAAAAUCCGUGCAAACUUGUAAAUUUAUGUUCUUAUUAAUAUGUAUUGCUUAGUAAUCAUUUUCAUAGAAACAGUUAAGUUUUUAUUAACAUAUUUUAUGUGUACAUCAUAUAUAUUUUUAACAAACAUAAAACAUGUUAUGCCCGAGGUAAAAUUCCUGAGUAAAAAUUCAAAAUACAAUCAAAAUUCUGUUAAGUUUUUAUUUACCUUCCAGAUUAAAAAGAAUUCUUGCUGUCUCCAUCACUGAACCAUCACUUUGUGUUCAUUCUGAUUUAAAUCCCACUCACUCCACUGAAAGUUUGAAGUAACUAUGCACAGGACAUAGGAGCAUCUUGUGGCACUGUGAAGAGUAACACAUUUAACUUUCAUACACUAUAGAGUCCAAGUGGAGAGAGACUAGUCCAUGAAAUUUUAUGCUGUAAAUAAAUAUGUCAGGCUUUUGUAGUGCCACAAAAUUCUCCUUUUUUGUGGCAACACAUUAACAUGGCUAUCCCUCUGGAAAAUAAGACGACCCAGUCAACUGCACACAACCAUGAUCAUUGCAGUGUCCCAAAAGUGGCCAGAAAAGGGAGCAGAAUGGAGGUUGUAAUGGAGUGGAGUGGGCUGGGGCAGAAUGGGCUUAUGCAUGCUCUGCCAUUACUGUAUAUGCAAUGAUCUGGAAUGCAACCCCUGCGCAAAUCAGAGGUUACCUGUAUUGCAGCUGUUCUAGAAUUCUGUAAACUGCCUUUUAGUGGAGUGGAUCUCACAGAGCAUUUUUUUUUUGCUGGUCUGUCAGUUUAGAUUCCACGAAUUCUGUGGGUUGGUUUUAACUUUUAACCUUUAAAGCCAUACAUUGUCAGGGUUCUUGGGUUGGCUUGAGAAGGGGUCAGUGAAAGCAGGACGUUCUCAGACUCCGCAAGCUUCUGUCUGUCUGAGGCUGAGAUGAAAGCUUCAUGUAAACUGUAAUGGUACAAUGUUUAUCCAGUGCAUUUAUAUCAGGGCUGGCCAAGACAUUUUGGCACCUGAGGCAAACCACAAAAUGGCACCACACACCCCAUUAGGGAGGAAGGAAGUGAGUGAAGCUCUACAUCAGAAACAAGGGGAGAAUAAAGAUCUACAUGUGAUGCUUUCCUUGGAGGAUGGUUCUGCUGCUCCUGUCACCUCACCUUGCCCUCAAGGGUGGGCUGGCCCUGAUUUUUAUAUUUAGUAUUUUUAUGACUGAAUAUUUUGUGACUUGGUGACAAUUAGAUUUUUGUAUAAUGCCUCAUGUAUUCUGCACAAAAGUUUCUGUUACUGCAUAAGCAGGUUUCUUCUUAUUGCCUAGGUCAGUGAUGGCGAACCUUUUAGAGACCGAGUUCCCAAACUGCAACUCAAAACCCACUUAUUUAUCGCAAAGUGACAACACAGAAAUUUAACCUGAAUACUGAGGUUUUAGUUUAGAAAAAACAACUCAUACAUUAACAUCUUUUGUCUUAAAAGAAAAACAGAAUAACAGAGCUUUCAAUGAUACAAACGACUUUUUAUUGAAAGGUAAAAGUUUGCAUUAUCCUUGUUUAGGAAAUCAUGAAAAAGGGAAUUACUCCCAGACAUGGCUGUUUUGAUAAUUUCCCUUCAAGAAGCUCUUCAAAGCAGAAGCAGAAUGGCCAUAUGCCAUGGAUGCUGUAGUUGAGUUCCCUUUAUUGCAUGGGGUUUUACUUAGAUGACCCUCGGGUUCCCUUCCAACUCACUACAACCCCAUGAAAAAAACAGUCUCCUUUGCCCUCUGCUGUGCGUCCCCAGCAGGGAGGAUCUUGCACCCAUGGCGAUGGGAGAGAGUUCAGCUUGAAAGUUUGCUUCCUGGCCUGACCAAGCAGGUGAAAAGGAAAAUGCUGAAGUGAAGCCCAGAGACGUGCAGCAGUUCAGCGCGUCACAGCCUGGAAGGGAAGUGGCCCAUCACAAAGUUGGAAGGGCGGUGCGCGCAUCGAGUAGAGCCGCACAUGCGCAAGUAGCUGGUUUGCUGCCCGCGGGCUGCAGCUCAAACAUGAAUGUUCCAUUCCGUUGUCUUAAUGCGCCUCGGUGCAGAAUUGCCAGUAAGCCUGGCGGCAUUUUGCUCUCUCCCGCACAAGCGGGCUUUAGAAGUGCAGCCCAGCAGGCUAGCCAUCGAAUCAUAGGAUUGUGAGGAGUUGGAAGGGGCGAACGGCUCAUGUGCUCACAGAGAGGGCUCUGAGUGCCCCCUCUGGCACGCGUGCCAUUGGUUCGCCAUUGCUGGGCUAGGUGAUCAGGUAGCCAGUAUAAUGUAAAGUCGGUUUCAGUGUAAGAACAAUGUUCUUUGCUCUUACUUGCUCUCAUUUUGAAUGGGCAAACCCUUUUGGCACUAUUCAUGCAUUCCCUGAGAUUCCAAAAGACUUGCAAAAGGUUUCUUUAAAAAGCCACUCCCCAAUUUUAGCUCUGGCCUAAUCAGUAUACUGUAUGUAGAUUUCAAUGAGAAAAGUCAACCUAAAGUGUAAAUAUUGAUUCUUGAAUGUAAUGUCAACUGAGUUUGUUGCAUUCUCAUUUAUAAUUUAUAAUAUGAAUAAUAAGUUUAUUCAAAUGAACAGGAACUUUGGAAUGUAAAUAGAAAUAUCAGCAAAUAUUUGAAGAAAGUGUGUGUGUGUGUGUGUGUGUGUGUGUGUGUGUGUGUGUGUGUUGUAUGGUUAGUCUUCCCUCCUUGUUUUUAAAAAGAAACUUUGUACUCAAAGAAGCUCAUUCCAUAAACCAUGAAGUAAGCAUUUGUUAUGACAGCUCACACACAGGUUAGUAAGAGCUUUACUCUUUGGAAUAGACCGUCAAAUAACAUUGAAAAUGAAAUAAGAUCACCUGAGCAUUUAUAUGGCUAGUUCCAAGUCUUCAAAGUGUAUUAGGCAGCUCAGUACUGAGUAAACCAAUAUUGUACCCAUAAUUGCAAACUGAGUGGGGAUUUUGGCUAAAAGAUAGUAGCUUACCUAAGUCCACCAAUUGAACUUAUGGAUGAGGAGAGUUCUGAAUUGGAAGCUUUCUUGUUUGUGGCUCAAGCUGCAGCACAAUCCUUUACUUACCUAUUCAGAUGCAAGCCUCAUUGAUUCCAAUAGGGCUUUUCCCCAGGUAAGUCCAUAUAGAACUGCAGGCUUUGCUAUUAUGCAACAGUCUGUGUUGAAUGAGAGGGGCUGGGGAGUGUGUGUGUGUGUGUGUGUGUGUGUGUGUGUGUGUAGUGUGCCACUUACUAAACAGCAAAGGUUAUAACUCAUGCUACUUUUUAUUUUUCAAAUCACUGUAAUGAUCUGGUAAAUUAGAUUUAAGAUGCUUAUUGAAGCUAUUUGUUCCCAGCUUCUAAUUAUGGUGCUAAAUCUGAGGAUGGUCCGACAUUUUAUCUGUACAAUUUUAAAGGAGCAGAGUUGCAACUAUUAUGUCUGCCUCUGUUUAAGUCUGUAGGGCUUCUAAAAUGCAUAAUACAUCUUUUGACUUUAUGUAGCCUUUUACAGAAGCUGCAAAGCAGUAAGACAGGCUUCCUCAAACUCGGUCCUCCAGAUGUUUUUGGCCUACAACACCCAUGAUCCCUAGCUAGCAGAACCAGUGGUCAGGGAUGAUGGGAAUUGUAGUCUCAAAACAUCUGGAGGGCUGAGUUUGAGGAAGCCUGCUGUAAGGGAAUAAAAACCUAACAAUGCAUGAAUAUUACAGUAAAAAAUUAACAUAAAACAUUUCCAAUUCUAAUGUCAAUGCAUGAUGACCACCUGGCUGAUUCUUCAAUGAUUUCAUUUGGUAUUUUUAGGGUGCAAUCCUGUUUGGGGUUUUUUAACAUCAGUUAACAUAAAUCUCAUUACGUUUAAUGGAACAGAGUUGCGUCCCUAGUAUCUCCCUGCCCCCCCCCUUUAAGCUUGUGCCACCAAGGCUUCAUCUGGGCACUGAAAAACUCUUGUAACAAGACAAGCAUUUGACCAUAGAAAGAAAAGGCAAACACGCUGGUUUGGCAUUGAGACAAAAGGUGUAGUAAAAGGAUGUAAAUGAAUAAAGAAACAUAAUUGACCUAGACAUGAAGAAAUGCUACAUGAUCAGUGAGAGACACCAAAUUAACUCAUGAUUUAUCUGUACUAAUAUUUCUUUUGCUCAUUUUCAUGGUGCUGUGCUAUACUUUCAGUACUAGAAGUGUGGGAACAGUGUCUCAGGGCAUAUGCAAGAUGUAAUAUUUUGAUGAUUGAAUAAUUGAAGCUUACUGAGGGUUGGCGUGUCCUCUUAUUUUCUUUGGCAAGUUUUAUGAAAACAGAACAUUUGUAACAUAACAUUCCUACCCCGCCCAUGGGGCUUUGCAGAGCAAUGGGGCCAUUGCCACAUCUGCAGCCCAUAGUGACAAUGGUAGAAGAUAGGUAGUGAUCUAGGUUGAUCCUUACCCGGGCUCAGGCUACCAGCAGUUGAAUCCAUAUUGGGCCAAUGCCAUCGCCCCAAAACAGAGAGACCAGCUCAAGAUCCAACAGAUCUCAGGCCAGCUCAGCCCCAUCUCUUCCCUGCUUUGUUUCUUUCCACUGGGUUCUAUUGGUGGAAAUACCUCCUGCGGGCCUCCUGCCUCAAUGUUUGGGAGCUGAUUGCUCAACUGGGACAUGGCCAUUAAAUCCAAACUCCCUGGUGUAAAAGGGAUUAGGGUUGCUAUGCUAAUCAUUAUGUUCUGGAUUUAUUUAUUUUUUUGAAUUUACAGUACAGUACAUGUAACAGUGCUAUCAGUGUGGCAUUUCAGAUAAAGCACAGCUUCCCAAUGUGCAUGAAAUCAUUCUGGCACCUUUGUGCUGAUUUCUACCAAACACAUGCAGAAUUGUUUUACCAGAAUCAAAGAUUUUCCCCCUUCCAUCUCCAAAAGAGGACCUAAGGGGGCAGGGAAAUGCUCCUAAGCAUAAUCCAAUACAGUGGUACCUCAGGUUACAUACGCUUCAGGUUACAUGCGCUUCAAGUUACAGACUCCACUAACCCAGAAAUAGUGCUUCAGGUUAAGAACUUUGCUUUAGGAUGAGAACAGAAAUCGUGCUCCGGCGGCAUGGCGGCAGCAGGAGGCCCCAUUAGCUUCAGGUUAAGAACAGUUUCAGGUUAAGAACGGACCUCCAGAACGAAUUAAGUACUUAACCCAAGGUACCACGGUUGUUUGAAAUUCAAUCGCAGCAGCAGCAACAUUUUCUAUAAAGUGAGUUCUCUCUUUUCAGUCCUCUCAGGGACUAAUAAAAACUCCUUAAGCAUCUGUGCAAUACACACACACACAUACACACACACACACACACACACACAUACAUACCCCUCUGAUACAUAUUUUUCGAGAUUGGUUUGCAACUUUACUAUAAUUUUAUUGUGUUUUUGAGGAUAGAGAUGUGGUGCUGUGGUCUAAACCACUGAGCCUCUUGGGCUUGUCGAUCAGAAGGUUGGCGGUUCGAAUCCCCAUGACAGGGUAAGCUCCCGUUGCUUGGUCCCUGCUCCUGCCAACCUAGCAGUUCGAAAGCAUGCCAAAAAGUGCAAGUAGAUAAAUAGGUACCACUCCGGCAGGAAGGUAAAUGGUGUUUCUGUGCGCUGCUUUGGUUUUGCCAGAAGUGGUUUAGUCAUGCUGACUGCAUGACCCAGAAAAACUGUCUGCGGACAAACGCUGGCUCCCUCGGCCUGUAAAGCGAGAUGAGCACCACAACCCCAGAGUUGUCUGCAACUGGACUUAACUGUCAGGGGUCCUUUAACUUUUUUUAUGCUGAAAUAUGAGGUACCAGAGCUCAGUCCUGGAGUUAAUUUGAAUACUGCAUUUUUACAAGGUACAAGAGAGUAGGGUAUCGUUAAUAAACAUGGUGUUUUUAUGAAUUUAUAACGGCUGCCUCUGAUUCAGGAAAUCUAGAUUAUUUGUUUGUAUAUGCAGGGUAGGAUUCAUCUAAUGAGUCCUGUCAGCAGAAGUCUUGCUCAAGGACUUCCACUUGCACAAUGGGGCUUCUCUCCCCACCCCUCCCCUUGCACUUCUCCAAUUGUCUUGGGUGUGGUUGGGAGAACCCUGGAAACAGUGUAUGGGGGAAACGGGGGCGGGGGUAUUGUUCUUGGGUAUAUUUUUAGGUAACAGCAAUAUUUUUGAUCAAACAUAAUUGUCCUUGAAUUUAUUUAUUAUUUCAAAAUUGUCAUGUAACACAAUAUAGGACUAAGCUGAAGUUAGGUCUUCUAAGGUAUCAUUCAACAGCAUCUUACACAAAACACAUUUUAAAAGAAUGUCAAUGGCAAGCUAGGACAAGUCCUUACUAUUGCCGUGAAAUAGUAAUUACUAUGAAUUAAUGAAAUGUGGAAUGUACCCUUUCAUGAAAUAUUGGAGUACUACUCUACCCAUAAAAAAUAAAAAGUAAUCUUUCAGAGCAUAAGGAUUAUAUAGAUAAAAUGCAGCAAAUAUUUGUUGCAAUUAAUGGUUCUGCAACACUUAUGACUAGGAAGUAAUUGCCCUUGAUAUUUCAUGACAAAAUUCUAUUCCUGUUAUAAUUCUUGCUUGUUAAAUAAGUAGUGCUACAAAUAGCUACAUGAUCCCACUUUUGGGAUAAUUGUUUACAUAAUAAAUUACUCUUAGAAGAAAUAGUCCUUAAGGUGUAUGGAUACAUUAACAUUUCAUUCACUAUUUUGGUAUAGUGGAUGAUUUUAGUUUUUUUCAUUAACACAUAUUGGUUGCAUGUAACAGAGGUGUUAGGUGGGAGCUGGCAGCCUGUGUGAGAGAUGUAUGGGAUACUGGGCUCAAAUGGAUUAAGCAAGGUGCUUUUUCUUGGAAUGGGUCACUGGAGUUGUGUGGUUUAUAUCCCAUGGAUUGCUAUGCUGAGAAGAUCUGGGCAUUGUAUGGGCACUGGACAUGUAAUAAAUGUAUGGAAUUCACUACAAAAUGUUGUGAUGGUCAUUGUCGUAGAUGGUUUUGAAAACAAUGGAAUUUCAGGGUACAGAGAUAGCAAGCCUUUGAGUGCUUGAUGCCUGCAGUAAAUCAAAUGGAUAAGCUUCCUGCUUCUGAACUUUCCACAGUUGGCUGGCUGCUGUCAAAAAACAAAAUCUUGGACUAGUUGGGCCAUGAUUUGAUUCAGCAGGCUUCCUCUUAAAUCUGUAAAGAUAGUCUUGAAGGCAUAAGGCUUGUUAAAAUAUCAGACCGAAUACACAUAAGAGUGUUAAUAUAUAUGUGGGCCCACAGAUCCGAUUUUUCUAUGUGUGCUUUUGAGCAUGUUUGUCCACAUCUUAAGUGCUUUUCACUUGAACGCCACCUCAGUCUUUCCCAUUCACGCUAGUGGGCUGAGUGGUGGGAUAUAUUUGUAUUAUGUAUUGUUGUCUUCUCCCCUCAAUCAGUACAUCCCUACCCACUCUGAGUUCCAGAAACUUGAGAUUCAUUGUGGACAUGUGUGCAGGUAUUUGUUUACCUAUGCAUGUGGCCAUUUUAAAUUAUUUUUGAAAUGUUUUUUGAUAAAACACUUGAACAAAACAGUGCUUUGAUAUGUAUGUGUGUGUGUGUGUGUGUGUGUGUGUGUGUGUAAUAUAAUAUAUAGUAGGUAUGUGUGUAUUAUGAGUGUACCCAGUGGAGCCUCACCAACAGGAGUAGGGUGUGUGUGGUAAUAGAUGGCACCCAGCAAAAUACCACCAACAUGUUAGAAAACAAGCAGCUGCACAAUGUACAUCCACCAUUGAGUAACAUGCAAUUUUAUGUUGGAUUUUUAAAAUCUGUGUAUCAGGUAUGUGUAGGCAACCACUUUGAUAAAGACAACAUUAUGUGAACUCAAAACAUGCACAAAUGGGAUGCAUGAAAUCUGCUUUAAACUGUACACUGCCUCACAAGCCAAAGGGGAGUCAAGCAGGAUUUGCAGAUAAUAAGGCCAGAUAAUAAGCUUAAGUGUUUGCGAUUCUUUGCUAUUCCCCAGGACUUUCAGAAUAAUUUGCUUAAUAGUUUAUACAAGCUGUACAAUUAGGUGUUGUGCAGAUUUUGGGGUGCAUGGUAUAUUAUUAUUUGUUUUUAAAAUGGCACUUAAUGUAUGUAUUUUGGGGCACAUCUGAUUUCAUAUUGGAGUUUCUUGGUUUUCAGGUGAAAUCAAUUAUUGGAAUUGAUUAGCUUAUGACCUUCUCUCUCAUGCAACUAGGGAUUUAUCACAUUGUAUACUAAAACAAUGAGAACAGUAUUGCAAGUGAAAGUUUAAAAUAUGUCAUAUGUAUAUUGCUUAUACUCUCUGUGUGGCAAAGUUGUUGCCUGCACGCUAUGGUUCCUAAUAUAUUGUUUACUUUGCACAUUUAGCAAUACUUCAUCUCACACCUUGCAAUAGUAUCAUUGUCAUGCUGCAUGUUUCAACUGGUUGACAAGCAAAUGCAAUCACAUAGUGUAAAAUCUUAUGUAGUGUGUGUGUGUGCGCGCGCGCGCGCAAAUUGUAAUAAGGCACAAGAAAUCAAGUGAUUAUCUGAUAGAAAGAUAUAUUGACUAUUCAUUGUGGAAAACCUGUUGAUAUUGGCACAUCAGAUGUCAAAGAAAUAAACAACUACCUGACGUUUAGAAGGCAUCUGAAGGCAGCCCUGUUUAGGGAAGUUUUUAAUGUAUUUUUAAUCUCUUGUUGGAAGCCGCCCAGAGUGGCUGAGGAAAGCCAGCCAGAUGGGCAGGGUAUAAGUAAUAAACUGUUGUUGUUGUUGUUAAGUUAUAUUCAUUUGGUAAGCCAUGACAUUCCUUUAUUACAGCUCUUUGCUAAAUUCUUUCAUUGAGAUCAGAGGCACCAGUCAGGAGGAUUCAUGAUGGAAUGACGCACCCUUACCUUCCUCCAAACAUACAUGUUUCAAGUGACACACAAACACCUAAAAGUACAAAAAAAGCAAUCCCUUUUGAAUUUCACUGAUUUCCCUAAAAGAGUUACUUGACAGUAUAGGGGAGGCUCAUCUGUGGACCUUCAGAAGUUGCUAGACUACAGCUCCCAUCAUCCCUGGCCCAUUGGUCAUGCUGCCUGGGGCUGCUUAGAGUUGGACUCUAACAGCAUCCAGAGGGCCAUAGGUUAGUGCAGUGUUUCUCAAACUUAGAUAUCCAGCUGUUGUUGGACUACAACUCCCAUCAACCCUAGCUAGCAGGACCAGUGGUGAGUUGUAGUCCAAUGGGAGUUGUAGUCCAGUGACAGUUGGAGACCAAAAUUUGGGAAACACUGGGUUAGCCACUUUUGUGCGGAGAUCAUUUCCAUUGUUGUAUUUCAGAGCAAUUAAAUUCUGCAUUUGUGAGAGAAGAUGAUGAUGAUAAUCUGAUUUCUAUGUGAGUACCAAUAAAUGUGAUCAUUCUCUUAGAUUGCUGCACAGGAGCUUUCUUAGAGAUCACAGUACCGAGGUGAGGAUGCUACUUACCGCUCCUUUUUCUCAUGAUCCUAUUAGAAUGGACUUCAGAAGGGAUUUCUCAAGUUGGUGAAAUUUCAGAGGCACAAUCAAACUGCCAGAUCCAGCAACUUUCAGCUUGCUGUAGUUCACUGCCAUGUUUUUCUGUUCUUGUGGCUUAGAGGUUUUUUUAAAAAAGGAAGGAGUUUGGUGAUUUUAACUCAUCCUGGGGAGACAGUUUCUCACCCCCACCCACCAGAAGAAGCCAUGCCCAAAUCUUUCUUGUGAUGUAUGAGUGCUCCACUAAAAUAAUCGUGGGAUAACACUGCUAAGCCUUCUAAAACAUCUGUCUAUAAAGUCGCCAUGGUGCCCAGAUGUUGAGUUCUACUCAGUACCUAAAUGAUGAGUAUUCUGGUUCAUCUCAUCCUUCUCAUAAACUCAGACUAUAUAGUGCACUAGGAUGAUGGUGCAUAUGGGGUGUGUUUUUCACAGUGAAUGUAUGUCACUGAAGGGAAAAGAUUCAGAUUUAGAAACCUUGCCAAUGUAGAAAAAACAAUGGCAUUGCCAAGCCACUUGCCACCUGACAAGUCUGUUCCUGUGAAGUCAGCUGUUUAGUUCCUCCUCAAAAGGCCCGACUGAAACUACAGGAGCACACAUACACUUUGCAUAAAUCAUUCAACAUCUCUCCCAGGCAAGCCCACGUGUGCUCAGUUUUAGAAAAGCACAAUUUAAACCUCCAAAUCAUUUCCUUGUUUUCAUUUAAGGAAAAUACAGUAUAGCUGAAGAUAUUUAGCAGAAGGAGUUUAAAUAAUUAUUUAUAAAUUAAGAGAAAACCAUGUAUGUAAAUAAUUAUUUUGUAUUCGAAGUAUGAAGUUUAUAUACCUCACUGAAAAUAAAUAUAUAUUGGCACUGCAGCAUCCUCACUGCUUGAAAUAUGGGAAAAGGAAGAGGGUUUUAUAGUAGGCAUAGGCAAACUCGGCCCUCCAGAUGUUUUGGGACUACAGCUUCCAUCAUCCCUGACCACUGGUCAUGUUAGCUAGGGAUGAUGGGAGUUGAAGACCCAAAACAUCUGGAGGGCAAAUUUUGCAUAUGUCUGUUUUAAAGGGUUGUAUCCAAAGCAGCAUGAACAGAGUUUGAGGCAUAUAAUGGGAAUUCCUUAACUUCCCUCUUCCUGACCUGUACCCCACCUCCCUAAAAAUUGUUUUGAAAGGUUCCCUAAUCUGCUGGUGCAGAUUCUGAGGGUGCAUGAGCGGCUGCAGGAGACAAGAGAGGAGGUUGUAGGCAUGUUGCACAAGCAGAAGCUGGCUGUGUAAUCCAAACAGCAGCACUGAAUACAACCUAUAGAGUUGGAAGGGUACCUGAAGUCAUCUAGUCCAACUCCCUGCUGCUACAGAAGAUUCCUGCUACAACACCCCUGGUAUGUGGCCACUAGCUCUCUCCUUUAAAACUGUGACUAUCUUUGUCUGGCGCCAGUUCACACAUGCCAACAUAUUAUGACAACUUCAACAGUACACGUGUCUUCACCUGGCAAGCCUAUGCAAACCAUGUCAUGCCAAUGGUUUUUCACCAGACCACUGCCUGUGUAUUAAGUGGUCACCAUCCCAUGGUUUGAAUAUAUGAACAUACCUUGGACCUAUCAUACACAACAUAGCCUUUCUAGAGUUUAAAAAGUCAUUAUUCAUAACAGCAUUCAUUGCACUAUCGGGGGGGGCAUAUGCUAAUUUCAGAUAAAAAACAUUGGUAAUUUAAUGCUUGGAAAAUGCAGUAUCUCAAUGAGAGAGAAGAAAAGAGAAGUGGGUAUACAGUACGUGUGUUCCACUAAAUUAGGGUGGAAAGUUUUUCUUUUCCUGAAAGAUGCAAAUGAACCAAAUUGUUUUGCUUUAUAAAGUAUUUGGUCUAUUUGGUCUAUUUCCUUUUGCAUCUAUCUAUUUCUACUUUUGUUUUUGUUUUUUGUUUUCAUGCAUCUGCCUGUACUACCUUGGAAAGGUUCAACUGCCUACUUAAGAGCCAUGAAGCCAUACCAUGUGGAAACAGUUCAAACCAAAAAAAAAUGGAUUGUGGAGAUCCAUUCUAGGCCUUACUGACAAGUUAAACAUGAACAGAAAGUAACAAAUUAUCAGAUAGUAUCUAUCAAAAUAGAACUCAAGUGCGAAACUGCUAACAAAAAUAAAGAACAUGUCCCUAAGAAUGGUUUCUAUAUCUGACGGCUGGAGAGUGCGCAAUGUAAUUCCAAUUUUUAAAAAAGGAUAUAGGGGACAUGAGAAAAAUUACAGGACAGUUAGUUCUGGAUAAAUUGUAGAACAUGGUUAAGCAUCAUUCUGUCAGUGUAAGGAGUUCUGCUUGUCAGAUGGAAUGAUCCUGCUCUUCUCCCUUCACAUGCUGUUCCGGUUUAAUAUCAUAAAAACAAGUUAAUGCAGCAGACUUUUAAAGUCCAACUGAAAAAAGGUGGGUUUUCACCUGACAACUAAAAGAAUCUAAGGUCGUGGUGAGACACGGUUCAGUGCGGAGGUGACAAAGUCCCUUACCAAAGGCUUCUGAGCAAACUUUUCUCCCUUUCUCAUAAUACUAGAACCUGGGAUCCUCCAUUGAAGCUGAAGGGUCGAAGAAUCGACCCAGGCAAAAUUAAGUACUUCGUCAAAGCACAUAAUUUAGCUAUAGAAAGUUUGCUUUCCUUGGUAAAGCAUUGGUAUCAGAAGAUCAGGACUCCUUCUUCUUCUUCUUCCUCCUCCUCUUCUUCUUCUUCUUCUCCUCCUCCUCCUCCUCCUCCUCCUCCUCCACCCAUCUGGCUGGGUUUUCCCAGCCACUCUGGGGAGCUUCCAAUACACAUAAAAACAUAAUAAAACAUCAAACUUUAAAAACUUCCUGAUACAGGGCUGCCUUCAGGUGUCUUCUAAAAGUUGUGUAGUUUAUGUCCUUGACAUCUGAUGGGAGGGUGUUCCAUAGGGAGGGCGCCACUGCUGAGAAGGCCCUCUGUCUGGUUCCCUGUAACUUCACUUCUCACAGUGAGGGAGCCACCAGAAGGCCUUCAAAACUGGAUCUCUGUGUCUGGGCUGAACAAUGGGGCGAAGACACUCCUUCAGGUAUACUGGGCUGAGGCUGUUUAGGGCUUUAAAGGUCAGCACCAACACUUUGAAUUGUGCUUGAAAAUGUACUGGGGGCCAGUGUAGUUCCUUUAGGAUCGAUGUUAUAUGGUUCCUGUGGCUUCUCCCAGUCACCAGUCUAGCUGCUGCAUUCUGGAUUAGUUGUAGUUUCUGAGUUACCCUCAAAGGUAGCCCCACGUAGAGUGCAUUGCAGUAGUACAAGCAGGAGAUAAUCAGAGCAUGUACCACUCUGGCGAGAAAGUGCGCAGGCAGGUAGGAUCUCAGUUGGCAUACCAGAUGGAGCCUAUAAACAGCUGCCCUGGACACGGAAUUGACCUGCGCCUCCAUGGACAGCUGUGAGUCCAAAAUGGCUCCCAGGCUGUGCACCUGGUCCUUCAGGGACACAGUUACCUGCUGUCUCUAGAUGUCAAGUAAGACUGUAAGAUGCAGCAGAAGUUUGAAUACCAGUGCAAUGAGUUCUGAUGCCAAGCAAAAUAAUUAUUUGUAACUGAGUAAACAAAUUAUUUAAUUUCAGACAAUGGUGAGUGUUAUAGGUGCUGCUUGAAUGAGAAUUAAUAUGUUUGUGUGCAGGUAGAGGAGUCAGCUGGGGAAUCUGACUGCUAGAAACUGCAGUGAUGGAAAGCAGCAGGUCUUUCCAGUACUUUGUGUGUGGCCUUCUGUCACAUUUUCCCCAAAUGUACGCACAUUGCAUGAGAGCAAGAAGAAGAGAGCUCUCAGGACUGCUUCACGUGCAUUAACUGUAAUCUGAUGGGUGGGGGAACUACUUUGAAAGGCGUGUUUAACCUAAGCAUGUUUUCAGUCAUUUCAGUUACUACACUGGAUGCAUUUUAGAUGCAUUUUAAAUAAAAGCACACAUUCUACUCAUGUAAAAACACCAGACAGGCCCCACAAAUAAUCCAGAGAUGUAUUUUAAAUAAAAGGACACAUUCUACUCAUGUAAAAACAUGCUGAUUCCUGGACCGUCUGUGGGCCGGAUUGAGAAGGCGAUUGGGCCGCAUCCGGCCCCUGGGCCUUAGGUUGCCUACCCCUGGACCAUUAGCAUGAUCAGAACUAGAAAUCUGAAGUCAGGAGCUGGAGUAUGGAAAGACCUAUGUGAAUCAUUAAGUUAAAAAACAUGCACUGCACUGUUUGAUCAGCCUGGGGCAAAUUUCUGCCUGAAGUGACCAUGCAUCAUAUAUAGCAGCUCAUGUUUACACAAGGAUGAAUUACAACAUUUGUUGUAAAUGAUCUAAGAUUUGAAAAAUUAAGUUGUCUACCUCAGAGCAUUCAAUGUACAGUAUCACUCCAUUAUUAAUUUUCAUAAUUAUUUUUGUCUGUUGAAGCAAAAAGAAAAAAAAGUGUUGGAUUCUUUAAAAUGUUUGUUGAGGUCCCCAGGCUGAUGCAUAACAAUCUGAUUUUUUAAAUAAAAAAAUGGCAUCUGAUUCAUAAGUGCUUGUGUGCCUGUAGGAUUUCUUAAUGUUAAACCCUUCUUUCUUGUCUCACAUUUAUCUCUUCUGACAUUGAACUUGCAAAAACAACUGUUUGUCUUUCAAAUCAAGCUGAGUUGAACCUAGUUUAUUUAUAACUAUUCAGAUUUUACAAACUCAAUCUGAAUUCCUGAUAAGGUGAUAGGUGAUAGGACUUCAUAGGUGCUUAACACUUUACUUCUGAAGUGCUGGUGAUCAGCGGGACAUCAACACACAGUGCCAGAGUCGUGUGUGAUGCUUGAGUCAGGCAUUCGGAGCUCUGCGUCACCUGACAUUACUGUGACACAGGGGCAAAACUAGGCUUUAUUUCACUUGGGUCAAAGUUCCAGUUUGGCAACCCCCCAUGCGCACUUGUGUGUAUAGAGAGAGAGAGGGAGGGAGGGAGGCUGGGAGCCUCAAUGUCACCCCUCUGGAGGUAUCACUUGGGGCAAAAAAACUGGUUAGCCCCCCCUCCCCGGCUCUGCUCUGACUUCAAGUGAUUGAUAGUAUGUUUGUGCUUCUAGGGCAAAUAGGAUAUUUACCAGGGAGAAGAAUUUAAAUUAGGAAAAGGGGAAAGCCUCCCUUCCCCAGUGCCACAACCCAGAUCCAGUUUAGCCACCUGUUGCUACUUUUCAUCUUUAAGAAGAAACAUAGGAAAUCUGAUCACACUAUCUCUCUCUCCCUCUCUCCCCGGUCAUAUUUAUUGGCUUCUUUUAAACAUACAUUCAUAACAUUUCAAAUUUCCCUGUCAUUAAACAUGUGAUUCUAAAACAUAAUAAGGAAAACAAAGGUAUAUUCUUAAUCAUUUGAUUCAUUUAUAUUCCAUUUACAUGUCUGAUCCCACUAUCUAAAACUUUAAGGCAGGUUAUCACUUUACAAUAUAUUUUGCAUUUUUCUUUCCCCCUUGAAAAUUGGUGUGGGGUGUGAAACCUAUAUUUUAACUUGUAAUGUUGAAUUGAGCAGGUGUACCAGAUUUCAUUUUGAUAUCCCAAAAAGAUGCUACAAAAAUGUUGUUCGUUCUAUCUAUUUUGCAUUCCCCAAAGUCUUCAUUUUUGUCACUCAGUAAUGUAACUAAUAAACCGCAUGGCUUCUCAUCAGAUUUUAGAUGUCUUAUUCUAGAAAUAUGUUGUCACACUUAAUUCUUGGGUUGUGUAAUGUAUUGGCCCACUGGGCUUGCCAUAGGUGAAUCUUCCUGAGUCACUUCUCAGGCACUUUGUUUUUUGUUUCAGUUUUGCAUUACAAGCAUCAGCAUGCCUCAAGGGGUUCCCUUCAUAUACCAUGUUGCGUAAAAGUUUACCUUUUUAAAAAACAUGUUCGCUGUGUGGCCAUGUCGUCAUGAUAUUGUUCAACGUGUGUGUGUGCUUGCUGCAUCUCAAGACUCAUCAGAUUCCACUGGGUAAAGAACCAGAUGGGUUUCUGAUAUUUCUUACAAUGCUAUUUCAUUGUCUUUUACACCCUGACUCUCUUUAUAAACCUUUAUUACUUGAGAUCAUAGUUACUUUUGUACAUAACCCAGCAUAAUGUCUAAUGGACCCAAGCUUGUAACCCUGAGGCAGUGAAGAAAAGCAAAUCAAACCAUAGCUACCAAUAAUCUCACACAUUAUUUCCUUUUAUGUUACAUCUUUAUUACUACUUAAGCUGUCUAUGUUUUAAUUGUUUUUCUUUCAUGUUUUUUUCUGAAAGCUUUCUAAACCUUUUUUUUUUAACAUCACUGUAGAGUAAGGCUUAAAAGUUGUAAAAAAACAAAAACCCAAAGAUUUAGAAAGCUCCUUGCUCCAUAGAGAAUUUUUUUCACUAAGUAGAAUUAUGUUUACAAUUCAGGUUUUACACAAGUAAAACUUGUGCAUUACAUUACUUGGCAGGACGUUAUGCUGAAAAACUUUGGCAGUAGUCCACUGCUGGCCUUUUCCAUGCCUUUAUUGAGAACAAACCUGAUUAUCCACUGACAUUUCUUGGAACAUCAAUCUUCUUUUGCUUUCCAGCUGUAAUCCUUGUAAGUAUUGUUCCCUAAAUGUAUCAGUUUACCAGAUGCUGACAGAAAUUAAGGAAAAACAUUAAUUUCAUGUCUUGCUUGUACAUGCCUGGGAGAAUCUGUCUGGCACUGCUGUUGCAAGUUGAAAGCUAGAAAGUUGGGUAGAUCCAGACGGAUCAAACAAAGCACUUCCUGUGUUCUCUCUCCCUUAUUGUUAUGUUGCUGAAGUUGGUUACUCAUUCUCAGUUCCUUAUUUGCUUGAAGAUUCACUACACAAAGGAAAGUCAAUAUGUUCCUGAACUCUACAGUAAAGGGUUUCUUUUUGCCUGAACCUCCAUAUUAGCAUGACCGGAGGACUCUCCCCUUCGAGGCCAACAAUUUUAUUCAUUCAAAAGUAUCAUGGUUGUGCAACACUCAUAAACAUGUGAUGACAUCUAAAGACAAUAAAUAAUAAAUAAAGACCUGACCAUCACAAAAUAUGCUUUGGGCCACCACAUACAGCCACACAUCUGGAAGAGUGUUUUGUAGGAGAUUCCCUUUUCGUAUGAGAUUCCCUACCCAGCCGACAGCCUCCUCCAGGUGCAAGUCACCAUCAAGUGCAUCUAUGCACACCAAACAUAGCCAAAAGAUGUAGAAAAACAUAAAGGUGCCUACCCCCAAGAUAUGUUUUGGGCUACAAUAAGUUGUACACCCCGCAUAUGGGAGAAUGUCAGCCACAAGAUGUUGGAUGCUACCUGGCCCAGUGCAUCUUCUGGGCACAAGGCACCAUCAUAUGUACACCAACAAAAGCAAAAAUAACUAGGGUGAGAAAUGAGAAAAUGCUUAAAUUGUGCAGAUUAGAAUGGAUGAAACAGUGCCAUCUUGCUUCCAUCAAACUGCAAUCAGCUAGACUUGCUAUAACCAACUAUUGCAAACAUUUAUAAGAGUGCAUUUGGGUGAUAUUUAAUAGCAAAAUCAAUUGAAUCCACUAGUCAUUUCCACAUUUGGCUGCUCAUCCUUUGUGUAGUCUUGAGAUGUAAUUUAUGAAUCUUUCUACCUAGUCAAAUGCACAUGCUCUCUCUGCAUUGGGAGUUUUGCAGUCUGACUUUUGUAGGGAAAGAUGUGGCAGUUUGUCAUUGAGCAUAACAAAAAGUGUUGCCAAACAAAUGUGGCAUUGGAUGAAUGCUAAGAAAAAUUAGUUCAUGAGACUUACUUUGUGAAAAAUACAUCAGAAUAUUUAUAAAACUUUCAUAUUUGAAUAUCUUGAGACAGUGUACGAAAUAUGACAUAUAUAAACUGCAACAAAUAUUUUCAUUUUUUAUAUGGUUUUUAUUGUAGUAUAAUUGUUGUAAACCACUUUUAUAUUAUUUAUGAAACUGCAAUAACCAAACAUUUUAAUAAAUAAAAUAAAAGGAAAAUACUAUAAAAUGUUAUCUAAUUGCUCAAACUGCGGAUUGGAUGCUGACUUAAGCCAUUUUUAAUGAUUCAAAACCUAUGGGAUGUGUAAAGUGGGUUAUAAUGGUCACAUAUUAAUAUAAUUGUAUCCUUAUGACUGUGCCUUUUUUCCUUUGGUUAUACUUCUAUAAAAUUAAUAAAUAAUUUGAUGGUAACUUCCUUUCUUGAGAUCAAAGAAAGGUUUGAAGAGCAACUAUUGUAAAAAAAAGUUAUUUGUGUCAUUUUAACCUUAAUAUAUGGACGCUGGUGGCGCUGUGGGUAAAACCUCAGUGCCUAGGACUUGCUGAUCGCAUGGUCGGCGGUUUGAAUCCCCGCGGCAGGGUGAGCUCCUGUCGUUCGGUCCCAGCUCCUGCCCACCUAGCAGUUCAAAAGCACCCUUAAGUGCAAGUAGAUAAAUAGGUACCGCUUUAUAGCGGGAAGGUAAACGGCGUUCCGUGUGCUGCUCUGGUGCCGGUCACCGGAGCAGCUUCGUCACGCUGGCCACAUGACCCGGAAGUGUCUGCGGACAGCGCUGGCUCCUGGCCUCUAGAGUGAGAUGAGCGCACAACCCUAGAGUCUGUCAAGACUGGCCCGUAUGGGCAGGGGUACCUUUACCUUUACUAACCUUAAUAUAUACCUUCAGCAGGUAUUUGUUAAAAGCGCUAUGUGUGUACUAACAUAACUUGUCCUGGCAAUAUAAUUUACAUGACUACUCGAAAGAUCAUUUCAAAUGCUUCCUUCUGACUCUCUGGGAUGAAUGGGGUGGGGUUUUUUAACUAUACUAAACAUUUAUUUUGUAAUAUGCUAUAACUUUUCGGAAGAUGUACAAUUGUUAUUGUUGCAUAUUGCUUCCAUUCACAGAUACUCAUUAAUUCACAAGUUUCUGAUCCUUUUGCAUUACUGUUUUCUUUUGGGUAAGGCUGGUUUCAUGCCAAAGCUGACUUUCACUAUGGUUAUAGCAUUAGAGUUGAGAAUGUGUUGGUUGGUAUCAAACCACUCAUUUGACUUUCUUACAAAACCACUGUAUACUAUAUUUUUCCAUGUAUAAGACGAUGUUUUUUGCUUUAAAAAUACAGGCAAAAAUUGGGUGUCGUCUUAUACAUGGAUAGUGAAUGCAGAGGGGACAAUUAAUGGCAGCAGCAAGCAGGAGAUUGGCACGGCUGAUUGGUGGCUGUGGCAAGGCGGGCAGGUGAUUGGCGGCUGUGACAAAUGGGUGGGUGGGCUGUUGGUGGCUGUGAGCGGGCAGACAAUUGGCUGCUGUGGCAAGGUGUGCGAUCAGCAGUGGCUGUGGCAGGCGAUCAGCAGUGGCAGGCAGGCAGGUGAACUAUUGGCAGACGUGACCUCCCCCACCCCAAACAAAAGCUAAACAACCUAAUUUAUUAAUUUCGGGUUAAAAAAAUAGGGGGUGUCUUAUACAUGAGGGUGUCUUAUACACAAAAAAAUAUGGUAAUUUGUCUUGUCAGAUAAUCUUUGUUCCAGUAAACAAAUUCAUGGGGAGAGCAAGCUGUAUUCCCGAAAUCCUGAUUUGUCUGCCGUCAGUUUACAUCAGAAGCUUGCUCAGCAACUGUGACUUUUUAACAGCAUCUAUCUAUUUUCUCUCAUGAAUACUUACAUUGUUUUCAGAACAUUCCCCCGCACCUCCACUUACCUCUUUAAUAUUAUAUCAACAUUGAAAGUUGUCUGGCCAAAUGCAAUUUGUGAAAAUAAUUGGAAGGCCCUAUAAAUUAUAGACUGUGGCAAGAUGUUAAAUAAUGCUAAUGAACUUAAUAUUGUACAUGGUUGAAGUAGAUCAAAUGGUGAAAAGCUCUACUCACAUUCUACUAGAAGGUACCUUUGCAAGAAUAGUCUUGAAGUGAAAAGAUCUUUAGAUAAAUCAGUCAACAGAAUAAUAUCUGGCUAAAUACAUACAAAUUAUUCCAGGACCAGACAACAAAAAAUCUCUGAUUAGUUAUACUGAAAAUCCAAUGACAAUAUUGAAAUAUUAUGUAAGGAAUUAGUCUUAUUACAAGGGGAGGUGAUAGUAUAUCCCCCCCUUUUUAAAUGGAAUCCUUAUCUUCCUGAUAAGAAUUAGAUGUGUGCACCUUCACUAGACUAGUACAGUGAGAGAAGCACUAAUCCUCUGAGGAAAUUUUUAAAUAUUUACUUAAUAUUUAAAAUAUCAAAAUAUUCAUUAAAUGAUUCAGGAAUGGCAAAUAAAUUGUGUCACUGAAGACAUAAGAAUGAGGGCUGCCAUACAUUAAAAAAGCAGCUCAACAAUUUGGGGGGUCUUCCUAAAAAAGCUCAACAAUUGAAAUACGGCAACCCUACAAGAAGCCCUCAUUACAAUUGCGCAACCACGUUUUUUGCAGCACUCAGUACUCUCAGAUUAAUUGCUUUUGUCCCCCCAGAGACAAAAAUACGAGCGUGUAAGAAAUUGUGAUAACCCUGCAGCAGAAUCUCUAACCAAUUGAACAAAACAUGCUGUUUAUGUUUGUUUUCAUUGCCAGAAAAGGCCCUUUAUCACCUUUUUGGUGAUUAUAAGCAUCAACUUUGCUUUGGAAACAGAUGGCUGUGCCACCCAGUGGUCAAACUUUGUCUACACAUGAUUGAAGGAAAAUACAAUAUUUUUCAAUGUUAUCUGCCCCCAAAUGUGCUUUUGGCUUUGGCAGAUUUUGAUACCUUUGUCUCAAACAGCUGGAUAAUCUAGUAUCUUGAAGGAUCUUCAGAAAUAAAGAAACGUAGGAAAUUUGAGGCCGUUAGAUGAUACAAACAAGUAAUUAAAAAUGCUGUUGCUGAAAUUGCCUUCCAUAAAAGUUCCAAGGCAAUGUAUAAAAUAUAAUAAAAGUGGCUAAAACAAAGUUAAAAAAACAAUUACAAAAAUAAUGGAAAAUGAGAUUAAAAGCAAUACAAAAUGCACACCUACAGAUCCAGCCUCCAAGAAAUGCCUCGCCUACUGUUGCCACCGCAGUGGCAUUGUAGCACAUUCCUUGGAGGCCGAAUUUGCCUCUUUCUAAGCAGUGCCCCCCCCCCCAUGAUACCACCUCAGGGGUGUGGCUUCUUGGCAAAUAGCAGCCGCUGCUGGUCUCCUACCCCUCUUGUUCCUGAUGUUCAUCUUUACUCACUCCUUGUUGUGCGGGACAGGGACAUUUUGUGGUUCUUCUCAGUUGCUAAAAUGGCUUGGUCUGGCUCUGGCAAGAGGGCUCUAGAAUCUUAGAAUCAUAGAGUUGGUAAGGUACCUUCAAGGGUCAUCUAGUCCAACCCCUGCAAUGCAGGGUAUAUCUAAAUCUAGAUUAUUAUUUUCUGGGCAGCCACCUUCACCUGAAAUUCAUUCAUAAAGUUUUCAUAUCAAACAAUGAUAGCCCCUUCAGUUUUAAAGAGCCUGCUGCAGUCUGGCCAUCUCUUUAAAAUUGGUAGAAUAUUGCACUGGAGAGUGCAGAAGCGGCUACAGUGCUGAGUACUGCUUUAAUGAAUAGAUGUUUAUAAUAUGUGUGUAAUCCCAUUAUCAUUUUCCCAGCUACAAAAAUGUUGCACUUUGAGUUCUGUGUUACUAUAAUUUUAAAAGAAGAACUAAACUAUGAGGAUCGUGCACAACAAAUACAAAACAAAUGUACUUUCAUUGAAUAGAAACAAAUGAUGCAGAAUAGUCAUUUUUAUUAGUGACAUUCAAAAUAUUCAGCUGAAUCCUAAAUCAAGAUGUAAAGUGAGACCAUCUUGGAUAAAUUCAGGGCUUUUGUGAGCUGAAGCAGGAGCAGACAAUGUGCUCAAGACAUUAAGGCAUUAAAAAAUACUGCAAGCAGUGGGCUCCUCCACCCAACUUCACCAUGCGUUUGAGGCUUUUUGAGUUCAAUUUUACUGGGUAGUGUUCACAUGAUAUAGUCCUCAACGAGAACCCAUUUCACUUUUUAAAAAAUAGUGAACCAGCUGGGAGUGCUGUGUCCUGGCAGCCUUUAAGUAGGCAGUUGUAAGACUGCCCCUGAAAAACCCUACCUGAAUGAAAAAAAUUGACUAGUUGCUAAUAUUCCUAUCUGGGGUAAGGUGAGUGAAGAAACAGCUGGUGUAGAGUCUGCAUCAUGGCACUAGCAGGAGCACCAGAUUGACUCUGCUGGUGCAGCCACACAGCCCUGAGCUCACUGCCAUGUGGCCCUGUCCCUUCAUUUCCCAGGUAAUUGCUGCUAUUGGUAGUGUAGUUCUAUGGCACCACCCUGUGGCUACUCCUGCUCAAGUAGGUAACUCCAGGAUAUCUUUGAUUACUCCAGUUAUAUGAAUCCCAAUACUCUAUUACUAUCUUCCUGUUAUUUGGGGAAGACCUUGUCAUUAAUAUGUUCAACCCUGCAAUUGAUGUGGCUUUAUGUUCCGGUUUUGUUUUAUUUUUCCACUGUAUUAUAUUAUUAUUAUUAUUAUUAAUUAAUUAUUUAAGCACCCUGAAAAUUAUAUUUGAAGCGCUGGAAUAUAAUAAAAUAGGUAAGGUAUAACCCAAUAAAGAAUUGCUGUUCCGAAUCUUAUUUGUGAAAAAGCAUAGUAAUAUGACCAAAACAAUACUAGACACGAGGAAGAGUUCAGUCGGUAGAGAAUGGGACUCUUAAUCUCAGGGUAAUGAGCCCCACAUUGGAUGAAAGAUUCCUGCAUUGCAGGAAUCCAACUCUACUAUUCGAUGACAAAUUUAGAUUGAGUGAGUGUAGUUGCAAGUAGCUCUUUAAUAUACCUCCAAUAAUAUGAAAUGUGCUUCUCUAAUGAGAUUGAAUUCUAUUGCUCUAAUCUCAGGUCAACAUAAGAUACUCCAGCUCACUUUUACCUUUACAAAAUGUGCACAUGCAAAUUUAGGAAGAGUUUUGUUUGAUUCAAAAAUAUACAUACAGUACUGCAUUUUGAGUAUUGGUUUAGCUGGGACUUUUUUUCAGCUGGAACUCACCAGAGCUCAGUUCUGGCACCUCUCAGGUGGGCACCAUUGCUAUUAUAAGAGAAGUGAGGCAUUCAUGGUGAGUUCCAGCACUUCUUUUUCUAGAAAAAUAGCACCGAGUUUAGCAUUUUUCAAAAGCUUUUUAUAUUGAAGUACAGUACUGAUUCAUAUACCGUAAUAACUUGCUUGAUAUAAUCAGUCCACUAGGUGGCAGGGUUUCAUACAAAGUUGUAAUAUUUCCAACUUGCUCUUAUUUGUUUCUAUACAUACUACUAUCCUGAAAUUUCAUAUCACAAUGAAAAGGGUGUUUUCAGGCUUCAUAGAUGUGCAGCCAAAUACUCUUCCUCAUACAUGCCUUUUUCAUCCUUGUUUCAGAGGCUGUUCACAGCCCUGAUUGGCUGCUGCUUCAGUGCCUCUGAUAUUGUGUUUUUUCUUGCUAGCAACAUGGUGUCAGUUAAGUGGGAGCCGUACAGUCAGCAUCCUGACACCACUACUCCAUGCAGCCAAUCCAACUGACUACCUGCUGGCAUUAGAAAUCCAAUUCUUAGUGAGGUCUAGAACCUUUGCCUUCAUCCAGACAAUAUGUUGGGUAGGAAGGCAGUUUACAAAUACUAUUCAUCUCCCAGACCCCAGGUACAGUUUCCUAGAGAGGUACAGUUUUUAGACGAGAGGGAUGCCCACACCUUGACUUUGCUGUAGCUCUAAAUCUAUCUUCAUAUCUCCUUACUAUACUGUGUUGUUAAAUUCAAAACAAUAUGUAUCAGUUUUGCCUUACAUCUUUUGUUAGUCUUUCUAGUGUGCUCCUCUGCUGUCAGAAGUUGUUCUACAUUUUUCUAUGUUCUCAGUCAAGAAACCCAUGUACCAAGUGUGAAGCCAAACACUUUUGUUACCCAGUAUCUGAUAUUAACCUGGGUUGAUGGGCAAUUAAUCAAUUAGCUUCUCAAUCAGUUAAAUCUGCCUAAAAGUUUUUCUUAGUAUUUAAUUACAAAAAUCCUCAAAACAGCUUACAGAUAAUCAACAAAAGUAAGAUGGCUUAAAGCAUAAAAGCAGUAACAUCAGAACAGUAUAAUUAAAACAACAGAUAUAAAUCGCAGAUAAAAUGGAGGGAGGUGUCAGCCAAUUCUGCACAACUUGGAGUUGAUUAAGGAAAGGCACCCAGACAGAGUUCUGCAUGAGCCAGAGUCAGUUCCCAAGAAUCCAUGUACAGUGGUACCUCGGGUUACAUACGCUUCAGGUUACAUACACUUCUGGUUACAGACUCUGCUAACCCAGAAACAGUAUCUUGGGUUAAGAACUUUGCUUCAGAUGAGAACAGAAAUCGUGCUCCGGUGGCGUGGUGGCAGCAGGAGGCGCCAUUAGCUAAAGUGGUGCUUCAGGUUAAGAACAGUUUCAGGUUAAGAAUGGACCUCCAGAACAAAUGAAGUACGUAACCAGGGGUACCACUGUACACAAACCUGCCAGGAGCUUCUAAACUGGUUGGAGGAACAGCUGCUUCACUUCUGAAGACAAGUAGGAAACCAGGCAUUCCACCAGAGGGCACUCAAGUGUGAGCAUCUCCAGGAAUAUUAAACCCAUAGGCCAACCAAGAAUGAGAUGACUCCCUUUGCUGCCUCGAAUCAAGGCAGCCUAAGCCAACUCCAAAUAAAACUGGUGCCCAUGGCUCUUCCUUGCCAUGCCUGCUGUCCCUGGGAAACACGACAAAAGCCUUUAUCUGGGGCUACAACAUUUAGGCUGCAAUUACAUACCUUCGUGGAAGUACAUGCUAUUGAACUGAAUGAGACUUACCUCUGAAAAGAUGUGUAGGGUUGAACUUGUAAUAGGAUUGAACUGUUAGUCUGUUUUCAUUUAUAUAAAGAUAAUGUCUGAUUAAAAAUGCCUUUUGUAAUGCAAGUACGUAUAAAAACUGAGCAUGUAAGAGACCUGUGUAAGAAGGAAUGAGAGAUGCUUAUUUUAGCAUGGUGUGUGUGUGCUUUACAGUACAUAAUCUUUUUUUUUAUUAUUAUUCUUUAGAAACAUUAUUUUUUCUCACUUGCAAAUUUAGGUACUCCUAAAACUAGUUUUGUUAAUUGACUAAGAUUCAGUGCUUUUUUCUGGGGGUAAGCAGGGGUAUGCAUACCCCUUAAACAUUUUGUGAAUCUAACUUUGGCCUCAUUGAGCAGUAUUUCAAUAUGAGUAGGAAAACGAGAGUACCCCUAAACAUUUUUGUAGGGAAAAAAGCACAGCUAAGAUUUAUUCAAUUGUAGGAUUAAUUUUGAGCCUAGUAUUCUAAAUGUAAGAAGGUCUGGUGGAACUCCCCACAAGAGGAAUUCCAUAACAUAGAUGCCACCAGUAAGAAAAUUUGCAUUCAUUGAAGGAUGUAGUCUUGGCACAAAGGACGAAUAUUUUAUUUAUAACAAACAAACAUUACAUUAGGCAUUAGAAAAUGCCCACCAGAAAGCUUAUGUCCUCAGCUGAUUCAGGGCUUGGUCUUUAGAGCUUUCGUGUAAGACCUGGAAUGGACUGAUCCAGACCCUGGUGAACUGGAUCAUACAUAAAGCAGGGAUAUUGUGCCAGUAGCUACCAAUCUGGCCAUUAUAAAUGAUGGAACUCAGAGCAGAACUUCACUUGAAAUUUGAGCAAACUGAGAAAGUGCCUCAUACAGAAAAAAGGUAUUCCUUCCCAGACUUUAAGGUUACCCAGUUCAAAAGUGGCACUAUUAAUUGUGUGUAGAACCCAACUGGUAAGUACAAAUCUUUUAACACUUCUAGGAAAUUUGUUUGCUAGGGCAUUUUGCCUGCUGCAUUUUGGAUCUGUUAAGAGUUCUAAACAUACUUCCAGGCAGCUCCAAGUGGCAUUCAGAGAUAGAGCUGGGUGUUGAAAUUUAGGGCAAUAGCACUCUCUCUAUGUUGCCACCUAACAACAGAUAUUCAGUUUUAUAUUUCUUCUGAAUAGGGAAGUCACCUUUAGUAGUCAUAGCUAAUAUCCAUCGACAGACCUAUCUUCCACGAAACCCAUUUUAUAACACCUAAACAAAUGACCAUGGCAUCUUGUGGCAGUUAAUUCCAUUAACUAAAUUAUAUGUGAAGAAUAGCCUUUUUCAAUUGUCUCAAUUUUUACUGCUAAUAAAUGGUUUUUGGACAGCAUGUGCUCUGCGUGUUCUAAUGGGAGGGAUUGGGGAGGGGGUUAUUGCUUUGUUCUUGUUCUUCUUUUUCUUAUGUCUUUUGUGUUUUUUGCCUUGUAUUGUGUGCUGUGAACCACCCUGAGAUCUACAGAUGAAGGGUGGUAUACAAAUGUUAAUAAUAAUAAUGUUGAUCUCCUAUUGCCAGGCCAGCAUGUGUUGAUAGAUGGGAGCUGUUCUUCUGUAUUAUGUUUCAUAAUCUUUGAAAACUUUCUACUGUGUUUUUAUGACAUUUUUAUAACGUUUUUAUGACUUUUUAUGUACAAAAUCAGAGAUGCAGGUGCUCCUGAGGGAAUAAUUGCAUGGUUAUUCAAAGGAAGAAAGAGCAAUUGGCACCACCCCUGAACUGCUGUAGCACUUUAUAGUUUUUGCUAUGUCCCAAAUAGCAAAAGCUAUAAAUAUUCAAGGCCUAAACUAAAUCUAGGCAAAAAUGAAAAAUGCCUUUCAAAACUGGCCAUAUUUCACCUUCAAUAAAACAGCCGUAAUUUAAGAAUAAAGAGAAAUGUGAGACCUUUCUUGAUGCCUUCUUGGCCGGAAGUCAGGAUGAUAGACUCAUAAACCAGAUCUAAUCAUUAUUAAUUUAAAAGUUAGGUACAAAGCUGUUUUUAUGUCGUUUUUGGAUGCAGCCAUGCAAUAUUUGUCACAUGUUAAGACUUUAAUCACAAUUAUCUUUAAUGCAGCUUCCAUUUAACAUCCUACUACAAUGUUUCUGGUCAGUUUAAUUAAAUGGCAAAAAUAUUAUGUGUUUUUCAGAGAUUUUGACAUGCCAGAUACACAAUUUGCUGCUCAGGCCAAUCAGCUGCCUCCACUACCCUCAAAAGAGACACAGUUUGCUUAUGGUAUUCCAAUGGAUUCAGUAACUACAUCUACGUUGCCAGCAUCAUUUAAAAAGGUAAGGAGGAACUAAAAAUAUGAAGUGUGACAUUGUUUUCACUUUUUUUAAAAAGUUAAUUUUGAAAAAUACCAUACAUAGAAAUUUCUUAGGGAAGGUAAAAAAUAAGUAUAAAAUUACUGGGGGAAAUUUGAUGACAAACAAUGAAGCCAGAUGUCUUUUUUUCCAUUUGGGUCCAUGAAAUAUGUACAAAGUACAAAGAUAAAUUAUAUAAGAGUAUAAUGACAUCGAGCUACACGUGCAUUUAUCCAUAGAUGGGAUCAAUAGGAAUUAUAAAAACAAAUAAAUUCCUUGUGUUCCCAAUUUUCUCCACAAGUAAAUGCUUUUGAUAGGCUGACAUGAGGGAACUGGAAUAUUAUCAAUAUUCUGUAUCAAUGCUUAUUCCAGUUUAGACCCACUGAAGCCAGUGAACUGAAUUGGCUUAAACUGGUGUCCUUUGGCUUAGCAGGAGGUUUGAAUGUACUGUACAAAUUCAUUUAAUUCCUCCACUUAGGUUAUUCAUCUUAUUUAUAUUAGUAUUAUAUAACGCCAGCAACUUAGCAUAGAGGGAGGGUGCUUAUUACUUCUGUUGUAGUGUGAGAACUACGCUUAAGUGAUUACCUUGUAGACAAGGUUGUGCAAUGACUUACUUGUAAUAACUUACUUUAAAGGCGUCUGGCUUGGUGAAUAGCCUAAUUUUCUCAUAAACAAUAGUAAAUCAUAGGCUAUAAGCUGAAGAAAACUGGCCAGUUUGCUUUUCUGCUGAAAGACAAGAAUGUAAAAAAAUAAAAUAAAAGGAUAACUUCAUGAAUUUUGUUUGUUUAUUUUAAAUAUUCAUAGGUUGCUUUUCUCAAGGCAGCAAGCAACAACAUAAACAUAACUUUAUAAAUAAAAUUACAAUGGCAUUACACUAUAUUAGAAACUUUAGAUGAUAGGCAGCAAGGUCAUACUUGGAGAAGACCCACUGAAAACACUGAAAUGAGUACAUUGAGCAUGUCUAACAAUGGAGAUCACCCUUUAAAAUAAAAUAAAAAGUUAUGCAGCGCUUUUAAAAAUUGUGUUCGAAAAUUUGCAAAUAUCGUAGCUAGGUAAGGAAGCAUAGAAUUUUAUAUCAAUCAAACUUUUGCCUUUUAAUUCAAUAUUGUACUUCAUUUAAAUAUAGCUGAUACUAUAUUUAAUUUUGCCCGAUUCUUGCUUACACUUUAGCUUCAGUUUCUCCUCUAUUUAAGAUGCCCAUAACAUCCAUAGUCAGUAUGUUCCUAUUCUUGCUUGAUUGCUAAGAAUUGUGACUUCUGUGCCCAGAGGUCGUGUUUCUCUUUCCCAGUGCUACACAUCUGGCCAUACUGACUAUAUUACAAGAUCAUGAUAAUAGGAGUUCCCCUUUGUCCCUUUGUCCUUUAUCAUCUGUCCACUGCAGUAAUAAACAUAAGCUAAGCCAGUGAGCUUCCUGGUAAGACACUUGCCUCAACUUCGAAAGAACUGAUAAACAUUCCUCCCACACCUGGAUUUGCUGAUGACAUACAGUUUUAAUUUCAUUUGGCAUCUUAUCAGGCAAGGACAGCAAAAUCCAGUCUGCUUAGUAAAUGCUUUUGCAAAAUCAAUCCAAGGGUUGCCAUAACAGGCCGCUGCUUAUCUCGAGCAUCAUCUGGCAUUCUCAUUACCCAGUGAAUCAAUUAAUUUUUUUUUCUCUUCUUGUGAAAGUCUGCCUAAUUCACCACAAAGGCUCUAUUUGUGAUUCAGAGUGAUUCAACAGUAGUUUCCCAGCCUUUGAUAUCAGGCUAAUUCCCCUGUAAUGCAUUGUCUCAGGGGUUCCCAAACUGUGAUUGGGCUUCAUUCAAGUGCUCCACAGCACGUCAGUGAAGAACACUUACAGUUUGACUUCUAUGGAUUUCCAAUCAUAAUACAAUAUAUAAGAAAUAAAAGAACCACUAAAAAUCAUUUAUAAUCAUGCAACAUCUAGCACAGUUCAUUACAGUUGCUUAAAAUAUUAUUAUUACCAAUUAUUAUAAUUAUUACCAGGAUCCCCGCAGCAGUUUUCAUAAAGUCUGUGGGGGACAGAGGGAGUUUGGGAAAUUUUGUAUUAUCAUAAACAUUUUUCAAAUGAAACAGUCUCUAGCUUCCUCAUCACUUUGAUACUAUUCUAUAAAGUAAAUCCACUGGUCUCCAUUUGCCAUUGCUUCUGAGAUCAGUUAAAUGUAUGGUGGUAGACUUGAUUUCUCUUUUUUUAAAAUGAUUGCUGCACCUUAUUUAGUAAGAUGCUCCCCUUUUUGUUGAGAAUUCAACCUAGGACUGCAGAUGUUCUUGAUGCAGACAUCCUUUAUUUUCUGUUUACUUAGUCACAGUAAUUUAUAUGUGGAAUCAGUUUCCAUAAUGGUCUGUUUUCUUUAUAGCUUUGUGAUGAAUAACAAUUAAAGUGAAAGCUUGCUUUAAAAUACACUUUAUUUACCACUGCAGUGUUAAUUGAUUAAUCAAACUACCCAUUUAGGCUGCAAUCCUGUACACACCUAGGAAUAUGUCCCUCUGAAUUCAUUGAGAGCUACUAAGUUUAAGCUGAUAAUCUACCCAAAAAGUGGCAUUGAUUAAUUUGACAUUAAUAUUACUUAAAAUGUAUUUUUAAAAUGUGUGUAUUGCAGAAGCUACAAAGCAGGAUGAUAUAAUACAAAAAAUCCAACAUUUUAUAUGACAAUUUAAUUAUUUUCUAAUUAGAUGAACAUAGACUGUCUCUGCACUUUACCUUUCUGUACCAUUAAAACACCUGUAAGCAGUAGAAACUUUCCACUGUUAUAUAGCUGAAAUUGGAAGAAAUCUUUGUAACUGAGCAUAGUGUACCAGAGACUCAGUAUGCCCAGUGCUAUUUUUCUAGAAAAAGGUGCCAGAACUCACCACAAACGCCUCCCUUGUUCUCUUAUAAUGACAAUGGCUCCUGAGAAGUGCUGGAACUGAGUUCCAGUGAGUUCUGGCUGAAAAAAACCCUGAAUAUGCCCAAAGCAUUACAGAAAUACAGUGGUACCUCCAGUUGUGCACGGGAUCCGUUCUGGAGCUCCGGUUGGAUCCCAAGGUGUGCGUAUCCGGAGGUGCCGCUUCUACGCAUGGCACAGUUUAGCACUUCUGCACAUGCGGUGAAACCCGGAAAAAUACUUCCAGGUUUGCCGCGCACAUAUCCCGAAGGAUACGUAACUAGAAGUGAACCUAAGUAAAGGUUCCACUGUAUAAUACAAAAUAUACAUGAAGGACAUUUAGUUGCAAUGGGAGCUUUCAUAUUUGUCCACUAAGCAUGCAGACAUAGGAUGGGCUCACCUGUAAUGCUAUACCAUUUAUUUAUUUAUUUAUUUAUUUAUUUAUUUAAAUGUAUUUACUGCUUGAUUGUAAAUAGAACCUCCGAGCAGUUUACUCUAAGCCAGGCACUGGUCCUGUUAGCUAGAGGUGAUGGGAGUUGUAGUCCCAAAACAGCUGGCGGGCCAAGUUUGGCCAUGCCUGCUCUAAUUCAUUGUUUGUGUUAGCCAUGGUUUGGUUAAGAUGCCAAACAAAUGAUCAAACCAACCAGGAUUCUUCCUACUUCCCUUCCCAACACCACACCUUCUGUCCAAUAUCUGGAAUGCCUACAUGAUGCCCUUGUGCUAGCAUUGCCCACCAUGUCAUCCGCCUGCUUUGUCAUUGGUUGGCUGACCAACACAUCUGAGGUUAGGAGUGUGGUAACUGCAGAGUGUCUCUUUCUUGAUUGGGGUUUGCCUCUCUAGGUGUGCUUACCUGGCGUCUAGUCUGAUGUCUUGAUGGAUCUGGGAAAGACUUUUCUUUUAAUUUGCCCAGCCAUUUCAGCACAUUGAAUAGUUGUUUAAUUUCUGUUUCAAUUUUACUUUUUUGUUUUUAUUUCAUAAAAUUUAUAUACCACUUGAGUGUAGGAAAAAAUUCAAAUUUUUAUGAUUCAGCCUAGCUUUAUUGUUAUUUGGUACUGUUCCUUUGCUUUAUGUAUUAUUAUUUUUUACUCUAUACUAUAUAGGGUUUUUUGGGGGGGGGGUUACUAUAACUUAUCUUGGGAUCAUAUACUGAAGGAUGGCUUAUACAUAUCCCAAAACAGCCUCAAUUGUCAUUUACUGUAGGAAAUAUACACUGGCCAUGCCUAUAAUAAUGGUCUCAGGCUUACUUUAAUGCUCUCCUUUACGACAGCUAUUUUUUUCACCGCUACCAAAGGGGGCUGAUUUGAGGAAAGCACAUUAGAGCAUUGUGCAAUCUACAAAAAUCCCCUAUUAUCUUGCUUCAAUUCAUCAAAAUGUUAACCAGUUUGCCAACAUUCUGUCAGUGUUGUUGAACAUCUCUAUUAAUUCCUCCCAGUAGCAUUAAAAAACCAAAGUAUUUUUGGCCUGGUUGGGAGGGGGGAUGCCAAAUAUAUACAGUGAAGAAUUGUUGUAGUUACAACACUGUCAUGCCUUUUGUUUUAUUUACUUGGUAACAAAAUUACUGUUUUGCAAAACUGGACUGCCUCUUUAAUUAGAGCUAAAAACAAGUGUGUGUCCACUCCCUCACUAGUCACUGUGGCGGUGAAACUUUUUCUUGAAACUUUAUUUGCACUUUAGGACCUUCUAUAGGAGGUAUGGGGAGAUAAUAUUUUUUCAAUCCAUGCUUGGGAAUGAAGUGAUAAAAAUCCAAAGUUAAUUUUAUGGUGUUUUCACAAAUAUCACUGUCAGCUUUUCAGUCUGAAAGGGGCCUCUUGUGGAUAUGGAAGUGGUAGAGAGCAGGAGAAAGAAUAAUUUGAAAAUAUCUACAUUUUAGCUACUGGGUAUGUUUAAUUUUAUUUGAAAAAUGUUGCUUGGGGAGGACUGCUUACACUAUUUUUAUGCCACCUGACCUGCUCAGGUAUCUGUACCUUUCUGUGCUUUGUGAAAAUGUGAUCUUCCCUUCUGAAUUGAAGCUCAGUUAAGAAAAAUAUCUGAUAAGAUCUGAUUCAGCAGGCAAGAUCAGAUUUUUGCAAGGAACAGCUGGGAAACUAUAAGAAACAGGGUGUCUUUACCUGGGGGGUGCAAGGAGUGCGGGGCACAUGGGCACCAAAUUCUGGGGGGUACCAGGCUGCCACCGACUGUGCCCUGGUGGCUGUGUGGCUGGACUCCGGCAUCACUCCGAAUUUGCGAUGGCCGGAUCUGGCGGAGAAGGCAGUACAGGGCCACUCCCUCCCCCGGCCCCUUCCAUGGGCUGCUCAGCCACGGGGUCUGGCGGUGAUUCGCCUCACUCCACCUUUCCAUGCCCCGCCCACCUGGCACAGCCAAUCAGGUACUGGGGCGCUGCCGCCACUAUCCGUGUGCACACCGGAGGAGAAAACCCCGCACCGCCCCCAGUAUGACCAGCCUCAACCUGCUGCUCCGAAUGGGCAGCCAGAGAGGAAGGAGAAAUGUAAGGAGCCCCGCCAUGCGGCCCUGGGCUGGUCUGGUCCAGGCUGCGGACCUUGGUGCACAGAGCUGCACUCUACGUGGCUUUUCCACAGCUCCAUCCCGCAUGCAACACAGUUUUCGCCCAGGGCACGCACAGAGGUCUCCUGGUGCUUGGCUUUCCCAGGGCAGGAACAUGGGAAGUGGUUAGUCACAAGAUCAGUUGUGUUAAAAUUUGGAGGCGCUGUGUGGAUCUUUGCACCCUGGCGGUGCAUAUGCUAAAGACGGCCUUGAUAAGAAAAACUCUCAGAUACAAUACAGUUAAAAUAUGGGUUAAGCAAAAGUGUGGAUGAGCACUUAGUCUUUAAGGUUCCCCAGUACUCUUUGUUGUUUUUGCUACUAUGGACUAACACAACUACUUCUCUGGAAAUGGUUUCCAGGGCUGCUUUAUGUACAUGCUAUCAUUGGAUCUCAUUUUGCUGAUGAGCUUAAUUUUAAUGAAUUUUGUUAAUGGCUUCUAUAUUUAGCACUCAAGUACAAGAUAUUUGAAACCCUUUGACUUUGUGAAAAAUUGCUCCAUGACUUCUUUAGCAAUAAGCUACUUUUUAUUGUGAUAUUGCAAGUGUUCUGAAUGUUGUAAGACCUGUUGGUGCAUUUUGAUGAUUGCACUGAAAACAUGUUAUGGGAGAGGGAGGCAACCAGCUGAUGUUGGGGCCUCUUUGGAAAUGUUAUGCUUAUAGUAAGUUAUAAAUAGAAUUCUUAGGGAAAAUAACUUUUCACAAUAUAUGUAACUAAGAAAAAGUAGGUGGCUCAUUCUUAUCCUUAAUACAAUCCUCAGUGUUACAAUCCUCACUGUUAAGGGGGCAGCCUACAACUGACUAAUUUUUAUUUUAAACUGGCACUUCUUUCCUCACUCUUCUACAAUCUUAACUACUCACACCAUCCAGCAUUACAGAUGCGUGCUUUGAAAAACACAGGAUGCUUUACAGAGCCAGAGUGGUGUAGUGGUUAAGAGCGGUAGACUCGUAAUCUGGUGAACUGGGUUCGCUUCCACGCUCCUCCACACGCAGCUGCUGGGUGACCUUGGGCUAGUCACACUUCUUUGAAGUCUCUCAGCCCCACUCACCUCACAGAGUGUUUGUUGUGGGGGAGGAAGGGAAAGGAGAAUGUUAGCCGCUUUGAGACUCCUUCGGGUAGUGAUAAAGCGGGAUAUCAAAUCCAAACUCUUCUUCUUCUUCUUCUAAAAUGAAGAAAACAAUGGCUUUGCAUCAAGACCUGGAAGUCUGGAUUCUGUGUGUGGAGUUUUUUGUUUUUUGUUUUGCUUCACUGUGAAAGGAGACAAGCAAAACCAAUUUUAACCAUGUGACCAGUGGAGUAUUUUCCCCCCCAGAAACUGAGAUAAGAUUUUCAAUACUAACAAUGCUUGAGCAUUAAUAAUUUUAUUGUUCACUUAUUCUAAACUCCAGGAAUGUUUGCCAUUUCAGUAUAGGCAUUACAAAAUAAAAUCAGAAGAUAAUGUACCUCAAAAACAUACUUUUAAGAUUAGUCAGCUUUUUGUGUCAAUUAUUCUGUGAAAAGCAUUUAGUUUUACAUUAAAAUUUCUGAAAGUAUUUUUCAUUACUUUGGAGCUGUGACUUCUAAAAUAGAGAAUAUUUAGAUAAGUGAAAUUUUAAUUCCAUCAUCAAUCAAUAUAUCAUUGCAGUCUUGUUAAAUUAGACUCCAGAAAAAGCUCUCUUAAUAAGCAGUGUGCCGAGUUAAUUCAGAUUGCCAACAUAUUUCUUUAUAAAGCCCUAGUGUUGUCCUCUAAGAGAUCUUAGGUUUCAUUUUGGAGAGAAUUGAUUUACAAUGUUUAGCUCAACUUGGUAUAAAAUACUAAUGGUUGAAGUCUGGAAAUACCUUGGAGAACUUCCCUAAUACCUUGGAGAACUUCUGUCAAUGACAGUGGACAAUUCAGGGGUCAAAAACCCUUCAGUUAAGAGAAGAGCUAAUAUACUUGCACUUACUCAUCUUGGAGAAGCAUGCAUUUGCUCGGGGGCAAUACAAACCAAGUACUGAGCAUGGCCAGCAAGAUGUGACCUUUCUAUUUAAAACAAUGAGGACUUUGAAAACCUAACUAUUUAAUGCAAAUCCAAUGGAUUUUCACAAAAAUAGGGAAAGACAAACUACACAAAUUUUGGAUGCAUUUGAAGGGGAAAGAAAACAAGCAGACAGUAUGUAUUUAUGGUAUGGAACAGUAGAUAAUCAUUAGACUUGAUUAUUUUUCACCAUUGUCAGGUGCUGUUGCGGUUGCUCGAGAGUAACCAGGCAGGACUCCGACCUGUCUUUUACAGGCUUUAUUUUGGUGCAAACUAUUUACAGUGAAGAGCGUCAUAAGUUCCUGUCUGGCUCAAUUGCUAACAGAAUCCGGGAGUGGUCUGUUUUUGUACCUCCCCCAACAUAAAAGUUUCGUCACCUCCAGCCAUUUCCGCCCCUCUCUGCGCCUCAGACUACUGCGCAUGAUGGGCGAUGGCAAGGGCGUGCUUCCCUCCUCUCCGGCUUGCUCAGGCAUGGUGUUAAGGCUCUUACUAGCAUCCUCUGGUCCUUGCACCUCUUCUCCACUGGAGGUGGGGCUUUCCUCCUCACCGGUAAAGGAACUACUUCGCAAGAUUUUUGGAGGCUCCCUGUAACACAACUGCCCCUCUAUCUCUCGCCUCUGAGCCGAUGGCAGUUCCCUGACAACCAUGUCUGUGUUAAAUUUGGCCAUAUUACAAUACUUGUCAUAUAUAUACUAUAAUAAUUUUUGGAAACAUUGUGCCAAUUGUCUUCAUCUUAUUAACAUUUAGACCAUUCAGGGUUUUUAAUGGGGGAAUGCAGUUUGGCUUGCAUGAGCUAGGUUGACAACUUCAUAUGUUUUAUAAUUUUUAAUAGGCUGCAAAGUGGUUUUUAAAACUCAGUAACAGAACUAUUACAUUGUUCAAUCCCAAUUCUGAAUUACAACCACAGCCGCCUUUUUUAAUUAUGAGAAGAGAUUGUACCAAGAUAAUGCAAAAUUGCAAAACCUAUAGGAAUGCAGAAAGAGCAGUCGGCAACAUUGACUGCAUUUCCAAGAACGUGUAUCUUGAUAUGAAUACAGAAUAAGGCGAGGCAUUUUACUAAAAGCUUUUUUUUCCGCAGGGAAAAAAAAUCUUUCUUGAAAAGAGGGGAUUUUAGUCAAGAUUGUUCAGCAAAAAGGGUUUUCUUUCAGUUUUUCUGAUGUUACAACUGCUGUGAUUUCAUGCCUUCUUUAUACACAAAUCAUCUGUAUGGUCGAUGCAGCCAUUCUCUUUAGUGGACUAUGCAGAUAAAAUGUGUGCAAUACUUCAACACAGCAUUGUGUUAAUAUCAAUAUUCUCACAGUAUAGUUUUAAAAUAUUGUUUGUACCUAUGAGAGUGUAGUGUGAUUGGGAGAAAAUUGUCUUCUGCACUCUCAUUUCAAUUAACUAUAUCUUGCUGUGGUUUCAAAUGUAUUUUAUGUACCGUAUUUUUUGUUCCAUAACACUCACUUUUUUACUCCUAGAAAGUAAGGGGAAAUGUCUGUGCGUGUUAUGGAGCGAAUGCCUAUGGAUGGUGGGGGGAUCUGCUGCAGUCGUGAGCAGAGGAUCCAUGGUUCCCCUUCCCUCCUCCGUGGCUCGCUUUGAAACAGCACAGCGGGAGAAGAGCCGCUGAGUGGGGAGGAGAGAGGGACAGAGAGCCUGCUUGCUUUAAAGGAGCAAAACGGGAGAGGAGCCUUCUCCUCUUAUACCCCUCGCCUGCAUUAUUAGCAGCAUCCUUCUCCACACACCCCACGCGUGUUCCUUCUCCCCUUAAACCCCUCUUCUGCAUUAUUAGCAGCAUCCUUCUCCACACACCCCACGUGUGCUCCUUGUCCCUUGAGUGCUUUUCCUUCCCUCCCCACUUAAAACGUGGUUACAAAGCACAGAUCCACAUGGAUCCUCAGGAUUUUUGCACUGGGUCACCCCAAAUUCACCAUCAGAUCACAUGUCUGUGGCCACAGCAUGAACCACAAAAAUCAUACAUCCACUGUUUCGUUUAGAAUAUUUUUUUUCUUGUUUUCCUCCUCUAAAAACUAUGUGCGUGUUAUGGUCGGGUGCAUGUUAUAGAGCGAAAAAUAUGGUAUAUAUUGUAAAGCAGCCAAAUAACUUGUAUCAUAUAUAAACAUGCAGCGCAGGAACAAACAGGCUGUGCCCCAGGUGUGGGCUGCUUAAAUGGGCAAGGGGCGGAUUCAAGGGAAGCUCACCGUCAGCUCCAUUGGCUCCGCCCCCUGGCACAGCCCACCUCCCAGCCUGCAUCCCCAUUCGCCAAAGCAGGGUGCAGGCUAAGAUCCAGCUCCUGAUAGGCGGCAGGGGUUUAUGCCCCCUCCACCUAUCAGGAGGGCACUGCCAUUUGAAUUCCACCAUCGGGGCCCCAGUGAAGCUUCUUCCGUCCAGCAAUUCUGCUGCAACAAGAGAGGUGAACGGACUUGCUGUGGUUUCAAAUGUAUUUUAUGUAUAUAUUGUGAAGCAGCUAAAUAACUUGUAUCAGUAUACAAACAUUCUCCUGAAACAAGGCAGUAGGAAAUGUGGCUACUUGCGCCUCCCUGUCCAUCAACCCUACUUUUAAUUGUACACCUGGAAUGCUAAUGAGAACUAAUUUGUGUGAAAUAUUUGUUUACAUAUUUUAAAAGUGCUUGCAAUAGCUGCUGUGAUAAUUAAGGACUUAAGGUAUCUAUUGAAGUCUCCCUCUCUAAUUCUUUGUAAUAAGUUUCUAUCUUUUGGGGAGGUGCUUUUAGAAAAAUACCUGUUUCCUUAACCAUUAUUUUUCAGGUGUCUCAAUCUGUGACUCAUGUUCUUAAGUGGAUGCUAACUGCGUCUGUGUACUGAAUGGAACAUAUCAGUCAGCUUGGGCAGUGUUUUGUUUAUGAGAUUCUCUUGGAAGGAAAUCAAAAAGGCAGUUAAGCGGUGGGAGGAUCAGGGUUAAUAGAUGUAUUGCAUUAAUGCACACAUGACUGCAGCUUUCAAAUCCUUCUCUGCUUGCUGUUCUGAAAAAAGCAAAACUAAACUAACAUCACAAUGGUAAGACAGCUAAUACUUUUAAUGUCUAUAUUGUUUCUUGACUUGAUAUUAUCUUUUUCUGAGUUUAGCCAUAAAGCCUAUCCUGUGUGACAUUUGGGGCGGGGGGGAAUUGUAAUUGGUUCUGUUUUAUAAAAUUACAACAGAAGUAGAAUGAAGAAUUUGCUUUGGGAACAUGUUUUGCUGUUGUGUGUGUAGAAGCUGAGAUCAGGCAUGUCUUCCCAACCUUGCUUACUGUACUGUGUUCUGUAGCGAUUUCUAAUCACUUGAAUAAACAUGAAGAAUUUCAUUUCACUUUCAUUCAUAACUUCCUCUUUACAUUGUCUGGAUGGCUCCACAAAUAAACUUUGGCUUCAUCUUGGAAGUAAGUCACAUAGAGCAAAAUUUGUCUUUCUUCUGAUAGAGGAAGGGUUAGUCAUUUAGAAUAUAUUUUUUAUUGAUGAAACAAUGUGUCUAAAUUUUCUGAUAAAUUCUCUGAGAACUGUAGCUUUGAACGGUGGCUAAAUGUAGGAAUAUGAUAGUUUUAUGGUGGUUAAGCUAUGAUUUCUGAAGAAAAUAACAAAUAGUACUGGGAUUCUCAUCUAAUUUCAUUCUGGAGCUCAGUGUUGUCCCUCCUGAUUCCUUGGUAAAGCCAGUCUUAACAACAAGGUAUAUGUUUAAAGCAAAAUCAAAACAAAACCAUAUUGUUAAAAGAAGCCUAAGAAAUGGUCAUAUGCAAGAUUUUACUUUCUUAGCUGAGAUUUUGUGGGAAGGUGUUCUAUAAGAAAAACCUGAGAGAUGUCUAGGUGAGUCUGCAAACACAAACUAGAUCAGUGUAGCUGUUUAAAAAGUUUGAAUACCCUGGUGCAUUAUGCAACAUAGUCGGGGGGUUUUUUAGAAAUAAAGACCAAUCAUUUUUGUUUCUGUGAUUUCUCUCUUCUUCCCCAAUUAAGCUCUGUCUUAUCAUUCUGCCAUUCAUUGUGCUCUAUUAAGUUAUUUCACUUCAUCUCUCUGUCUCUCUUUGUUGGCUAUGUUAUGGAAGAAAAAUCAAACUUAUUUAUGUUUCUCUUCAUUAGAAUAUACUUGUGUUAACAUGUUUACAAUGCAAAUACAAGCAAAAAUAUGACUUUGACCCAAUCCAACAUAUUUGCUGUAGUGCAGACAAAAGGAUCCCCCAAAAGCAAAACAGAGCCUGUUGGGCAUCCUAUUUUAUCUCUUUUGCCUCACCAACACAUACACACACCAGGGGAAGAGAGCAUUCUGUUGAACUCAAAUAUUGAUCCCCUCUAUCCUCCCUUUCUGACCAAGAAACAUAUAGAAGCAUACUCAAAGAAUUUGCUGAGCACUCAGGUUCUUCAGGUACUCCGGUUGCCUUGUUUAUGUUCUGUAUUCAGUGUAUCCUUGAAAACAAGUAGAAAAAUGUACUAGUUCACACACAAAAAUUAGCUUGCCUCCCAUUUAUAUCCUAAAAGAAAACACAAUAACCCACUUAUAUAAUUAUUUGCUGCCUUGCUCUUAGGAGGCUAUUAUUAUUCAUCACAAGUAACUAGGUAAGUGGCAAUUUUCAAGCCUGAACAUAUAGCUGAAAUGAAUUAUUGCACACGAUGAAGAAGACUGUGACACUCCUUUCGUCAAAAAAAGUGAUAAUGACUGGUAAGCUUCUUUGCAACAGAUGAUUCCAUAAAGCAGUUUCUAGAACUGUGGGCAACAGUUGUGCUCUGGAAACCAAGUUAAUGCCUAUUCUGCAUUAUUAAUGCAGUUCCUCAUUAUUAUUAAUCUCUGUAUAACUGGGAUGAGUGGACCUUAGACUUGUUAGAGCUAUUUCAUUUUUCAUUAUAACCCUAAUAUCUGCCAGUCAAGGUAUACAGAAGGCAGCUUGAGCACUGAACCUGCUUUGGAAGUGAACUCAAUGCAUUUCAGAAACACAUGCUGUCAUUUCACCUGUAUUUAGCUAAGGAAGAUCCUGCUUUUCUGGUUUAGAGGAGAAGCUGAGUGUUCACAGUACUGAUUGGCUGGUCCUUGUGUCAUCAAUGAAGCAACUCAACUGUGUGUGCAGCACUGAUUGUCCAGCACUUGUGUCAGUCACAAAGCCUUUCACCUCUCUAUUGGAGCAGUUGUAAAGGACUUGUGCACACCAAAGUUUAAUGGAGAUUUAUCUCUCUUGCUUUUUGGUGAUGUGGCUUUUCCUCAACUAGAUUUGAUUUUGUCAAUCAGCAGAUACAGUAAUAUGAUAAGGGAAGAAAAUCCAACAUAAAGUUGCACGUUACUGAACGAUAUGGACCUUUUCUUUCUUUUUUUCACGCAUGAUGAGGUUUAACUGGGUGCCAUCUAUUGCCACACCACCUACUUUAAUUUUGUUUCCAUCAGCCCAAAGCAAAGAAUGUUGCCUGCCCACCAGUUGUUGUUGAAGGCAUGUUUGUGAUAAUUUUGGAUUUUAUUUUUAAACCAUUCUUUUUGUGGAGAAAGGCUAUUGCAUAAAAUAGCUGUAUUUAAAAAUUGCCCUGCUUGCAGCAAUACACACAAAUUUUUAACUGCUUUUUGAGCAAAUCUGAAAUAUUGGAAACAUUCUGUUUGGCUCUGUACUGGCACCUUUAAAAAAAAACAACCCAACGUAUACCCAUACUCGUGCCCACAAGGGACCCCUGGUUUCCAGGACUUAUGGUGGGUGAGGCACUAACUGUGGGGAGAAAAACACAUUGUAUUGCACAAACAAUGAGGGAGAUUGUAGAAAAACCCAACUGAAGUGGAGCCCAAGAAAAUUAUAAGAGACAAGAACAGAGAAAGAACUGUGAGUGGAGGGGGGCCUCUUUCCCUAUCCUUUGGACCCCCUAGGAAACUUGAUAAACCUGCUGCAUCUGGAACUGGGUAUAGAGAGUGCAGCUGAAUGGUACUCCGCUGUGGGCAGCCUGAGGAAGUACCAUCCACCCUGGACCUGCCCAUAAAAAGCAAGUCUAGAGUAAGAGACUAGGGUGAUGCCCACUGUUUCCAGGAACUCUUCUCAUUCUGAGAAUUUUACGUGUGAGCUGAGAAUUUGUUUGGACCCCAGAUGAGAACCUGGGAGUUGAGAGGGAGCAGUGUCAGAAGGAAAACAAAUUGAUAUUAUUAUAUAUGUAUUAGCAACGUUGCAUUAACGUAAUGUUUUUAUAUAUAACUGUGCAUCUUUGUAAUAUAUUGUUGAUGUUGUGUGUUGCUUCUUUUUUUGCACACUGUUAGAGAUAUUUUAAAUAUAUUAAGUAGUAUAGAAAUUAAAUAAUCAGUCAAUCAAGCUCUGUCUACUAUACUGUAAAUAUCAAAACAGAUUUGGGAGGCAUAAAAUAGAAAGUGCUCAUGUGUGGUUGAAGGGGCACAAACGUGCACAAGGAAACAAUGCGUAUUUGGGUAAAAUACUGAAAGAAAAAUGGUGGCUUUAAGCAACAGCAGAGAUUUGAAUAAAGCAGGAAUGAAGGAAGACUGAAGGAAAAAUUGGUGAUUUUAAACAAUGGCAGAGGUUUGAGAAACUGAGUGGGGUGGAACUGGCAGUUUAAAACAAGGUUUGAAUAGAGUGAGAAGGGAUUUGGGAAUAGCUCUGUUGUGUUAGCUUCUGUGUUGUACCCAUUUCUACCAUUUCUCCUGAUUAAAACUGGUUUCUUUGUCUUACAAAAACAACAACUCUGUCACUCCAUCCUUGCUUUACUCAAAUCUCUGUCAUUGUUUAUAACCACUUCUUUUUUAACCUCAGUGCCACUCAACUUUACUCAAACAUCUGCUAUUGUUGUGAGUACAAGCUCUUACUGUAUCAUUUGAAUGAUACACUAUCAACAUAGGGCUCAUGUGCAAAGGGGAUUGCAGAAUAGGAAAGGCACUGUGGCAUGGAAAUGUGGGGUGGUCUGAGUGCAAGAGAGUUGAAAAAAGAGGAAGGAGGAGGUAGGAAAAAGGAGUGACAAUCAUAAUUAGGGUGCAAAUGGAGUUGCAAAAAAUAAUAGGAGGCAUGGGAAUGAGGUUGAAGAUUAAAGCAGGGGCAUGAAAGGGUUUAAAGUAUAGGCUUAGGUGGUGACUGCAUAAUUGGACAGUAGGUGAAAAGGGUGCUUAGAAGUUGCAGAGUGUGGGAGGAGAAAGAUGCAGGUUACCAUGGGGGUUGUGCAAAUGGGGUUGCAGUAGAGGAGGAGGAGGAGCCAUAGACAUUUGGUGCAGGUGAAAAUGGACGUAAAGAGGGGCUGAAGGAUAGAAGAGAGAAAUUGCUUCAGAAAUGGGGUUUGGAAGGGGCAAAGUGAGCUUUAGUCGUUGCAUGGGUUGGGAAGGGGAAGCUUUAGGGCAGCCCUUCUCAACCUUUGGUCCCCAGAUGUUGUUGGACUAUAGCUCUCAUCAUCCCUGAGCACUGGUCCCACUAGCUAGGGAUGAUGGGAGUUGUAGCCCAACAACAUCUGGGGGUACAAGGUUUAGAAAGGCUGCUCUCUAGUAAGUUAAUGUGGGCAGAAUCACAGUGAGAUUGAUGAGCACAGUAAGCAAGGUAGAGCCCCUAGUUUAGAAAUAUUUACUUUCUGAUACUGUGUAAAAGUUAGGCUUAUCAGAAGGCAAAUAAUCAUGUUGCCCUGUGGUUCUGAAUGAAUCACUCAUCUGGAAAUUUUCCAAAUUUGGAACAAUGAUUCAUAAAGAUAACCCUUAGCCCCUGCUAUGAUUUGGAUCAGAAUCCCUACUUCACCAUUUAUCUUCUGAGAAAAGCUCCCAUAGUGAAUAGCAGGCAUGGGCAAUUACUACUGUGACUGUGGUAGAGGCCUCCUCAUCCCACCCCAAGGUUCUGGUCUGACUCCCCACUUCCUUAUUUUUUUUAAAGGCUAUGCAAGGACAAACUGCAUGGCCAAAGUCAUUUGAGUAACUCCUUUGUCUAUAUCAGGAAUGAUAAAAUGAUUUGAUUACAUGCAAUGCAAAAGCAUCACGAAAUCCACCCCCACUCUCAUCAGAGCCUGACUGGAAAGAGAAAAAUAAAGAUCAGAUCAACACAUCUUGCAGAUGUACAACAGGUAAUCUUUUCUGCAGAAGAGGACUCUGGACUUACAGAAAGCUUUAUUUCUCAUACCCAUACUAGAAGUGUGUGAUGCACGUAGCGUAUGUAUAAAACAUUAAUACACAAAGGUCAGGAUUAAUAUUAGCCAGAGGCAUCUGCUCUUCCCCUGCCCUUAAUAGAUCUACUCAGAGUAGAUCUAUUGAAAUGAAUGGACCUAACUUAGUCAUGUACUUUUCAGCGGAUCUAUUCUGAUUAAAACUUAGUAGAAUACCACCCAUAGUCUUUUAGGACUCUGUUGCUUUCACUGUGCAGACUAAAACAGAAACACAUAAAGUUUUGUUGCUUAAUGUUUUAACAGCUGCUUUUUAUACAUUAUUAUGUUAGAAACAAAGCUGAGGAAUGUGAAAGUGACAUAACACAAUCUAUCUAAAAAGCUAAGCAUUUUUAACUUCAGUCACCAACUUAAAUCAGUGUUUAAAUUUGAUUGGGUUGUGUCGUUUUUAAAGAGUUUGUUUUCAUGACAUUAAUCUGCCCUGCCCUGCAGCUGACAGACUCUCCAAGCUAUAUUUCAUCACAUAUCAGGAACAAUGGCAAAUAUUCAGUGACAUAUUUUGCUGUGGCCUUAAGGCUUGUAACUGGCUCUGGUUGACACAAGUUCACUUGUCAUUCAUAAGUGAAGGCGAUUAGCACUGUCAAGAGAUGAGCUGGGGGCAGAAUUCAUUGAUGGGUAUCCAUAGUUAAUAAACCAUGUUUGUUCCCCAAUUGGUACUGAGUAAAAGCUUCAAAAGGAUCUCCUCCUUAAUUUUCAAAACAAAUUUAUAGUCUUUAAAGCUGCAGAAAUAAGGACAUGGAACUUGCCUAAUGAAAUCUGAGAAAUGGAAGGAGUUCCUUGCCUCUCCUUAUAACAGUAGAAUUAUAAACAAACUAAUUACUCUGCCUCUACACAGGUCACAGAAUUUAGCUCCUCCUUGCAAAAGACUUAGAUUUCUGUUUAAGCUUAAAGUCCAUAGCAGAUAGCAAGUUACAGGAAAGAGAAGAGAAGAAGCAGAGUCAAGUGAACUAUGACUGGAAGUUUGUCUUGCACUGUUGGUCAGUAAAGAUGUGCUUAGGAAAUCCCACUGGGUAAUAAGAGUAGUGAACCUGUGGCCCUUGAUACUAGAACUUCCAUCAUUCCUGGCUGCUAGCCAUGCUGGCUGGUGUUGAUGGGAGACUGAGUCCAACAUUAUCUGGAUGGCCACAGCUUUCAUUUACUGAAGGGACAGUCCAAGGGGAACAUAAUCUAGAGCAGAGCUUUCCAAACUCUGUCAUGACAUGUUAAGUGUGUCAGCUGCAGUUUGUAGGUGUGUCAUGCGAAUGCUCCUCUUGGGGCUGGAAAGGGGUUAGUUUAACUUCCAGUAUGCUAGUAAAACUGAAUUACUGGGCCAUGAAAUGAUGUAUGUCUAAAAAGUGUGUCACCAACGUUAAAGGUUUGGAAAGCUCUGAUCUAGAGUCUAAACCCAUGCAGUGUAAUAUGAAAACAGACUUAAAGGGCACCGUUAACCAGCAUCUGUAACGGUACAAUCCGCCCUACAACUACUUGCAAAGGCAAGGUUGGGUUUUGGCUUCCUUUUCUCUGAGCUGAUUGUGUGGAGGUUGUCUAAUUAUUUUAACCAGGCAGAGGCAGGCUGUUUAAUCUAGACUUUUGAAAAAAAGUGCCCUUGGUAGAGCUUCCCACUUAUUUUGAUUUAGUGGGAGUGGCUCCACCUUUCUGAAUUUAUACAUCUUAGUCUACUGAAUAGCAAUGACCAUUGACUGUCAUUGUGAUCAAUUAAGCCAGCAGAAAUUGUAUUUUGUUGCAAAAGCAAUCCAGCAGGUAUAAGAACACUGCCUUCCUGUGCUGUUGAGUUUGUUUUGCAGUGCUCAUUUUGCAUUUUAGACAAAUGAAGCUAAAAGCUUUCUGGUAUAUACAUUUCAUGAAUAUGUACAAAGAAUUUAUUUGCUAGUACCUCUUCUGUCUCCCCCUGUGUAUAAGUGAAACAAUAAAGUAAGUAAUUUUGGGGACGGAGUGAGGGUAAUGGAAGUGGAAAAGUUUGUUCAAUCAGAACACUACAUUCAUACCAGACUUUUUUGAAAUUGGUGCUUUAUAAAUAAGGCAACUUCAGACAUGGCAUGUUGGCAGUGAUUUUUUGUUUGUUUGUUUUAAAUCCAACAAGAGCUCUUGGCUUUUCACAUCAAAGUUUGUCGGUUUUGCUUGAGGCAGCUUUUUGUUCUGAAUAGAUGGAAAUAGGCUGGGCAGAAAAGCACUUCAUAUUGCUCAGACUUGUGCAGGGCAAUCAGCAGCGUGGAAAUAUCUUUGCAUUUCAUGGGCAUUUGCUGUGUUUGUUGGCACCCUUCCCUUUUCACCUCUAGAAAAUUCUGCCUGUCUCCUUGGCACCUCUGAGCAAUCAGCCUUCUCCGCCUUUACGCUUUCCUCUGCCUUUACUUAGGCUGGAGAGGCCCUCAUGAAAUGAUGGCGCGCCCUUCCUCCUGCUGCCAGUGGUUAAUUUUUAAAAGGAGACAUGCACUCUCUUAUUACACGAGAUGCGCUGGAAACAGGUUUUUCGGGGCUGAGUGACCAGGGGAUCAAAUGUCUUCCACUACACUUCAGGUUGAUUUCUGAGGGCGUGUGGGGUUCUCUUUAACUCCCAAAAGAUGCUGGGGCUCAGACGUGCCUGGAAGCCGCGUCCUAUGAGACUUGCGCCCUGAUACACGUCCCAGAUUCCUCUACCCGCUGUAGGCCUGACCUGGAUGGAGGAGGCACGAGGGAAACCUCUCUCUUUGACGCCCUUCCUUCCCCGGGCGCCGAGGUCCCACGUGGCUCCUUCUUCCGUGCGCCGUCUUCGGCGUCGCGCUCUCCUCGGCUCGGACCCCAUGGGCGGUGACCGGAGCUCCGCCGUCCUACCUGAGGCGCCCGUGCCAGGGAGAGAGCAGCUGCUGUUGGCGCUGCAGGCGGAGGCGGGCACCGCUCGCUCGGGCGUGGCAGGCAGGCAGGCUCUGGCAUUCAGACAGUUGGCGCCUCCGCAGGAGCCGGCUUUUGGCGCUCUCCUCUCGAGAGCUCCCCGCGCCGACUAAACGGGAAGCUCCUCUGAGGUGUCCGGCAAGUUCCGGACUGAGGCUGCCGAAGGAGGAGCGCGAGCGAGCGGUCAUUAGCUAGUGAGUACAAAGCAAACCCAGCGCGGUUUCUCAAUGGGCCGGAGAAGGGCGGGAAAUGGACGUCGUUGGCGCGCGGGAGAAGUUGCCGCGAAAUCCCUGCGGGCCGUCUUCCCAGUCUUGCCGAAGGGUGGGGUGGGGGGGACUACAAACGCUUCCUGCCUCUCAUUGGGCGGCAAGGAUGCCCUAGCCGUAGACCUGAAGGGAGCAAGAGCUAGCUGGUUGGAAACCGCGCACCUGGGGCCGAAGUCCGCUUUCGCUCAAUCACGGCAGCCCUUGAAGCCGGAAGGGGCCUCAAUUGCGAGCCCAGGGCCCCGCCGCCCUCGUGGCAUCCAGAUGCUUUUUUUAGGUGAGCGCGCGGAAAGAACUGGAGAUGGAUCCUCGUCCUCUCUAGGCAGUUGGUCGCAUGGCGUCUUGCUGGGCUGUAGAGUUUAAACGCUUCCCUCCUUUCGCAACACAAUUAUUGGAUUGUUGCCAAAUAUCACAGGAUUAUCGAUGUACGCUGAAAGAAUGGGGGAAAUAGCUUUGUUUAAAAGAAAACUACUGUAAACGUAUCUCCUAACAACGAUUAUAGUUCAGGCUAAAUGCAUUGCAAUCUAGAAUUUGUUUUAUUUUUGUCUUGAAUACUAAAAAAAUGCUUGUUUUUAUCCAUGCCACAGAUUUUAAGGUGACACAAACUGUGGCUGAUAAAAGGAACAUUUAUACAACUUUUAACCUUCAUACAAAUUUUAGCAAAACUACUGCAGAAGUUUACUGCUAAAGGUGCCCUCUGAUUUACCUUUACUUCAGUAUCAAAGACACAUUCCUGCUUAAGGCAGGUGCAUACAUAAAAUGUAAGCAAUUCCUGUAAGUGUUUAUAUGCUUCAUUCAUUUGACUAAAGAUACGAGGAAGUUUAUGAAUGUUUGCAUUAUAAGUCUUAACAUAAUAAUUAUGUUAAUGUGAAUCAUAUUUAACUAAAAAUGAUGAUUAUGUUACAUGUAAAGAUAAUCUUUUCAUAGAAAAUUCUAUGGUUCAGUGAACAAUUCAAUUUCAGGGUGUGUGUUUUUCAACAUAUAAAUGUUUAGUAAUGAAUUAUGUGUCUUGAAAGAAACAUUUAGUCUAACUUUUUUUCCUUUUCUUGUUCUUCUUUUUCAGUCCAAAACAUCCUCUGCAGAGUCUUAUAAGGAAGAAAACAAAAAGAAGCCAGUUUUGGGAAAGUUUGGAAAUUUUUUUACUACAGGGAGAAGAAAAAAUCCCAAAAACACAUUAGAAGCUUCUUUAAGACCAAGUGUUAAAAGUGCAAGCUCGGGUUCGCCUCACAAGGGUAUCGCUCCACUGGCAUCAAUAGAUAUUGAAGACUUUAAAGAUCUGUCUAAAAGUGAGGAAUCUCUUAUUGACCAGGUUUGCGAUCAGGACCAGGAAGGGAUACGGAAUACUGUUAAAGACACAGAAGAAUAUCUCUCCAAAAGGGAUCUGACACGAUUGUAUAAUGAUAUUGUUUCAGAAUGGAACACUAAAGGAAUUAAUUCUGACAGUGAAUUGUCAUCUGAUUGGCGCAGCAGUAGUGAGACAAUAAAAAAUACAUUAUUUGAUAGCAAUCUUACACUUCAGACACUGGAAGCAGAGAAUGAUCUAGUCACUGACACAAAAAAUACUACAACUCCAGAUUUCUUUAGAAGUUUAACUAAUAUAUCCAGUGAGGACCUAGAACAUAACAUAUUAAACCACAAGGAAUUAGUGGAUGUUCAUUCAUGUUCAGAAUCAGAAUAUGCACCAUCAGAGGAGCCAUCUAUUUUGGAGUCCAGUGAACGUGCCCACACUUCUAGAGUGUUGACAUUGGAUAUUUUUCUUCGUAGAGCUGAACAACCAUAUUCCAAUGAACCAGUGACUGUUGUAUUAGACGACUGUAGUAACACAAUGGAUAAAAAAUCUGCAGUAAGGAGAUCUGGAAAGAGGAGAAAAUCUCAGUCCUCCGGUGACAUGCCAAAUGGGGACAGAAAUGUAACUGAGAAUACUGCAAAAGAAGAACCUGUUUUUGAUGGUAUUGCUUCAGAUUUGGUUUCAGAAAAAAUAACCACCCCUGAAAGAAAAGCUAAGACUUCUCAACAGAUGAAUUCUCCCACAACUAACCAUGACACAAGGACUGGAAGUAAUCACAAGGGACUUACUAAGACAGAGUUAGAGAAAAACAAGCAGCAGACCCCUACUUCAUCCCCAUACAGGAGGAAAUCCUUAAAAAAGAAUCAACCUGACACAAGUCCUCUUUCACCCACAGGCUUGAAGAGUCAUGGGAAAGAUUCAUCCACCAAACGACAGAUUGAAGGUGCAACAGAUAGUAAUCCAAUAUCAAAAUGUACUUCAGCAGAGAAGCUUUCUUCUGGCGAAAGCACUGUAGAGACUCCUAAAAUUUCUUCUGUAGGCAUCACAGACAAUAGCACCGUGUCACAUUCUGAAAGAAGAACAGAGUCUAAGGUACCAGAUAUUGUCAACAAUUCUGAUGGCAGUGCUUUGCUGCGCACUGACAAGCAAAGAAAUGGCGAGUUGGGAACUACAAAUGGAAAGCAAAGUACCUCUGGUUUGGAUGGUGCAAAAGAGAGAAAUCCAUGCUUUGAUGUUUCCAGAACUGUCACAACAAAAGUUAGUCUGUAAGUAGUUUCAUAUUUUAAAUUACAUUGCUUGUUGCAAUAAGAUGUUCAUUAAAUCCCUUGAUAAACAUGUAUUAUAAUUGCUAAAUCUGUAUCCUAAUUGCAUGGAUUCCAUGUCAGUAUAAUAUUUUGACUACCUCACAGGAACUCCAAUAUGUUCUACCACUGCAAAGGUCCACUUAGUAUUUAUGUGACUGAAGUUGGUAUAGAAGAUUUUCUUCUUGUUAGCUUCUAUUAUGAAGCGGUGUAUUGCCACCCUUUGUCUCACUCAUUGUUAAACUUUUCCUUACUUGGGAAAAAUUAUAAGUCUUGCUAUGGAAUAUAAUUUUUUAAAAAAAUUAAAUAGCAUUCAUUGUCUAUGUGUCCUCAAUAAUAUUUUCUUUGGAGAAGACUUCCAUUGUGCUUAUUGUAAUAAGUAUCUGGCUAAGGGCCAAAUAAAUGUUACCUAGGGUUCCAUAUAAAUUUCUCCCAGUGGUUGUUUUUUGUUUCAUUAAAAAAUGAAAAUGACCUCUAGACUAGAGGCUAUCGUCAGAAGUAGAGGAAGACCAAGUGAUGAGGAAGAGCCACAUGACCCUCUCACUGCUGCUAUUUGUCUUCUCAUAAUUAUCUCCCUCAAGCUGCCUUUUCUUCCAUCCAAUGCAGUGGGGGGGAAGGUCCAAGCGAAAGCAGCUUGAGGAUGAUUGCCAGAGGAAAUAAACAGCUGUUGGGGUGGGGAGGGGAUCCUCCCCCAGCCCUUCAGUCUUUUGAGUCUAUGCGUGUUCCUGUGGUUGAUGAUGACUAAGAGAGGAACUGCAAUGUUGGGGGAAGGUUACAGAGUACUUAACUGUAGCAUGCGGUUUGGACCUUAUACUGAGUAACGCUACUGGCCUUUGUAACCAUCUUGUCUGGCAGAGGUUUUCUAGUUUCAGACUGUCCUCAUACUGCUAUUGAAGGUCUUUUAGCUAGGGUUGGACUGAGUAUCGCUGUUAUGUUGAGCAUUGCUGUAUAGUUCCUAAGCUAUAGUUGAUAAAUCAGUGCCUUUUCAAGAACAGGAACAAAUUUGUCUCUAGCUCAGUGGCUGUGAUUUUUUUCUUGUUUUACUUGCUUGAGUCAUUUAGAAGGAUCUGUGCUGUGGAAUCAUAGGCCCAGACAGCAUUUGAAAUCAACUGGUUGGCAGCCGCUUUUUGCGAGUAAAAGAGGUUUGGUUUUUACUUUUGCUAGAAUGAAACUGCAGCCACGUCUCUUACAGGCUGCUUUUCUGCUUGAUUGCUAUUUUGGUUUAAAAAAACUUGUCUUUUGCACACAGCAUUUAUUCCAUUUUCAGCUAAAUCGCCCAUCUUGUCUUCAUUUGCUUUGUAAUCGUGUAAAAAAAAUGUCCCUAGACAUACUGUUGUGGCAACUGAAAACUAGGUUUAAGGCGCCAUUUGGCUCCCAGCUUUUAUAUCUGAAACACUGAGCCCAGUUCAUAGACGUGCAGGGCAUACCCAUGUGUUAAGGUGUUUAUGGCAAGUGGCUCCCUCUGCAGUUAUGGCAGGUUUAACUAUUCCAAAAAGAAACACAAAGUAUGGGGGGGGGGCAAUUCAUUGCCUCUUAGAGCUGUGUCCAACUGUAUUUCAAGAGGCCACCCUGCAGCACUUUUAGGAACAGGAAUUAUCUUAGUUUUGUAUAUGUUGCUCUUACCUCUUCUUUGUGCCAUAAUCACUAGAAUAAGUGACUUAGGGGGCUUGAUGUGUAGUGCUGUGGGGCAAAGUAUUAUUUUUAAAGAAGACUGAAAUAUGUGGCCUUCAGCACUUAUUUAAAGGCAUGAGUGCACUUUUACAGCUGUGUCAAGAAAUGUGAGACUUGCCACACCUUGAAUUAUCUUAAUGAGAAAACCUGGUAAGAUAAUUGCGUGUAUUAUAACACAGCACUGCACCCUCAUCAUUAAACAAUCAUUUGAAACAAAAUUUUGGAAUCAAAAGUUAUAUUUCAUUUAGAUCCCGUCUACUAAAGACACUGAGGAGUAGAAUAUAUUGUGCAAUUUAAUCCUGGGGUGGGGAUAGUUGAAUAUCCUUUGUACUUUUCUUCACCUGUGCACUGAUAAAGCUUAUAUUGGACAUUGAAUCAGGUUUUUUAAAUAGUUUUUGAAUGAACUUGUCACUCAUUAAUUUAUGUGAUUUGGACUGAUUUAUAUAAUCUUUGGGUCUGAUUGUCUAAAUACCGGGUGGGGGAACGGGGACUCUUCAAUUUUGUAUUUUUUAAGGGUGCUGAAUAGUUAAACAAGCUUUUCUCCCACCAUAGGGUAAUAACAGUUUCUCAAUCACUUGAUAUGAUGCCUGUAAGGAACUGAGUCAUUAACCACUCCUGAUUCCUGAGGCUUUUAAAAUACCUGUUGAACUCUCUAACAUCUUGCAGCACAAUCCUAUAAAAAUAUGCUCAGAAAUAAAUCCCACCAAAUUCAGUGAGAAUUACUUUGAAUUUUUAGCUUUGAUUUUACAUGCAUCUUAUUUGUAAAUGCAACAGAAAAGAUACAGCUGUAAGGUAAUAAAGCAGUGAAAGUCUUAGUUGAGACCUAAGCUGCCAAACAUUUAUAAUUAUGGGUGGGAAUAAAACUAUGUUCUCAAGAAGAUGACACAUUCACCAUGUUACUCAUUUAAGUAGUUUUUUUGUGUAAGUUGUAAUAUAACAGCAUGUUAUACAGAAACUUAGAAAGCAGAGCAUCUGUGUCUAUUCAGAAAUGAAAAUUCAGUUGCUCUGCCUUUACAUUGUAUACUGUUAUUAAUUGAUUUUCAUAUAUUAUCUGACUAUGAUAGGUUGGUUCACAGUGAUGCUUUGUGAGCCACUGCUUGUCUGUUUACACAGAAUUAAGUUCACUUACAAUAUCAUAAAAAUGUGGGGUGGAUUACACUAGUGUUAAGUAGAGCUGCUUGAACAAUCGUACUCAACAAUUGUUCAUUAAUGGCUCUUCAUCAUAGAGUGAACUAUUGAACAGAGAGCCACAGAGAUACCCUAGGCCAAUUCCUUUUCUUGUUUUUAUAAAUGACUUGGAUCAGAGUGUGAAGGGGAUGCUUAUCUGAUCUGCAGAUGAUCCAAAAUUGGGAGGAAUAUCUAACACCGUAUAAUAUAUCAAAAUCGUAGAAUUGUAGAGUUGGAUGGUUUUUAAAUAGCUGGGACAUUGGCUAAAACCAACAAAAUUAAAUUCAACAGAAAAGUCUUGUGUGUAGGUAUAAAAUAAAAAAUAAAAGGAUGAGAGAGGCAGACAUAACAGUUUUCAAAUGUCUAAAGGACUGUCAUGCAGAAGAUAGAACAGACUUAUUAUCUCUUUCUCCGGAGGGCAACAGAGGUGGAAAUUUCAGUGGAGAAUAUUUUGGGUAAAUAUGAGGAGAAACAUCCUACCAAAAAGAGCUGUAAGUUUUGUUUGACAGUGAAACAUACAUCUCAGAAGGUGGUGUUCUUUCCUUUGCUGAAGCUAUUUAAACAGAAGCUUAAUGGCUAUUUAUUAGGGAGAUGAAGUUGCAUUAUGCACUGCAGAUUCUGCACUGAGCAACAAUAUUGGACAUGAUGACCUCCAAGGUCCCUGCCAACUCUGUAAUUGAUUUUAUGUGUGUUUAGGGCUGAAACCUUAAUUUAAUAUAUUGAGCUUCAAUCCUAAAUGCAAUUUAUCCAAACUAAGAUUCAUAAUACAGUGGUUCUUUCUUCUGGGUAAAUAUGCAAUAGGAUUGUUCUGUAAAGCCAAAAUUGUAUGCAUGCUUACCUAGAUUUAAGCCUUGAACACAGUGGGACAAACAUCUAAGUAAAUAUGCACAGAAAUACAGAUUUGCUUGGGUGGAAAUACUUGCAGUUUGUACAUAUACAUUAAAAUCAAAACCACUAAUAUCUGAGGAAGCAUUGGGCUGCAAGACUAUAGCCUUUCUUUGAAUAAAUUCAAUUGAAAUAAACAGAAUAUACUUGCAGAUAAAUAUGCUUAGCAGUAGGGUGUUAGUGUCAUUUUCCAUGAUAUUCAAAUUAAUAAUUCACUAGCACCUUCCCUUGAUUUACAUUGCUUUUCCUGUACUGACACAUCUGUUAGCAUAGUUUCCAGUGGAGACUAUGACUUAUAACUGUAGGCGUUGUAUUAUGGGAACUAUAAAUCAUUUAUAAGUAGAUGUUGUUUUCCCUUGUUUCAUUUUAAUAGAAUGGAUCAUAGCUUCAACAUCUGUCAAGGGUAUGGGUCAGUCUUUUAGGAAGAUAUAGAUCUUUUUCUUUACCAUUUGAGUUUGCAUUCUCUUCAAGUCUUCAAAAGAGAAACAGAAACAUACACUACAAUUAUCCGACUAGACUAUAACUCAAAUAUUUACUUUAGCUUUUACAAUUUUUUUAAUGAAAGUAUGAUGGCCCUCUUCAGGCAGUCUUCUUCAGUGUUAAGUUUACAAGUACAGUGGUACCUCAGGUUAAGUACUUAAUUCGUUCCGGAGGUCCGUACUUAACUUGAAACUGUUCUUCAUCUGAAGCACCACUUUAGCUAAUGGGGCCCCUCUGCCGCUGCACCACCGGAGCCCGAUUUCUGUUCUUAUCCUGAAGCAAAGUUCUUAACCUGAAGCACUAUUUCUGGGUUAGCGGAGUGUGUAACCUGAAGCGUAUGUAACCUGAAGCGUAUGUAACCCGAGGUACCACGUACAUGGGGAGUCAUGGGGACACUAGCCCCUUGCAUUCCACCCAGAAGCAUGUAGACAGCUGAACUUAAUUUUUCAGAAUCAGUGCUGUAUGCAGUAGCAGUUGGUUUGUUGGCAUGGGUGGUGUGGCAUUGCUCAGACUUCCUAACACCAAACAUUGUUACUGGUUACUAUGCCAGUAAAGAUGCAGCAGCAGAGCCAACCCAACACUCCCACUGCUUCCCCCACACUAAGCUCCCCUCCCCCUUACACCUGUCCUUCUUGGUAACUGGCAGCAAUGUUCAAUGUUGGAAAGCCAGGUAAGCAGGAUUGCUCUGCUGACUGCUACUGAGUACAUGAUUCCACCUAAUUCUGUCCAUUAACAGUCAAUUUUUCAGCACAAUAUUCAGCACAAACUGUAGCCUCUUCAAGGGAAGAUCCACAUAGAGCACAUUUAUCCAGUCAGGAAGUUACCAAAGCAUGCAUCACUGUGGUCAGGCCAUCUUCAUCCAGGAAUGGCCAUCGUUGAUGAACCAGCUGGAACUGAGCAAAAGUACUCCACACAACUGAAACCAUCUGGGCCUCAAAUUACAAUGCCAAAUCAAAGAGUUUCCCCAAAUUAUGCAAGUUUCUUUAGGGAGAGUAAAACCCAUCUGGAACAGGCUGGGUUAGAAAUAUUCACCAUUCCAUCACUGUUUUUAUAUUGUAAACCGCCCUGUGAUCUUUGGAUGAAGGACAGGAUAGGUAUUGAAUAAAUAAUAAUAAUACUGCCUCCACUCCAUUCCUGCCUUCAAGCAAUAGUCCGGCAUCUUAGAUCCUCCCAUUCUAUUGGCUCAGUCUUCAUGAGCACAUAUGAACAUUUUUCUUGCUAAACAGGUAAAGUCAGUGUCUGCAUGUGUCUACAGGACUGUGCACUGUUGAUGCUAAAAAGAUGGCAUAAUACAUCACAGCAGCAAUCAACUUUUAAUUACAUAUGAAAGUAUGUUAAUGGAGUGCAUCCAUGGUGUAUGUUUGAGUAAAUAGGAAGUGUGAAUAGUGUUUGUGUGUGUGAGAGAGAAUUGCAAGUGAUUUGCAGUCUAUAAUUUCUGAAAGAAAUAAAGUGAGCUCUUGUGAGAGUAAAUAAUGCUUAUAAAUUGUUCUGAUAUGUUGUUGUUGUUGUUUGUUGGAUUUAUAUACCACCCUAUGCCCGGGGGGUCUCAGGAUGGUUCACAUAAUAAAAUAGAUUGCAAGAAACACUUUAAGUUAACUUGCAACUUAACAAAGGUAAAAGGAAAUAAUUGUAUUAAUGUAUUUUCAGUAAACCCACAUUCUAAGGAAUGAUAUGUUUUCUGUUAGGUUUUCGGUAAGGCUAUUCUUAAAAAACUCCACACAACCCACUGUCCUAACCGUAUAUAUUUUUAUUUCAUUUCAAGGAAACUAACUCUAAAUAUGUUUUCUUAGGACCACAGACUUUACGCAGCAUUAUAAAAUUCAUUUGCCUUUUUUAUGUCGAGUUAGACCAGUGGUUUUCAACCAGUGUGCCUUGGCACCCUGGGGUGCCUUGAAUGAUGGUCAGGGGUGCCACGGGCAACACUGGACUCUGUCCCUCUUUCCUUCCAUCCUUCCUUGGAUGCCUUCUCAUUUCUCUGCCUCCCAAAGGCUUCCACAGCUGUUUGUUGCAGCAGCCCUGCCUAUGAGCUCCCCAGAUGAAUGGUGCGUCUGGGGCUGGCCAGGGAGUGCUGUUUGCCAGGAACUGAGACAGCCUCGGAGUAAGCAAGCAAGCCAGUGAGGGAGCCCAGCCAGCCAGUCCACCAGCCCUUACUGUUGGGAAUGGACAGACAAGUGGGAGGCCAGGCAGGCAGGCGCUGAACUGGCCUUUCUUGUGCUUGCUGUGUGCUGAAGGGGAGUCUUUCCACCGUGCAGGCCCGGCAGUGCUGGCCUCACAUUCACCUUUGGCCAGUCUCGGUUGUUCCACUGAGGCUGGGGGCAUCUUCUUCCCAGGCCCCUGGGGGGCAAUGUGAGGAGGCACAUCUCUCUGGGGCAGUGGAGGAAGCUCAGAGAUCAGGGGGAGCAGCAUCAGCGGAUGCCUGGAGGACUCCCAAGGACAGGGGAGAGGAAAGGAAGCUGAGGGAACACUCCACAAGGGAAAGUGUUCAAAAAAGGAUGAGAGGCUGUCAUCUUCAGGCAAGGGGUGACAUAACUGGGCUCCUGAGCCCCACAGGGGUGCCACAGAAAGAAUGUAGUUGGUCAAGGGAGCUGUGGACUCAAAGAUGUUGAAAACCUCAGAGUUAGACCUAUAAGGAUGUUUCUUUAGCAGAAAUUUUGCUAGAAUGUUGUGGGUUCAAUUCAGAUUUUCCCCGAGUGAAAAAUCAUUCCACUGAUUGAAGGGGUGUGUGUCAAUUUUCACCUCCACAAAAUCUGCUUCUGAGAGUUGGGAGCCCCUCUAGAUCAGUGUGUGUGUAUGUAUGUGGGGAUGCAAAAGAAUGGGGAAUUGGCAGAUUGGAGUGUGUUCCAUGAAUGGAAGGAGGCCUUCUGUCAGCAGUUUGACAAGUCUGGAACCACCCAUGCAUAUUUAAUUAGUACAUAAGAAGAACUGUGCUGGAUCAGACAAAGUCCUGUUUAUUUCAACACUCUGUCCUCAGAGUGGUCAACUAGAUGUCCAUGUAAAGUCCACAAGCAGAACCUGAGUGCAUUUGCACUUAGAGAAUAAUAACUAUACUCAUAUAACACUUUCCUGGGAGUAAGUCUCAUGGAAGUCAAUGAGACAUACAGCACAAACUUAUACAUAUUUACAGGGGGGCACGCCUAGUGCCAUCACUAUCUAUUUUAGGCACCAGGUAAAAACAUUUUUCUUUAGCCAGCCCUUCAAAGCGUAACUGAAUAUUUUUAGUUGAGUGGGGUUGGGUUGGAUUUGCUCUUUUAUGCAUAUUAUUGUCUUUUAGGUUACUUUUACUCUGGUUUUUAAUGGUUAUGUCACUCUGAAUUUAUAUUUUUUGGAAAAAGUGACUAAAUUGUAAUAGUAAUAAUGAUAAUUAAUAGCAGUAAGUCCCCUUAUAUUGAAUGUGGCUUACUCCCUAGCAGGUGUAUUUAGAAUUGCAGCCUUAUUUUAAGGAGGCAGGCGCAUAGGAUUGUGCUAGAAAUAAAAUACAUCUUUAAAGUAUUGUUGACUAGGACUGUAAAGUAAUUGUUGUAUUAUUUUGUUUUUACAGUCCAGCUAAACCAAAGAAUGUAGAAUUAAACCUUAAGGCGUCCAGAACUCUAGAAGAUGUGCAAACUGAGCAAGAUUCUAUGGACAAAGCUGUUAAAAUUAACUUCAGUAUUGCCAAUAAAAUAUCCAUGUUUGAAAGCAAACAAACUAAUCAGAACCAAUCUGCUGAGAUCUCUUCUUUAAAAAAAGGUUCUGUAUCAAAUACAUUUGUUGGCAGAGCAAAGCUGAAAUUUGGGAAACAGCACCCUGAAAGUGAGCAGACCAAAAGAAUAACAAAUAAGCCAAACAAUCGACAGAAAGCAUUGCAGAAUGGUGCAAAGGUGAAGGAUGUAUCUUUAGAUAUAAAAAGCAAGUCUGAAGAAGGGAUUCAGUCAAAUAUUAUAACUAAUGAAGAAAUUGGAAAUGCUGCUGAAUCUCAGUUUAGUCAGAAUGGAAAAGUAGAUGAUAACCAUGUGAGUGUUUUUAUUUCUAAAAAAGUGGAUACAGAAUUAGCCAACGAUAAUUGUUUGCCUAAAACGCCAUCUGUACUACAAACUGAAGAAAUUGAAACAAUCCAAAAUGAUAACAGGAAUACAAAUGUCAGAUCCAUAUCUCCUGAAAGUGGAGAGGAACUUUUCCUGAAAAUAGACAUGCAUUCUCUAAGUAAAGAAGACCAGUGUCUCCUGCAGCCUGACCCAGUGCCCCCCAAAGUAGAACACAACAUGACUUCUCAGACUGAAAAUGAAGACACAAAGAUGACAAAUACGUUUUUGGAAAACAAACAGAUAUUCGAGCAGAAUUUCAGUGGACAACCUGAUUCAAACAGUGAUUGUAAUGUCCCUAAAGCUGGCAAUGAGGAUACCAUUUGUGAUUCCCCAGACAUGACGAAGUUUACUGAAACUAUUAAAAAUCUAGACAGCUCUAUUUGUGUACCUCAAAAAAAGAAAAAACCCAAAGUUCCAAAAUCUCCAGCACCUCCCUUUGCUAUGCCUCCAAUUCAUGAGGACAAUUUAGAGAAAAUAUUUGACCCCAAUAUAUUUACAGUUGGUUUAGGGAUCAAGAGAGACAAACCACGAGAUUUAGCCCCAUCUCUGCAGCUGAAAUUGCAUAGUCUAGAAACAGAGGCUAGAGUCAGACCCAAACGUGCCUCAGCUGAGAACAGCCUUCUUCUCCAGUCUCUGAAAUUAUCCAACAGACCAGACCUUGCACUUACCCAGGAAGUAAGUGGGAAAGAGAGCAAGGAUGGUACCGAUGGCGACAUUAAGAGAUCUCGACUUGAAAAGAGUGCCAUAUUCUCAAGCCUUCUAUUACCUGCAACUAAAGAAAAUGUGUUUACUCCAUCUGUAACAUCUAUAAACACUAUCACAACAACUUUUGCCUCUCAGAAGAGUGUUAAUUGCCCAGGAGUCCCUCCUCUAAUAUUUGAUGUGGCUCAGAAAUCUGAGGUAAUAGGACAAACAUCAUAUAACUACAUAUAAACUCACAUGCUAUGUAUGUUGUAUUAUACCUUAGCAGUAAACAACCACUGUUAUAUUUUAUUGUGCUGUUCAGUCUCUUUCAGAUUUCAAAAAUCCACAAUUUAUGGAGAAAUAUUUGCAAAGUGAAGAUCCAAAAAAAGAGAGAAUUUUACAGAUGUCUAACUUUGGAAACCCUGACACCAGUUUUUCAACCUGGUUGAAACCUGGGCAGUAUGAACCAAAUAGCUUCUUACCAGACAUUGAGGUGUGUUUAAUGUUGUUUACCUACUUUUAGAAGUCUAUCUGCAUGCUUUGUGUAACUAGAAAGUCAAAUUGAUUUUUGCUUUUAUUUCUUUUGUUUGAUAUUGGUUUGAUUUAUAUACAUACAUACAUACAUACAUAUUGUUGUUAGAACAAAUAAUAGCUUGAAUUGGAAGUGACUAUUUUCCAGAAAAAAGAUUAUCUUUUCAAUAAAGUGAGAUUUCAUUAGCAUGCUGCAUUUCUCUAACCAAAUGGUCAAAAUGAAUCUGAAAUGAGAAGAUCAUGGCUGCAUCUAGGCACUACUGAUUGCCCAAUUUAGCAUAAAGGCAAGAGACAGUAGAAGAAAAAAUAUACAAUCAUACUGCAGUAUGUCAGUUGUUGUUUGGAUUCUGCUGCUGACCCCACCAGUCCUCACAUCUACAGAUUGUUCAGCAGUCAGUUGUGCUGAACCAGCAUACGUGUUGGUUGAAAAGCCUUCUAGAAUCACUGUCUGCAGCUGUUAAGAAUGGUAAUUUAAGAUAGGUUUAAGAUUUACUAGACAAAAAUGAAAUGUAAUAGUAAUAGAUUCAGCAAUCAUUUGACAAACCGACUCAUCAAAACAAUUUUAGACUGUGUUCCCACAUCCCAUUUAACUUGCGUGCAUUCAGCCAGCUUUACGUGCAUGGCAAAAAAUUAAACAAAAUGAAAGGGAACAGUGUUCUGGGGAAAAACACUGGCGAUCACACCUGCCAUUGAACACAACAUGAUUUUGGCCAAUGUAACGCCCGUGUAAGUUGCAGGCUUACUGUAUGUUCCUUUAGAAAUUCUAUUCUGAAUAAUAAAAGGCAUAUUGGGAAUCUAUGGAUUCAUAUAUAUUGCAGGUUACGUGUGUGUGAGUGGGGCACAUGGUUGCACAGAUACAAUUUCUGGUGCCCCCCCCCGAAAUUAGUCUUCAAAACCAUUCUGUUGUUGGGGUGAGCCUGGUUGCGGUAUAUGUGUCAUCCCAUGACAGUUUUUCUUGUUUGCAACUGUGUUCAUGGGUGCAAAAAAAAAUGGUGGCCCCUGCUGUAUAUCAUGAGAGGCAGGAAAUUGUUAUGCUUUUGAAAUAUACUUCUGACAUACAUUUUUCAUAGACCAAGUUUUAUGCUAAAAUUAACAGUGCAACAAUGGAAUAGGGGCAGCAAUAUUGACUGAAAACUCCUAGAAAGCAACCAUCUUGAUGAUUUACAAAACAAAUCAAGACUUGAUUCAAAAAGUUUCUUCCUACCAGCUAUAAAGAUAUAUAACUUCUUCAGAAUAAUUGGCUGUACCACAUGGUGCAUUGGGUGGUAUGAGCUAUUUGCAGGGCUGGGCUACAGUAAUAAAAUGCAUACUCAUGCCUUUAUUGGCUAAAGGUGUAGUUCAACAGGCACUCCUUCCAUACAAAGCCCCUGUUCGUUUUAGUGUGCUGUAAAAUGACAGUGAUUUGUGGUUGCAGCGUCAGCAUGUUCUGCAUAAUAUAUCUGUGCAAACCUAAGGGGCAGCUUUAAGUGGCUUAAUGGUUUGCAUGGGCAACUUGAAUGUGUGGUAAUGUGUCAGUCAGAUCUGAAAGCAUGCCAAGCACUUGCAGGCCGUAUAGCCUUAACCUGACCCCAUUUUCAUAAUACUAAAGUGUGACUUGUAAACUGUUUUAAUGGAUGUAUUUUUUGAAGCUAAAUACACUAAAUGUAUUUCAGCAUUUCCCAAGAUUAGGUAAGAUAUAUCUCUUUUACAAAUUAAUUUCUUAUUGUUUGCUCCCUCUGCUUUAACAGGCAUUUUCAGGAAACAACCAAAAUAAAAUUAAUCCUAGACCUGGAAAGGUGAGGUGAUCCCCAUCCCAUUGAUUACUGUUUUCCUUUAUUUUUCCUUGUUGGAUUUAAAAAAACUGAAGUUUUUCCCUCUAUAAAUACAGAUCGUUAUCUGCAGUAAAUCAGACCCUUUGGAAAAUGCUAUUGAAGUUUUUCAUGAUAUGGUGGACUGCACCGCUUGGGUACUGUCACCUGUAAUUCUAGUUAAAGUCAUCAGAGGAUGGUAAGAAUAAAAGGCUCGUCCUACAGCUAGUUCUAAAUUCAGUCUGCACGUUCCCAUUCUGCUUUAACAUACUUUAUUCACUCCUUGACUGUCUGCUUCUAAACUCAGUUUGGUCUCAUGCCUUUUUCCUUAGCCUAGCUUGAGUAAACUAGUUUUCACUAGUUUAUUCUCAUGUGUGUUGAGGCAUGUUUUGAACUGUUCCAGCAUGUCUGAUUCUUGAUCUGAUGCAUGUAGAAGCUUAUUGUUAAAUUUGCUCAUGUGUUCCUAUUUUCCUUCUUUGAUGUUCUAAAAAGCUUUUCCUGUGACCUUAAGUAACUUCUAAUGUUAUACUACAUUGCCUUAAUUCUCUUGAAAGAUUACUGCUUUUUGGCUUUGAAAAGACCAACAGGAAAACUAGAUUACUGUUAGGGAUCUUUUAAAACCACUUCCUGAAGCUUUGAUUAAAAACAUCAAACAAAUUUACAUUGCUGGAUUAUCAAGUGAGAAACUGUUUCACUUGGCAGAAUUCCUGCAGCUUCCAGUAUGCUGCUGAAACCAAAGGCAUAAAGAAUGAAACUGAUAAAAGUUUAGGGAUUUCAUGGGGUCAUCAGAGUUUGCUAGUCAAAGCAAAAGAAGUUGGUUUCAAUGCAGGAACGCAUGUCUGUAACUAUCCAGUUGUCGUUUAAUACUAGUCUUUUAUCAAACAGCAAACAAAUACCACGCUCUAUGCAAUAAAAGAAACAUAGUUCUUUGCACCCAUUAGCUAUAUCUACAAUUGUUUUAAAAAAUACAUUUAUUAUAUGCCUUUUUUUUUUUACAAUGUGCCCAAGCAGAUAUAUAACAAGAUGGAAAUGUCAAAAUAAAAAUAUUAUUUUUCAGUUUAGCUGUCUAAAAAGCUUGUAUUUUAUUUAUUUGUUGUGAUUUGGUUUGUGGAGAGUUGUGGCAUAGAGCCUGUGACUCAACACCCUAGUAUUAAUCAAUUAGUUUGAUAGUCCAGCACUGUUUAGUUACUUGCUUUGUUCCAUUGUGGUAGGCUGCUUCAUCUGCUUUGUUCAGCCAUUUUGUUUGAUUCAUCCGGUGCGAAACUUGCAAAACCAGAAUUAAUUUUAUGUUGUUCAGAUUUCCAACUUAAAUUGAUGUUAAUUGCAAAUUGUUGGUAUGUCUUAGUCAUCUUAAUACAGUUACAUGGCACACACUUUCCCCUAUCCUACAUGCAGAGGCUUCACACAUACCGUUAUCCACCUGUCCAUUUCUUUCCAGAGUCCCAGCAUACAUCAUUCUCAUGCUUUUUAUGGGAUUACCAUGCAUGCUUAGAUGUUUGGAGAAAAGCAGGCUAUUGGAUAGCUGUAUGGGAGAGCCUAACAUUAAAGAUGAAUCAAUGUCUUCUUUUCUCAUGCCUUUUAAAGUUCCUGCCUUUCUUCUUCAUCCUCCUCCUUGACUUGUAAUUCUUUCCAGCUCCUUACUUUCUUUCACCUCCUCAAUGUUUCCUGUCUUUGACUUUCUUUAUUAGCUGUUCAGCUUUUGAAAUAACUUCGAGUCUUGACUCUACUGUUUUGACCUGCCAUUUGGAUUUGGCUGAAGCUCUGUACUUUCAACACCUGAUAUCUGGUUUGGUCUGACUUCUAGCUCUAUGCUAAAUUAUCUUUGGACCUCUGUUUCCUGGUUUCCCACUUGGCUAUUUUCUUGAUGUCCAUUCUGACUUUGAUCUUUUGAGGUAGACACCACCCUCUCCAAAGUCUUGACAACAUCUCUCCACUUAGCGACAGGUGCUCCAGGUGAAGUAUGUUUAUACUCUUAUUAUGGAAAUACUGGGUUAUAUAUCUCUGUCUUCUUUCUUCUGAUCUUCUCACUCAUCUUGCUCACAGGAAAGUAGAUGUCUUGUUACAACAGACCAUUAUUUCACCAUUGUUGCCCUAGUAUUUGAAGACAUUGCUCUUUCCCUAUGAUUAUUUCUUUCAUUGCAUCUUAAUCAUCUUUCUGUGUUGCACUAACAUUCUUGAUUAUAAGUAAGACAUUGCUAUUUAUUGCAUCUAGUUUUCUGCUAUAUAGUUGUAUAGUUAAACCCCUACUGUGAUAACAUUAUAUACUAGCAUUUCUCGGUAUGGCCAAUCCAUUACAAUGGUACCUAGGGUUACAUACGUUUCAGGUUACAUAUGCUUCAGGUUACAGACUCCGCUAACCCAGAAAUAAUUACCUCGGGUUAAGAACUUUGUAUGGAUGAGAACAGAAAUCGUGCUCUGGCAGUGCAGCGGCAGCAGGAGGCCCCAUUAGCUAAACGGUGCUUCAAGUUAAGAACAGUUUCAGGUUAAGAACAGACCUCCAGAAUGAAUUAAGUACUUAACCCGAGGUACCACUGUACUUGUAUUUGUCACCUCUAAAUGCUCUACUAUGAGUACCCCAGUUUAUAUUGACCUUAAACCAUUCUCUUUGCAGUUUUUGUUAAUGUGAGAGUAAUGGUAAACUAAAUGCUUUAACUCAAAAUAAAUUUGUAAAUAAACUAAUUUGCAUAAAAGAAAACGAAUGAUUCAAUGUUUGUUUUGGUGUUUUAAUUUAUAGUUGGAUUCUAUAUGAGAAGCCAAACUUUGAAGGGCCCUCUAUUCCUCUGGAGGAAGGAGAAAUUGAAUUUACAAACCUUUGGGGUGAAGAACCACUUGAUAACAAAGAUGAAUGCAAAUGUCCCGAGCCUGCAGUGAUUGGUUCAAUGAGGCAUGUAGUAAAGGCAAGUAUGGAUAUGAGUAGACUAUAGAUUAUGGCUUAAACUUUGUAGGCUGUGGGUGAUUUGUCUGACAUGGUAGACCAAACUAUGGCUUACCAAGUCUGUACAAAUAUGUGGGCGGAGAGGAGAGGAGAGGAGAGGAGCUUGCAGCCACUUUACUCCUUCCUGGUUCUUUUGGGUGGUGCCAAUUGCAUAGGCCCAUUCCAAGCAGUCAGGAUGCCUCUAUGACUGGCCCCUCCCAGUUUCAACAUGGCAGCAGUAUAGAUUAGCAACUUGCUACAAGGGUGCUCUCCUGUAAAUGCUAAAGGGGCACCACAAGUAUGUUUUGUCUUUCCCUUUGCUGCACAGAAUAGACUCAGUCCUAAUUUUAUAAUUUACCAUUCUGUCUUCAUAAUUUUGCCAGGAUUAUAGCAUUUGCCGAAUUGACCUGUUUACAGAACCAGACGGGCUGGGUCUUGUAAAUUCAUACUUUGACGACACAGAAGAAACUCGAUUUGGUUCUGCACAGAAAACGUGUUCUAUCCAAGUGCAUCGGGGCAUGUAAGUAUAUAGACAUGCAUCCUUAAAAAAAGGUACUAGUUUAUAGUAGAUAUCAAAUGCCCAGAUUUGGAAAUGAUACAUUUAUGCAUGAGGUUAUACAUAUUUUUUUUUGUUCUGUUGUGUAGUGAGUGAUGAUCAUAUAAGGCAUUGGUUUUCAACCAGUGUGCCAUAGCACCUUGAGGUGCCUUGAAUGAGUCAGGGGUGCUGUGGGCAACACUGGCCUCUGUCCCUCUUUCCUUCCCUCCCUCCUCUAAUGCCCUCUUGCAUCUCUGCCUUCCAGAGGCUUGCACAGCCGUUUGUUGCAGCAACCCUGGCUACAAGCUCCCUAGUCGAAUGGUGCCUCUGGGCCUGGCCAGGGGGUGCUUCCCAGGCCCCUGUGGGGCAGUGUGAAGAGGAACCUCUCUUUGGGGUGGGGGGGCAGCUCAGGGACCAGGGCUGGUGGCAGCGGCUGCCCGGAGAACUCCCAAGGAGGUGAAGAGAGGAGAGGAGGCUGACAGAACACUUCCCAAGGGAGGGCAUUUGAAAAAGGGUGAGAGGCUACUAGCUCUGCAGGCAAGGGGGGAUAUAACUGAGCUCCUGAGCCCCACAGGGGUGCCACAGAAAGAAUGUAGUUGGUCAAGGGAGUCGUGGACUCAAAAAGGUUGGAAACCUCUGAUAAAAGGUAUGAUUCACUGAUAAACAUUUAUUGAAGCAAAUAUAAUAUAAAAAUUAAUGUACAAAUACUUAACAUAUCUACAUAUUUAUACCCUUGUCAUCUUGUAAUGCAUCAUUAGUUCUACCUGAGGGCAGGAAGACGUUCAAUUAAACCAGGGAUUCUGGGCUGCAACAAAUAUGACUGUCAUCUAAAUUAUUUUUACUCAUUUUUGUUGAAUAAUGGAAAAGAUUGCUGUCUGUUAAGUGCAUUGGUGAUUCAAAAUAAAUCAUUAGUACAUAUCCCAGGAUUGUAUUAAAUUGUUAAACUGAGAUAUAGGUGCUGACUAAAUGUCAGUGAUGAAACUGCCAAGGUACUUUUCAGAAUGGGUGAGAAUGAUACAAAGGUCAUACUAAAAGAAGGGGGGAGAUUAAAUGAAAGGAUUUCAAUUGAGAAUCAGUAUCUAUUAUAGUUUGAUUAUUUACCCCCACCCUACCAUGUGGCAUUUUGGUAGACUGUAAUAGUGAACCUUGGGAGUUGGUUUGUAAGUGUCAUACAACUGUGUAAGUUGCUUUAUCUUGAUAAUUAAUGGAGCCAGUAGUACUGAUUUCAUUAAGCGUUGUAUCAUAGCAUCAUUAUAAACACUGAGAAUGAAUCACAAGCAUUGUCAACUGUGGUGGCAUACACUGUUAUACAUCUGUCAACAUGUCUAAAUUAGAAGUUGUAUUAAGAAAAAUAAGUACACUUACAGUCAUUUUAGGAGAUUAUUUAUGAGCUUUGAAGUCAAUGCUGUCUUUCAGUAAUGAUGAUUAAUUGCUGCAGAAUGCAAAUGAUGGUGAACAGAAGUUAAAAGUUCGCUAUGUUUGUAUGUAUAUGCCACAGUGAAUACCUGAAAUUUAGUGAAUGCUUAUAGCCACUAUAUAUUUAUCCUUCAGAGUUAUAUUUUACCCUGAUCAGUAAUACAAAAAAUAUUUUAUUUUACUGUUUAUUCUACCCUGUUGUCUUAACAGUGGUUUAAAAGGGGCUCUUUGUCAUCUCCCUUCUGGGAAAUAGCUAGGAUGAGGUGUCUUUAGCUUUAAUAAUGUAAUAGCAUCAUGUUUUAUCGCAGCAUUGUCUGGACCUUUUUUCCCUUGUCGUUUUCAAUUUGUAGAUGGCUACUUUAUGAAGAACCUGGUUUCCAGGGAAUCCCUUUAAUGCUGGAACCUGGAGAAUAUCCUAAUCUAUCCUUUUGGGACAAGAAAGAAGCAUAUAUUAGGUCCAUGAGGCUCUUGAAAAUGGUAAGAUAAUGAUAUGAAGACUACAGGGAUGGUAGAACAGCAGUAACUUUAUAGUGUCCCAUAAAAGGGCUUCUUCCAUUGGAGGAAAGAAACCUUUGUUACAUUUUUGCAUACUUCAGAGUGUAAGAGGCGGCCUGCUGCAUCAGGCCAAUGGCCCAUCUAGCCCAGCAUUUUGUGGUCAUAGUGGCCAACUAGAUGCCUAUAGGAAGCCUGUGAGCAAGGCAGGCUGCUUCCAUUUUGAACUGUUUCUAGUAAUUGAAAUCUUUUAAUAGCUGCCUCGUAUUUAAUGGGUUUUUUUGUUGUUUUUAAAUCUAAUUUGGCUGAAUUUAAAAGGAGCAUUUUUAUUUUUAUUCCAACAGAUGGCACAUUUAACUUUCAGACUUUAGAAAAUGAAUAAUAGCCGUUGAAUCAUGCUUUUAACUUCUUUAACAAAAUUUAAAUUCAAUGACAUUUCAAUUACCUUUCUUCCCUGCCCCUUCAAUAUUUGCAGGGUGGACGCAAAGUUGAAUUUCCUGAAAGCCCAAAGGUAAAAAUAUUGUAAUAUGAAUUUCCUAUAUAAUAAAGUGUGAUGAUAAAAGUGUAUCCAUUGAGCUAUAUACAGUUGUACCUUGUUUUGCGACCGGGAUCCGUUCUGGAGCCCCAGACUCUAGAUGAAAAGGACGCAUGACAAAGUGCCACUCUGCACACACAAGCAGAGCAGUUUGCGCUUCUGCGCAUGCGUGAUUUAGCGCUUCUGUGCAUGCGUGAGCGGCAAACCCAGAAGUAACCCGUUCUGAUACGUCUGGGUUUGCUGCGGACGUUUGACAAAAUGGACGCUCGACGAGGCCGACUCAAAACAAGGUACCACUGUGUACUAAUGUUGUUGUACUCUCUUUCUGGUGUAAGUAACAAGCUUACUGCUUUAUCAGUCAUUCUCCCCUUAAAAAAGCUUUCUGGAUUCAGUUAUGUUUAGAGUACAUUUAUUAAAAUCAAUGGUAUUUAAGUCACAAGUAACUUUGGUCAGAUUGAUUUCAGUUGGUUUUCUCUCUUGUACACAUGACUUGGCAGGUCAGUCCAACUCCUUACAGUUGCUGCCAGGAUGCUGUGGAGCAAUGAAGCCUCCGCCACAUCCUGGUCACUCAUGUCAAUAGUGGAAGGUGGCGGUGGUGGUCAGGCACCAGGCCUGAUCCCAGUGCCAGUUCUAGGCUGGACCCAAUGUUGCCAUCUAUAAGACUGGCUCAGAUUCCAGCAGAUCCCAAUCCUCUCAGCUCUGCCUCCUCCCAUCUGAAGGAAACCUGUGAGCGUUCUACUGCAUAUUUGGCAGCCAGCAGGCACAGGUCAAAUGACACUUCUGCUCAGUACAAACCCACACAGCCCAGCAUAAGGGGGUUUGUGUUGCAUCCUAAAUCUGGAUCUGACUGCUGCUUAAAUGGGGUUAUCAGUUGAAUCUCUUAGGGAAGGGGAUUUGCCUGAGCCUAGGAGUGGGCGAUGAGAAACGUCUAUUUUAUGUGGCAAUGGUAUUGAUUUUUUUUUAAAGCCCUAAUUUAAAUAAUGUAUAAAGAAUACUAAGGCUGAAAUCCUACUUACUUGGAGGUAAGCCUUGUUGUAUUCAGUAAGGUUAACUUCUGAAUAGGCAAUGACUAGGAUUGUGAUGUUAGAUAAUACAUGUGAAAGCAUAUUGAGGUCUUGGAAAAGGCACAAUAUUAAAUAUUAUUUACCAUCUCCCUCCUUUUGCUAAAGGUCAUUAUUUAUGAAAAGCCAUUCUUUGAAGGAAUACAUAUAGAGCUUGAUUCAGAAUUAGCAGCUCUUGCUGUGGAAGGAAAUGAAAAAGAAGAACCAGCAGAGCUGGAAACAGGAACACUCACAUCAAUAGGAUCCAUAAAAGUGAAGGGAGGAAUGUAAGUAUUGCCUGGAGCAGGUGACUUUUCAGCAGGCAGCUACUUCGAGUGGGUGUUUGAUUUUCGUUGUUGUGUAUACUGUGUAUAUACGGACAAUGACAAUAAAUUUAUCUAAAUCUAUAGUGUAGAGACUGUAUUGUGUAACAAGAAGUUGACUGGACUGUCCAUGUCCACAGCAUAUACCUCCUAUGAAGGAUCAUAAUGAAUGAGUCUAGGGUCCUGCAGCAUGUAUGCACAAUGAGACAGACAGACAGAGGAAGGAGGGUUGUGGUUCUAUUACAUUACAGGAAACACAAUGGUCACUUCAUAUAUGAUACCUGCUAAUUUCCAGAGUGUAUGAAGCAGCCAUAAUACUUAUGUGAUAUGCAUGUUUGUGAUAAGAUGUUCUUUUGUCCCCAUUAAUUUACUCUUGAAAAGUGUUGAAACAUUAGCUAGCAAACUUUCUUAAUGCUGUGUUGAUACUGUGAUGUAUAAUGCAAUCCUUCUGAGAUCAGUAGGUAAGGAUUGCAGCAUAUGUAAAUAUAAAUGCCACAUGGUGCUUAAUUUUAGAGAUGUUGCUUGACUUCUGGAAAAUGUAUCUGACUUUAAUUUGUUACUGCUGUAACAGCAUACCUGCUUAUCCUGGGAGUAAGCCCCCUUAACACAAAAUGGCUUAUUUCUGAAUAGGCAUGUAUAAGAUUGCACUGUUGGUCCACAUAGUUCUUUUCCACAUUCUUUUGUUAAAAUGUGAGGUAUUAAAUCGGAUUAAAUGUGGCUAAAUUGGUCAUGUGUUUAAAGAUCUCCCACUGAAAUUGUGGGUCAUGUCCCUUAUUUCAUUUGCAGUUUUUAUAACAAUUUAUUUUAAUUAUCAUUUUUGCUGUUCAUCUCAUUAUUUUAUUUUUUGCUGUUAAUGCAAUAAGAUCACAUGUUUUGUACAUACAUUAUUUUGUUUACAUGUUCUACUACUAUUUUUUCAAAAAAUUUGUUUACCCUUUUUAGUUGGGUUGCUUAUGAGAAGCCAGAGUUUGCAGGGCAUCAGUAUUUGCUGGAAGAAGGAGAAUACCAGGAAUGGAUGGACUGGGGUGGUUAUGAUGAGCAGGUGCAGUCGCUGAGGCCUGUUCUAGGGGUAAGUUUAAAAAUGAUGAAAACAAGUGUAGUCUUAGGAAAACACGUAAUAACGUUUGUGGUUCACUCUGUUUUGCUUCAUCCCACUGUCUUUGUUUGCAUGGGGGGUGGGAAUUGAGAGAGGGAAGACAUUUUGCCCUUCUCAUAAAAUUCCAUUCAAUCCCCCUCCAUGCUCCCCCAUAUCCAGUAUGUGGGGUGGGUGGGUGUGAAAGAGGGAGGGAAACAGAAACCUGGUGGAUCACAAACAGCAGGCCUAAUUUGGACGUGCAUCCAAAUAUGGAAUGUACAGGCAUGCAUACAAAGGAGAUGUUGGUUUGAAUGUGUUUUUGAGUAUGUAUUCCAUUGAAAGAACUGCUUCUUGACUAGACUGUAUAGUAGACGGAAGCUUUCCUGGGGCUGCUGCCUGAUAAUGUGCAAGUUUGGGCAAACAUUGUCAGCCUGCCCAAUGCCAGGAAACAGCUAUAUAGCUACAGCAGCAGAUGCCAGAGAAAGGAGGAAGACAGGGUGGAUCAGAGAAGAGGGAGGAGUGCCAGGGAUUUCAACCUCUCUUGUUUUCUCUGGAGGAGGAGAAAAGCAGGCAGGCACCCAUCCUGGUGGCUAAGGGGAGGAACAAGAGCAAGUCAGCCUCUAAUCUGAAGGCCAGGAAGGAAUCUGGGAAAGAGCAGCAUGGUUUUGUGGCCUUGCUUGGCUCAGCUUGACCAGUACAGAGUGCUUUCAUUUGGACUUCCUUUAUUUCUGUUCUCACAUUAAAGCUGACCUGUAUUCAUCAACAUAACUCUGAACACAGGACAACAGUUCCAGCCUAGUGUUGUCUGUUGUUAAAUGGAACCAGCAGGUUGAAGACAGAAGCAGUGCAAUGCUUACAAGAAACUGCAUCAGUGCUUUGAUACACACUUCAGUGUAUACCCAUAUUUAAAGUGCUUUAAAGUUUAAGCUGGCAUCUGCCCUUGCAAUUUAAAGAUGUGGAGCACCAAUUCUGCAAGGCCACUUCUUUCCCCUGUCACUGCAUAUUGUUUUAACUAUGUAAGGCAUCUUUUCUCCUUCCAAUUUAAAUAAAUCUUUUGAGUUUUGGAGUAGACUUCAGAGGAAGUAUGUCUUUUACAGUGUAGGGCAGGGGUGGGAAACCUUAAUGCACCCAACAUCUGCACCCAAAACACCUGCUUAGAGUUAUAGUCUUCUCUCACAGAGACUGUAUUUCUUUUGCCUUGAUGGCUUUCUGUUGUUUUCUUUCUUUCAACAGAGUUUUAUGCAACCUCACAUGAUAAUGUAUGCUGAAAAAGACUUUGGGACUAAAGGUUCCAAUAUAAGCGUUUCAGGAAUUGUUUCCCAUUUAAAGGAUACUGGCUACGGACUAAGGACUCAAUCCAUAAAUGUUUUAAGUGGAGUGUAAGUCAGAUGUGUAGCUUAAUUUUCAUUUUAAAUGGUUAAUUUGCUGUAAAGAGAUAAGUACAAGGAAAAGAGGCCUGAAUCAGUAACUUGGUAUUACUUCUUUGUUGUCUUUGUAUGUGUUUCCUGUUGUUAUAGCUGUUAUAGCGUUGUGUUGCAGAAAGGAUAAUCUGUACUGUUCCUACCAUGCAGAUUAGUAUUCUAGAUUAGGUGUAUGAAAUGAGAGCAACAUAGCAAUCUUCAUCCAGCACCUAUGGUCGUGUGUCUGUUGCUCCUAAUUGAGUAAUUGAGUACUACUAAACAGAUAUUUUCAUCAGAACAUGCACUGAGAGUGUACUAGUUCAAGACAGCCUUGGCAAACCAUGGUUUAUGAAGUUGAGGGUGUGUGACACCCAUCCUUUCACAUACCAGCUUUGGUGCAGGGAUCCUGGUUUGUAUUGAGCAACAGUUACUUACUAUGUCUAUACCAUGGAACUCGUUUAAUGUCAGUUAACAAAGCAGGGUAAUAAUCCAGUUUUAGAAGAGAGGGCACGAGUGAACUGUCAUGAUGCACAUUCCUGAGGGAUAAAUAAUUGAAUCCAGCUAGCCUUCCUUGAAGAGGAAUUUGAGUUCCUUUCUUCCAUUACAUUUUUAUCUUUGGCUGCCAUAUAGUUCUGGGAGUUAUGUCUCAAGUGAGAUCUGGUAUUUUUUCUCAGUUUAUGGCUUCUUUGCGCAACAUGUUUUUUCCUGCUUCCCACAGCAGUUUUAAUGAAUAUAUAUACAGGAUUCCUUUGGGUGUACCAACCAGGGUAGUUGCAUAUCAGCACUAACAGGAAGGCAAAACCUAGUUCUGCAUCUUCCUUUUCUGGAAUAAUUGGCACAUGGGUAGCACCAAUCACUCAACUCAUUUUCAUGGAGAUCCCAUAGAGAAUGAGUAAACAAACAUAAUUUGUGUGGAUUUUCAGACCUGAACAUUUGCAGCAUAGCCUUAGUGUUUGCAGCACUAGAAGCCUGAUACAUUUAUUUGUCCAAGAGACUGGCCAAGCCUGCUUUAUUUUCAAAAUUUCUAUUGCAUGUGAUGUUCAAGUAUAAACAUGUCUUAUUUCAGUUUGAUCUUCAUGGUUAACAUACUGUUCAUCCCUCCGUCACUUUGACUAAGCAGUUUACAGAGCAUGUUGGGUGUGUGCUUAAGGCAUAUGCCUCAAAUGAUUAAUCAACAGUGUGUUGAUGGAUCUGUUAAACAUGAGUCAGAAUAAAAGGAAAUGGUAAACUUUUAAAAUGUGACACUUCAAUGGGCAAAACAUACAGUGCUUUCAUGCUAGGCAUGCUUCAUAUGCCUGGUAUAAUUUUACUGAAAUGCAACUUUGCUUUACUAGAGCUUAUUAUCCAUGUCUUGAACUAAGAAACCUAAAAUCUUGCUUCUUCGGACAGAAACGAACUAUGAAUAGUGAAUAAAAAUAAAUAAAUCCUUCCAGUAGCACCUUAGAGACCAACAGGAAAAAGACCAAUUGCAGUCGUCAGUCGUACAGUCGUCAACAGGUUUACCACACCUAUCAGCCAAUCACCCAUUCCCACCACCCUUCUGAGUAAUACCUCUCCCCACCCUCUCACUAUAUAUAAGGGUCUGGUGACUUCUAUUUCAGUGUAUCUGAAGAAGUGUGCAUGCACACGAAAGCUCAUACCAAUAACAAACCUUGCUCGCUCACAUUACUAGCCCAGUGUGAAAUUAGACAAUGGUACAUAUAUCUCUUAAGUUGUUAGCAAACUAGAUUUAUUCAUUGGGCUAUGCUAAAUAUAACUACCUGAACCGGACUUAAGAAAAUUGCCUUACUUUCAGAGUAAUGAUGUCAUGCUUUACCAUUUUUACCUUUCCCCAUCAUAAUGUUGCUUAAUAUAUUUUGGGUGUUUUGAACUGUAAUUUGGGUGUUUUGAGCUGUAUUAUUAGAGGCAAACAAUAUAACGUUUCAUUCUGAUGACUUUAUAAAAUCCUUGCUGUGUUUGCAAAUAUAUUAUUUUUAUAUGAAGCUAAGUACAUUGAGUACAGCUUACUUAAUGUCAGUCAUUUCCUACAAGAUUCAUAAUUAAAUGUUUGAUUUAAUUGUUUUUAAAAAAUACAAUGCAUCAAUUAAUUAGAGCAUAAAUCAUGAUUUUUUCCCCCGCAGGUGGGUGGCGUAUGAAAAUCCUGACUUUACAGGAGAGCAGUAUAUCCUUGAUAAAGGACUAUACCCCAACUAUGGUACAUGGGGAGCUAAAAGUUGUAAGAUCUCUUCAGUUCAACCCAUAAUUUUGGUAAGGUUUGUUUGUUUGUUCUGCUGGGUUUUAUUUUAUUUCCUACCAAGCUAGUUUGCUCCGUAUUUCAUUAAUCAAUAUUCUUUCUGUAUAAUGUAUAUUUCUGGCGUCAUAUUUGUCUCUUUUCCCCUCCAUUUAUUUUAGGACAACAUGAGUGAUCAUACGGGGAAAUUUAAGGUAAAGCUUCCAAGCUUUUACAUAGCAAAUAUAGCAAGCUGAAUUGAGAUAACAUAAAAAAAGACAAGUAGAGAGGCUGUAGGCAGAGAGAUUCACAAAGUGGAAUCAGUACCCUGGGAGGAGGCAGACUGAGUCCUUGUCAAGUUUUGCCAGAUGCUUGAGAGAAAAUCUAAUGCAAAUGUCCUGGUCCUUUUAAUGCAAGAACAAAUGUAUUUGCAGAUGAUGCUCAGGGUUUCCUAAAAUACUCAGGCUUUUUUGCGAAAGGACUUUUCAAUCUUCCCAGGGUGCUUCUCUACAUGGUAUCAUGCAGACCUGGCCAACACAUGGAAGGAUAAUAUUGGUUUUGGCAAUGGGGAAGAGCCCACAAAUUUUGGUGAGCCUUAGCUACUGGCCAAAAUGUGCAGUCACCAUCAGCCCUGCUCAUCCCCUGACUCUUGAGAGGGAUCUUGCCUGAUGUUGGCUGAGUUCCAAGGCACUUGGAAGCAUGGGAGCGCUCUGCUUCAGAAGCUCAAUAUGACUAUAGGAGUGAGUUCCCACCUUUGUCUGAAGUACCAAGCUCAGGAAUGGGAUCUCAUCAAGAUUGAAAAAUCUCACUGCUUUCAAGUUGAACCAACAUUCAGUCUGUUCAAGCUCUAGCCUGUCUUUUCAUUCUUCACUGUGGCAAGAACACAUCAGAUCAAAAGAUACUGUUGCCAGUGGAGCCAUAACAAUAAGGGAAAAGACAGUUUGUCUAUCUUAGAAUAAAGUUUCACUUCCAGGUCAGCAAAUGGAAUCAAGAAUUGACUGUCAAAUUCUACUACAAAGUCAUCUUUGUAAAAUAGUUUGGAAAUACGUCUUACAUAAAUGUACAUUACAUACAUUUUUAUUUUAGUUUAAAAGAAGUUUUGCUUGUAUUCAUAGAUAAUUAAAAUGUUAUCAGAAUUAUCUGUUUAACAACAUGGGGUGAUACCCAACUAAGUGCAUUAGUUAAAUUCAUUUAUUUCUGCAGGUCUUUUCUGACACUCACUAUGUUGGAAUUGUCCUGAGCACAAUGUUUAGUGUUUAACGUGACCUGCUUUGUCUUUAAAGGUCCAGCUAUUUUCGGAACCAGAGUUCCAGGGUAACUGUCAAAUAUUUGAGAAAGAUACUUCAGAGAUCGAGGAGACAUUCCUUGCUAUGUCUUCAAAAGUAUUAUCUGGCAGGUGAGUACGAAAUUGCAUCAUUGAACUCCCAAGCAAGCAAGUUUCUGAGUUUGCAACAGAUACAAACCAUCUGAGUAACACUGAAUAGGCUCAGGGUGGAUGCAUCUUCCCAUUUGGGAUUAGUGGAAUCAAGGUUUUUGUUCUUAAUAGUAAAAUCUGUCUAAAAAUGUAAGGGAGCAACUAAGGAUAAUGACAAGCAUUUUGUGUAUUCAAAAGUGUAGUGGAAGGGAUUUGAAUGCACACUUCUUGGCUUGAUAAUGAUUAUUUCCCCACCCUUUAGAAUGCAUGUCUCUGCUCAUUCUGAAUAACUUCGCACAAGAACAUGUUGAUACUGCAUUGCAUGAUGCAAAGUCUCUUAAACAUAUCAGGAAGGAGACAUGUAUUUUUAAAAGCCCAUUAAUGGAAUAUUCUUAUUCUUUAUUGAUGAAGAAUAAUGCUACAUCUGACUGAGCACUCGGGCAGCAGGCUUUCAAGCUACACAGAGCUUGGGUUGAAAUGGCAAUUAACAAAACUAACAAUUAAGAAAACUGGCAAUUAACAACAAAGCAAGAAUUUAACAUUGCCAUUUUCUUCUUUUUUGCAGUUGGAUUGCAUAUGAUGAAGAAAAUUUCUCUGGAAAUCAGUAUGUGUUAGAAGAAGGAGCCUAUCCUAAUCUGUCUGCAAUGGGUUGCCUACCCAAAACAUGCUUGAAGUCCUUAAAAGUUGUAAAUAUUGUAAGUUUUACAAAGAGUUGGAUAGCCAUUGCAAGCUGAAAUUGCUUCAUUACUGAACUAAGUUCUUAUGACUAAUAGAAACAAAAAUUGACCUAAAAAUAUGCUGCUAAAUAGUUUAUUUGGGGGAAAGGAAGCAUAUAUUGUAGCUUUAUGGAGUUGACAGCAAAUUAGCAUGGAACAACCUGCAUGGUUAUCCGUAUUUUUAGAUAUUGCAAAAUCCUACCAUUAAUUGUUGGUUUAUGUAACAAAUUUUGUAUCCCACCCUUCAGUACAUAUUCCUAGGGGAGCUCAUGAUUAGUAAAAAAGCAGUUCAAAGAAUAAUCCAGCAGUUAAAUCUUUGCUAAACUAUUUUUCAGGGUUGAUUCUGUGACUUCAGAAAGAUCAGGCUGCAAACAUGAAUUAAUUCAAUUAGAAGAUUAAUCAACUAAACCAAAAAUUCCCUCCAUUAAUUGAGGGCCAGAGUAAAUAUGAAAGGGCAGCUACAUGUAUUUCAUAGAAUCAUAGAGCUAUAGAAUCAUAUAGUUGGAGGGUCUUGCAAGGGUCAUCUACUCCAACCCUUGCAAUGCAGAAAUCUCAGCUAAAUCAUACAUGAGAGAUGCCUCUGCUUAAAAUUUUAUUUACCUUGUAAAGUUUUCCCUUAUAAUGAGAACCCUUAGAUUCCCAGAACAUAUUCUUACUUCAGAUGGUACAUGGUGAAUCCCUCACUUUCGAGAGAUAUCAGGAUUCUACCCAUCACAAAGUUUUUCUUGCUGGCUCUUUUUAAAAGCAUCCAAAUUAAUCCUAAGCAACAUAGAGCAUUUUGUGCCCAGCCCUCCUCCCCUUUGUAUAACUUGAGUCCUUUCUGCUUCCCCUGACCUUUUCUCGAUCCUUUAAUAUUCUCUAAAUUAUAUUCCCUCCCACCUUCCUUUAUACUUGCACUCCUUUAUCUGUCCUUAAAUCCUUAGUCCUUUCUCACUUCCAGCCAGCAUUAAUGCUUUUUUGCCUUCUGAUGGCUGCCUUUUACACAGCCAUUGUACACCAGAAUGUCUUCCUCAACCUCCCCUCUCCUCAACAUUUCCCUUUCAGUCUGCCUACAUUUACAAUCAGGUCAGCUGUCUUGCUGGCCCCUCCCCUUCACAUACAUCUGUUGAUAUAAAGUAGAGGAUGAGUUUCUGGGGGGAGGAGGGAGGUAAUUUUCAUGAAAUAAAAUUCUUGAAGGAGGAAAUUAGUGAGCAAAAUGUUCACAGAGGAUGCAGUAGGACAAUAUUGCCAAUUGAGUUGGCUGAUUCCUGCUUUCUUGCUGUACUAUGCAGCACAAGAAGACAGGAAUGCUCAAUUGUCCCAGCUUCCCAGGGUGGUCAAUGCUGCGUUAUUUGCCCUUAUUGCUAAUGGUACAUAAUCAAAUCUGAUUGGCUACAUAAUACCAUGAUGUCAUAUUGUUAGUUUAUAAUCCCUGAUUGGCUAGAAUCACACAGGGAGUAGGUGUAAAGUGACAUGAAAUGAAUAAGACAAAGUAUUUGGGAAAGUUUCAAUGAGUAUUUCAAACUCCACGCUUGUUUUUCUCAAGAUAAAAAUUCAUAGCAGCACUAGAAAAAAAUGUACUAGAAGUGCUUACUUCUUAAUAAAUACACAGUAUUCAUUUAAUUGACCAUGAAGGCCCAAAGCACAUAAAUUACCUGCUCUACAUUUGUCUAGUAGUAGUCGUCAAUUUUAGGCACAACAGAUUCAACCGCAAAGCAAAGCUUUGUAUUUAGCAAUUUGGUAGUUGUUAAUUUGCACUGAAAGAAGCUGUUGGUGCUAAGUAAAUGUUUUCUUUGAAAGUUCUGUUAACAAAACAAACAAAUGGCAAGGCACCUGCCUUUUCACAUCAAUAAACACCUUGAAGAUUUGCAGGUUGUGCUAACAUACUAAAGAAGUAUCACUAAACAGCAUGCCUGGAAUCUAAUUUAUAUCUUGCUUAUAUAUAAACAAGAUAAUUCCACAGACUUGGAAGGCUGUUUUACUCAGAUGUUCAUUGGCUCUGCUGAGAAGCCAGCUGCCUUUGGCUUUUCCUCAACUGUCACCUAGUAGCGCCCAUUCCAUCAAGCUGCACCAGAGACACAGAAGGAAAGCAGGACCAUUUCAUUGGCUCUGCUAAGAAAUCAACUGCCUUUGGCUCUUCAUUUUUCUCAUAUGUCAGCUGCUGAAGGCCUCUUCAUCAGGCCAGCUGAAUUGUUCUAUCUCAGCUGGUUUAUACAAGAAUUGUAAUUCUAAGAAUUGGUGCCCAAGUUCUCCUACUCAGUUUGAGACUAAGUUUGAGUAUUUUUGCCACACCCCUGUCAUUUCACUAGAAUUUUUUCUUAAAGCAUAUACCGUAUUUAUUUGAAUCUAAUGUGCCAUUGAAUCUAAUACGUACCUCAAUUUUCAAAACCAUGUGUACCCUAAUUUUUGCGAAGUAAUUUGGCCAAAAAAGGUGUGCAUUACAUUCGAGUAAAUACAGUAUUAUUUCUCUCAUUCAAUAAUUUUAAUGCUGCAAAAGGAUUUUUGUACCAACUCCAAAUCCUUCCCUACAAACUAUAUGGUCCUCACCAAUCUAAGCCUUAGCAGAAAUGCCAUGAGUACAUUUGAAACAUUUUGUAUGACAGUGAGCUCCCGUUGCUCGGUCCCUGCUCCUGCCAACCUAGCAGUUCGAAAGCAUGUAAUGUGCAAGUAGAUAAAUAGGUACUGCUCCAGCGGGAAGGUAAACGGCAUUUCCGUGUGCUGCUCUGCUUUGCCAGAAGCAAAGCUUUGCCAGAAGCUUAGUCCUGCUGGCCACAUGACCCGGAAGCUGUACGCCGGCUCCCUUGGCCAAUAAAAUGAGAUGAGCACCGCAACCCCAGAGUCAGUCACGACUGGACCUAAUGGUCAGGGGUCCCUUUACCUUUAAUACACCUUGACUUUAUCUAUACCUUGUCUAGAAUUAUAAAUUAGUAACUCUUGUGCAUGGAAUAAGUGCAUAAAAUAAGUGUUAUGUAUAAAAUCCUGAGUAGCAAAGUUUAGAGUUCUUACUUUGUAAAGAAUUACAGAUUUGCAGCACAUCUGUUUGUCCAUAUAGCUGUAGGAAAAGUUCUGCAAUUUUAGCUGUUGCUGACUCAUGAAAAUGCCAGCCAAGAAUGGAAGGUGUGGCUGUAAGUCAUCACCUUGCUUCUCUUUCCAGUUUUCAUCCCACACUUGGAAUAACUUUUUCAUGAGUAAUGCCUUUUAUACAGACAUGCCACCUUGUCAGUUCCAGACCAGAGGACUUGUUUUUCAUUUCUCUGAAAAGAUAGCUGUGUUAGAUAAGUUAUUUAGCUUGAACUGAGGACUUGAAGCCUUUCCAGGUGCCAUGGUUUACAGUACAGUAUUACUGGACUAACCUCCCCAACCAUUCCUCUGUUGGAGAAUUGUUCAAAUUCAAGUUGCUGUAACAUUACAGUUUUAGCUAAGGUAAUAGCAGUGUAAUGCAGCACUGAGGUAGGGGAUGACCCAGAUUUAAGUCGUGUAUAGUGCUUGAUGAACACCUCGCAACUGUCCAGCACAUUAGUAAACAUCAGAUGUACAAGAAAUAAACAACCUUCUCUUUUAAAACAGGAACUUUCUGAGCCAACCAUAGCCCUUUUUGAAAAGGAAGACUUCAACGGAAAGAAAAUGGAAUUUACUACCGAGGUCUUAAAUCUCCAGUUCCUUGGCUACAACCGUCAUGUGGCUUCAGUAGAUGUCCAUGGUGGCAUGUAAGUUCACUUUCUGAAGUGAGGGAUUUGUUAUUUGUAGAAUGAACUAAGUGAGGCUUACUUUUAAGUACAUGUACAGGGUUGCACUGUUAAAUGGAAUUUUGUAGAUACAGUACACUGUCUUUUAAAAAGAUGUUCCUGUCUCUAAGGCAGGGAUAGGGACUAUUUUUCAGUCCAAGGACUACAUUCCCUUCUAUGGAACCUUCCAGAGACCAGAUCUCAGCAGCAAGGGGACCAAAGGCAUAAGUAAGAAGAGCAAUGACUCUGACUCUUACCUUUGUAUACUGGGCUACACACCAAAGUCGGGCGUUGGUGCACUCUUUGUGCAAUCAAGAGGCAUCAUACAGUUCAAGGAUGCAUUCCAGCCAGACAAAAACACAAGGACAGUGCAAAGUGUGGCUAGUGAGAGGUGUGGCCUCUGACGAAUACUAAGGACAAGACAGAAAGGCCUGGGGUUCACAUUUGGGUCCUGGGCCUGAUGCUCCUCACCCAGUGUUAGAAACUGAGAUAUGAUGGCUAGGAGCUAAAUGGCACCUGAAACCGAGGUUAUGGGCGCAACAACAGAAUGUCUAGGCACACUUUUUUAUAACAAGAAUACAAAACUGAAAAUGAAUGAACCGCAGCUAAAAUUCAAUGUUCAUUUUUCGCAUGAUCUAGUCCUUCCCCUGCCCACCCCCUAAUAUUUUUUAAAGGGUCUCUUCUCCAUUCUUCUCAGAGUAGCUGGAAAUGGGGAGGCAGAAAAAAGUCCUCUUUUCCUUCCACUGCAGUUUUAAUCUGAAAUCGUAGGCGCAGUACUGCGCCCAGAGCUCAGAAAUUGCUCACGCUUAUGGAUUUCUCAGUUGCAAAAUGCACCUAGAACAAUGGAAGUUUCGAAUACUGUCCUCACCCCUGCUGUAAGACUUUGAUCCUGGGUAUUUUAGGCUGUCUUAACUGAAGCAAGGAUGAACUCAGGCUUGUUACUCUGUCAAGUUGUCAGUAGUGGUUUAUGUAGCAGGACAUUAUCUAAAUACGCCAUGUUUAACAGAAUUGCCAGAAAACUCAUUCCAGGUGAAAAUUCAGGUACCUGCAUGUCCCUCACAUUUUUUUAAAAAAAUGGUUAGUUGCCUUGGGCCUAGUGGUGACAUAACAUUUAUCCAUACUUUGUAAAGAUCCCAGACAGUGAAACAAAGCCAAGUUUCCGUGGUUUCCCUUUCCAAGCUAAGGCCUACUCCAAGACUGUAGGGUAGGGAGAUGUUGGCAAGGUCUGCUGUAUACCUUGCAAGCAGAGGCUAGAAAAAUGGAAAAAGGGGUGGGAUAGGGUGCUCAGUUCAAAUAUAAUUCUUACUACACACUGUGAAUUUUAAGCCUACUUCAUACCCUGGCUUCAUAUUCCAGUUAGCAUUGGAUCAUUAAUCAUGGAUUAGUCAAGGGUUACUGCAUAAUUUUUUGAUUAAAAAAAAACCCCUGUAAAUUAAUGUCUGUGGAUCAGUUUGUUACUUUACAAGCUUCGGGUGGCUUGAGCAAAGGACAGACUUGAACCCAUCUCAGCUUUCACAGUGACAUUUCCUGCUUUUUAUUAGGCCUUUUCAAAGAUAUUGGCUAUUAUGAUGGUUUUAUUGGGCUCAAACAUACACCACUGUUCUGUGCAAUACAGUCAUAAAGCCACCCACCUAAACGUAUUCACUUAGAGGCAACUCUCACUGGUUUUCAUGAGGCAUAAUAAUAGUAGAUCUGCUGCUUAAGCAAGAUAUAUAUACUGUUAUAUGUAAUUGUAAAAAUGUCACCAUGCUGUGUUGGGCAGCCAUGCAAAGUGCAGUGUGACAACAGAAUAGGCAGGCUAAUGAGCAGGCAGCCCUGGCAAUAUGCAUGGGGGUUGGGAGGCCCAGAUGAGCCACAGGAGAAUAGCCAGGUCAGACUAGAACAGCUUCCCAGCAACUGUCCUGCUCUGCUGUUGCUGUACACCUCAAAUCAAUGAUGCUGUUUCAGUGUCAGCUAGGUAGGAGGCCAAGAUUGGGGGGUGCGGGGAGAGAUGGCAGCAGAGCAGGAGGCUCGGGCCUGUCCUGCUUAUUCCUCUGGAGAGAAGGAGAAAGCAGCUUUCAUCCCCACCCCAUAUUCCAUGCAAGAGGAAGAUGGAAGUCUGCUUUCUAACAUUUUCUCUCCUAUUCACAUAGCAUACUCCUCACAGCAGCAGAGAGGAUGACAACAAAGGGGGAAAGGACUUUCUCCUUUGGUUUCCUCCCCACAGCUGGCAACAGGGUGUAAAAAAAGGGGAAGGGGGGUAGAAGUGGCGAACAGGUUGAGAAGAGACACUAGUAUGCAAUACUACCGCAGUAAAUAUUUUUAAAAGGUUGUUUCUCCUCAGCACUUUUUAAUGUACCUAGUUAGUAAAAUACUGUUUGUUUCAGAUGGAUUAUUUAUGAAUACAGUAACUAUAAAGGUCGUCAGAUUUUAUUAUCACCUCAGAAAAUACCAAACUGGUAUGAGUCAAGUGGCUACCACAAAAUAGGUUCUCUACGGCCUUUACUACAGGUAAGACACUACAAUUUACUCUGGGAUGUCAGAAGCGUCUGUGAAUCUUGUAUCUUUUUACUAGUACUAUGGGACUGAUCAGCUCUCCUCCGAUUCAAUCCCUUUAUCCUAGUAUUGCACAAGAGUACCAAGUUAAUAACGUCAUAUUUUAUGUAUUUCCCUAAUCCAGGGUUGCGACACUAUUGUCUGUAAAAAGGGGGAAGCAUCUUGAAGUGCUGAAUAAUGAAGUUACAUUAUUAGGUCAAGGUUAGCCAGACAGGGCUCAUAAUGUUUGCCGGUACUGUAGUGUUAAAAGCCAUGAUUUAUUUAUUUACAGAAAAAAGCAUAUUUCAGACUGAGAAACAAAGUAACAAAGAAGUUCAUGUCAACUGAUGGAAAUGUAGAUGACUUGAAUCUUCUUAGGAUACAGGUUGUGGAAGAUGCUAAAUCUGAUGAACAAGUCUGGAUUUAUCAAGAUGGAUACAUCAAAUGUAGGGUAAGGUUCUGCCUUAAUAAUUACUUGCUAACAGCACCCAUCCUAUAGGAAAAAUAGGAAAUAACUUUUCUAUACUGUGAUAAGUGAAUAGGGAACAUGAGCUCUUCAGCAGUUUGAUGAAAAGCAUGGUUCUAUUUUGCGUCGGCAGCUUCGUAAAAGGGCUGGUGCCAGGCUUAGCGGGUCCUUGGCUUUUUCACACCAGUGGCUUUCCCCAUCUGCCACUGCUGCCUGGCUCUGUUGCUGCCCCCUGACAUUGCUACUACUGCCAGUCAUUUAACUCCCCCUCGGAUGUAUUUACGUGGUUGAAGCAGCAUUGAAGCCUGGGAAAUGGAGCACACUCAUGAAGGAUUGGGGAUGACAUGGCUGCCAUCCAAAAGGCUGCCCACUGGGUAAAACAUAUAAGGAGAGUAACAGUUUAAAGAAGCACCUGGGUGGGGAGGCUCUGAUGUCAGCCCUGGUGAGACUGCCAGGAUGCACUGAGCCCCAACAGCUGCCCAUGUUGGAUUUCCUAUGAGUGCAGCCCCACAGUGAUUCUUAAGGGGAAAGCAAAAAGGACUUUGACCAGAGGCUAUAUUCCUCUUGCCCCCCCCCUUACUAUUUGCUGCACUAAGUAGCUGUACCUUGUGUUCAAUGCAACUUUUUUAUGCUGCUUUAUAUUAAAAAAAUAACAAGAUUACUAAAGACAUGGAAAUAAAUAAACAAGCUGAAAUAAUAGCUGCUUUACAGGAGGAAGAUACUGGAUUUUUCAGGGUUUUUAUAGUCUCUCUUGCUGACUUUUUUGAGCCCUUUGAAAGCAAUGAGUCUAUAUAAUUAUUAUUACUGACCUGGAACCUUGACAAAUAUAGGAGGAAAUGUUGAGUUUUGAAAGCAGUCUUUUAGACAAUUUAUUAAUAAUUCUAUUGUUGUUUGGUUCCUGCUUUAUAGUGGAAAUAUGUGUUGUUUCAAAAUCAAAUUGUGAACUUCUACAUCAAGGCUUGCAACAGUGGUGCCUGCUAACACUAGCCUAGCAGCUAGACCUAAAAAAAAAAUUGCUUGGAAGUAAAUCCUACUGAGUUACAUACUUUGAUGAUCAAAGUAAAAAGAAAUAUUCAGGCCGUAACAUCAAAACAAAGUGAACAGAGCUUGAAUGACAAGCCAUGUGUCUUUUUCUUUUUUUUUUUAAGUUGUAUAACUUGACCUAAAACAUUCUGCCAAAGGAAUAGAUUUCUCAACUCACAGUGGAAUGGGUUUCUUUCUUGCAAUAAACCAAGAGCAUGUCUCAACAUGGAGCAAAUAGAAGCUGUGCACUUACAACAGGCUGCAACACUGAACGGGUUGAUUGUAAUGCCUCAUCUUGAACACAUUGGAAACAUUAAAGUGAUAUUAAACCAUUACUUUUCAUAUGUUUUCAUUUCAGCACUCAGUUGAAUUCUUGCAACCCAGUCUGAAGUAGAUAAGAAUAAUACCUUUAUUGUCAAUGUACAACCUGUAUACAGUGAAAUUAACUGAGCCUCUCCCCCCCAAACACUCAAUCUCCUUGCACUCCGUGUGCUUGUCGCACAACACACCAACCCCGAAAGUCAGUUGCACUAUAUUAUUUUCCGUUCAGCAGCCUAACAACCUAGAACAGUAGAACUAUUACUUAGCCAUUACACUUUGUAUGAUCUCCAGCUGGGAAUUGCAUUACAUCUAGCUUGUUCUGUCUCUCAUGGCAUCAGUCAUCCAUUCAACAUAGCAGGGAUAAAUUAUCUUUAAUUCAGACAAGUUUAUGUGGAAGUAGAGUGUUAUUAGCAAGCUGCUUUGGUGAACGUAUACAAUGAUAAUGAGUUGUGAUAUUUGUUGUGAUAUUUGUGAUACUGCUUAAUUAUUAUACAUUGGGACUAAUUGCUAGCCACCUUGGGCACUUUUAAAUCCUGCUUUUCCAUAAAAAUGUAACAAAUAAAUAGUUCACAGGCAGAGGGCCUUCUAGUAGUGGUACCUACCCUGUGGAACACUCUCCCAUCAGAUGUCAAGAAAAUAAAUAAUUACACGACACCUGAAGGCCGCCCUGUAUUGGGAAAUUUUUUAUGCUCUGUUUCACUGUGGUUUUGUAUUUUUAAUAUUUUGUUGGAAGCCACCCAGAGUGGCUGGGGCAACCCAGUCUGAUAGGUGGGGUACAAAUAAUAAAGCUGUUGUUCAAGGUACCUUGAAUGCCAAAUAAUUAGUAGGCUUUUAUUUUUCAUCUCUAAAAAUAUGGCAUUCUGCUACUACUUCAUAUUCUGUAUGGCAAAAAGCCACGACAAAACUGCAACUAAACAGUUAAUGUACCUCUAAUAAUAUGUACUGUACAGUAAGAUAGUUUUUUUUAGAGAAUGAAUGAACAAAUGUUAAAUAAUGUUGCAGUAACAGCCGCUAUAUUGUGGGAAUACUACUAGAAUCUCUGAAUGCUGAAAAUCAGUUUGUUCAGAGGAAAGUAUCAAGAGAGACAUGAAAAUACCCACAAUCCUAUCCAUGCAUAUGCACAAAUAUACUAGUUUUGGAAGUAAGACCAAGAUUUUUUGACUCAUACUUUUCUAUUUAACUGCACAGCUGGCAGAAGAACUUUGCUUGACAAUUGUGGGUAACCUGAUUACACCUGGUGCCAAACUGGGCCUGGCACUUCAGCAGAACGAAGAAAAACAAAAAUGGAGUAUUAAUCCAGAUGGGAGGAUUUACAGAAAGAUGAAACCAAACUUAGUAUUAGAUAUUAAAGGUAAGAACUUCCCGGCUGUAAGUUAUAAACAACUCUGAAUUGGUAUUUAGUGAAAAUGAAUUUCGGUAAGAUAAGUGGAAAGAAAGACAUGGCUUCGUGUUGUUUGUAUUGAGUGUGCAAUCUAAAUUCCACGUUUUUCAGCAAUAGCCCAUUAUCUUCGGAAAUCCGUAUGAUCUGGUUAAUGCAGAGCAAUAUUUUUUAAAGGCAUGCUUUCCAUACUGGGUUGGGGUUGGAAGGACACACCUUUUGAGCCCUUUUAGCUAAUGUGAAUUGGUAGACAGAAAUCACACUUUUGCCUGGGCCAGUUACUGUAAAGAGUCAAGAGCACUGUUUGCAUUAAACAACUGCUGAAAACCAAACCACCUUGCAUCGAUUUGUAAUGCUUUUCAAAGAAUCUAUAUAGACUUCAGUUUAAUAAUAAAGUUUUUAUUAUUAGUUUUAAUAACUGGAUUCAGAUUAUUGUCUUUUCUGAACACUUGAGCAGUUUAAUCUGUAGAUGGCAUAGGUAUAGUGUCAAUUUUUGUAGAGAGUUGAGGAUUUACUGUUUUAUCAUAAGCCAUGUAGUAAAUCUGCUUUUUCUCUGAAAAACUGCAUAGGCUUAAUAUCAAAGUACAAAAUCAUUCUGGACAGACAUAAGUUCAGCAAGCUUUGUUAUUUGCAUCAGAGCAGUUUAGUGUUAAUACUCUGUUAGUAAAGUUAAUAUUUACUGAGUUCCAGUCAUACUAAUGUCAGGAUCUUUAGUUUAAUAGAAAAACAAGGGGCCAGUGGCAACUCAAAGAGGAAAAGAAUAGCAUUUGUCAGGAUAUUAAUGCCUAUUCCAGUUUGUGAGCUGAUACUAAGCUUGUACUUUCUAAGUGUGUGUUAUGUUGCCCUCUUGAGGCUGCAGUUAGAACUGACACUGAAAGAUAGAUGGACUUUUUCUUUAACAAACAAAACUUGAUCCACUUGUUCACUACUAGCUACUGCAAAAAAACAUCUUGAGUAAUUUAUAAAAUAACCAAAACUGUUCCCAUAGUUUCUACCACAUGAUGUUCCACAGCUCAUACUUUUCCAGACAAGUUUCUUGCCAAUGGAAAUCUACAAUACAACAUUUGGAGAAAGCAGUAUUGUUUUUAUUAUUGAUGUGUAAAUUAAAUGCCAAAUUUGUUGUCGUUUAGUCGUGUCCAUGGGGUCACGAAGAGUCGGAUGAUGUCCUGCAGUCUACUUUGAGAAUGCCAAUUUACAUUUUGUUAGUUAAAUAGCAUUCCUUUGCGGGUAACAGAGCUAGUCAUUUUGAGUAGUAAGCAUCCUCUCGUAAAAGUCCCCUUGAUCAGUUGUGAACAUGAUAUAUAAUUUUGAGUCCAUAGAGGUGAGAUGCAAGGAUUUCAGAGUAGAUACUCAAAAGAUAUACAAGCAUUAAUGAUUAUCAACAUAGGCAAAUGCCUGUUUAAAAUUUAAUAACACAAAUUAUCAUAUGAUAUAUACACAGUCUAAACUCUAGUAUGAUCAGCCACGUUUUCAGGGCAUGGUCUCACGUUAAGGCAAUGCAACAUUCUAAACAGAUGCAACAUUAUAACACUAGAAUGGACCUUUUCUGCAGUGGCUCAUCCUUUGCAGAAUGCUCUUCUCAGGGAGGCUUGCCCAGCACCUUCAUUACAAAUCUUUAGGCACCAAGUGAAAAUAUUCAGUCUUUGGCUGAUAGAACAAUCUAUGGCCUUUUAAAUGUGCCUGGGAUUUUUUUGGUUGUUAUGUUAUGCAUUUUUUGUUUUUAUUGUGUUUUAUGUUGUAAGCUGCCCUGUGAACUUUGGAUGAAAGGCAGUAUAUAAAUUUAAUAAAUAAUGACAAUAGGUAUGGUUUGGUUGAAAACCAUGGGGAAUGGCCUGAAAAGCCUGUCUAUGCACCUUGAAGUUCUGUCUUGGAAGACAGGUAGGAUGUAAAUGUAGCAAAAAACAACCACCCUACAUUUCCCCAUAAAACCUUUUUCUGUGGAAUAAUAGAGCAAGAAUGCUUUUUUUAAAAAAAAAAAACAGCAGGAUCCACUUAAAAGCACCAUCAAUGGAAGCCUUGAACAAUAGGGUUUCCCCCCUCACUGUUGCCCCCUCAAACUGGCUCAGUGGGGUUGGGAAAACGCCCGGAACGGAGAGGAGGGGGGAUCAUUCCAUCUGGCAUGUUGAAAUGUUUUCACAGAUGCAACAUCCAUCAAAGUGUGACAUUGAAUUCCUUGAGAUUUACCCCAGUGGACCCAGUCAAACCAAAAUCAUGACUCACCUUCUAUGCAACAAGUUAGGACUUUGAUCAUAGCUAUCUCAAGACUAAGCUCAUAGUUCCUGGUUAUUAAAGAAAUGGAUUUAUGUGUAAGCCUCUUACAGUAGGGAAUAUCUGCUAGAUAAGUAAACGCAUAGCAUUAUACUUCAUAGAUUGGGCACAUCUUAGACUGAGGAUUAGAAUUUCUGAUAACCAGUAAGUCAUGUAUACUUGCAGGUUGCAAGAUAAAUUUGCAUGGCAGCUAGGGUGCAGGGAAGCAAAUGUUGUCUUGAGAGGAGACUGCACAGAAACAAGAAUGCCAUCCUGCAGGAAGACAACAAGUAGAGGAAUUGGGGGGAUUCAGUUGAUGCAUCAAAUAUUUGUUUUCGCUCACAAAUGCUAUACUGAAACUAUUGUUUAAUUUUAGGUGGGAAGCACUAUGAUCAAAACCACCUCGUUCUCAGUUCAGCCAGCGAAGACAGGCCAACACAGUGCUGGGAACCGCUGGUCGUAUAAAUGGCACAGGCUAAGAAUCAGUUCCAUCAACUUAAGAAGACUGGCAGAAAACAGGACAUUGGAGCAGUCUUCACAGUAAUUUUUAAAAACAAUGAACAGAAUUUGAGUGAAUGAGUGAGUGAAUGCUGUUUGUACCCUUGGAUUAAGACCGAGAGACCUACCCCCUUUCCUAUUUGUUAUUCAAAGGUUAAAACAUAUUGCAAGCAGUUAUUAUACAUCAUUGAUAAGUUACUCAUUCAGAAUACAUUUUAAUCUGGUAUUUUAAAUUAUUUACAAAGACUUGUUUUAUUCUCCUUGACUUCAUGCUGAAACAGAAUUUACAUUUUUGCACUGGAAUUUUUUUUACUGAAAUUUUUUCUGUUUGGACCAAAUAUAAUGAACCGUUUACUCAUAAAAUGAACCCAAUCAAAUCAGGCAAUUUUUAAAAUGGAGUUACAGCAUUACAGUCAAAUGUAUUAAAGUAUACUCUUAAGCCUGUGGUUGUACUUUUGUAUCAAAGACAAAUGCAUAUUCCAUAAACAUUUGCUGCCAGAUAGAAUAGGUUGCCAAAUAAGCUGCUCAGUUCCUUUAAAAUCUGCAUGUCUGCCUUACUUUAUACAACGUGGGACUCAUCCAGACUUCUGCUUGUCUCACCACUUUCCCCUAGCCAAUAAUUUACCACUGAAUUGGAGUAAAUGUCAGUCAUAUUUUCUGAUUCAGUGCUAAAGUGUGGGUUUUCCCAGGGAGGGCAGUGGGGCAAACAGAAAACCCAUCAAAGUAUGGGACAAGCAGAAGUGUGAAUGAGCCCUUAGUAACUCUUUGUUAAAGGUCAAAAUGUACCACUUUUGAAAUGCAAGAGGAAAUACUAUUCCAUAAAAACUGGCUUUGCUAGCAUAGUAAUUCUCUCUUUUCAAGCAGCUGCACCACCAACAACUGUUUGCUUCCCAACUUCUGUGCCCUAAAAUUUCUUGGAUGAAAAUUGUUGCCUAAAUUUUCAUGUUAGUUUUAUACUACUGAUAAUGUAUUCAGAGUUAUUUCAGUGUUAAGCUCUUUACUUCUGUACCCUGCUUUACAACCCAUCCUGUUUGUUCCCCAUCUUAGCAUGUAGUGGGCAGACAUUGCUGCAUUUGAAAACCCACAGCAAUAGCUUGUGUGAUUAAGUACAAAUUUUAUCUGAAUUCCACAAUAAUCCAAAUUGUCCCCUGAAAAACACUAGCACCAUACUGUUCAGGUGAAAAACAGUCUAGAGGAGUUGCAACCAUUCUAUAAAGUAGUCCCAGCAAAUUGACUACCUAUAUGCUAAGGUGGGAACAUUUUGAAUUCCUUGAGUAUUCAGCUACAGGAAAACUCGCAUGUUAGAGGCAGUAAUGGAGAAGCUUGCAUUCUCAUGACAAAUAUAAUAGAUGCUUGGUACUUCGGCAUCUCUAGCAAACCAAAGCAAUUUUCCAAGAGAAAACAGAAAUAGGUUUUAUAUAUAGAAACUUAAGAUAGCUCUUAAAGUACUACUCUUUCCUAGUGUGAAGAUUAUUCUGUUAUUUCUAUUACUACUCUUUCCUAGUGUGAAGAUUAUUCUGUUAUUUCUAUUACUACUCUUUCCUAGUGUGAAGAUUAUUCUGUUAUUUCUAUUUCUAUUACUACUCUUUCCUAGUGUGAAGAUUAUUCUGUUAUUUCUAUUACUACUCUUUCCUAGUGUGAAGAUUAUUCUGUUAUUUCUAUUACUUUGAUCUUGAAUGUUCUGAUGCAAACCACUUAAUACUAUUGCUACUUGCACACCUGGGAUGCUCUGUCAAGUGUCCUGAAAAGCUGUUAGGAUUUUCCAAUUCUGCACUGACUUGGUUAGACAACACUAUUUUGUUAAUUUGUUUAUUAGGAAAUUAGCACACUUCCACUUCAAUCUGCUGUACAAAUUAUUGCUUUUGGUUAAAAUAUUUCUAGUGUUCUUGAUAAGAACCUGCUGCUUAUUUCUUUGAAACUUGGUUUUAAGGUGCGUUACUUAAAAAUAAACAUUUUUCUGUGCCCCAAACUAUUGUAUAAACAUAUUUUACAAAUAAAUAUUAUUCUGAUG